GUUCAGGAGCCAAAAUGUCUGAGUGCCAAGGCGUUCGACAACCACGGUAUGACUAUAUGACGUGUGGGUCUUCUUCGGUGACCAGACAGAGAAUAAAGCCAUGCAAAUUGGUCAAUAUAUGCAAAUGUGUACCGUUCCUAAGGUCACAUUCCUCUCUUCCUGUCCUCAGAUGCCGCUUCUCAUGGUGCUGAGCUUGCUGGCGCUGACGACACCGCUACCUGGCGACGGGGCGCUUCACCUGAACACUUCCGAAGGUAAGAACCUCUGUUCCCAUUCCCGGCUUCCCCACAUCUGCUCAAGGAGCUGCAAUUCUGGCUCGCUGAAUUCCCUGUGGGGUGCAUAUGAAUGAACAGCUGAAGGCUGGUUCUUUCCAGACACUUCUCCCAGUUUGCAUCACACAUUAAACGUCUGCUCAAACAACCGUUUCUCGUUGUGUUCCUGUGUCUUUGACAUUGUUAGCGUUUCUUAUUAUUUAUUCAGCAGUUAAAAUACUGCCGAGAAGCCUGCAGCCGAAGGAUAUCGAGCGGCUAGGCCCAAGUGCGUGUGCUGAACUUACCUCAGAUCUCUCUUCGCUUUGACCUUUCCCCCAAGCCUUCUUUGUUUUCAACCGACCCUUUCCUCCAAGGACUUCUCCUGGUGUGAGGACCUCCCUGGGCAAGUGGAUCUUCCCCACCUUGCUUCUAGUACUCCCUCAAUCGGCAGACUUAUCGCUGCCACCACCGCACCAGGUUGCAAACCACCACAUUCUGAGAGGGGCUCAUGUGAGCGCCAGCUAUUUUGACGUUCCCACAAUGCCCGCAGCAUUGCUCUGAGGCACUGUGGGAAUGUCAAAAUGGUGGGUUUCUGCCUGCCUGUGGCUGCCCCUCUGUAAAUUUGAACUGAAUGGUUGGGGCAGUGGCAGGUGGCAGGGCUCAGCUUAGAACCUGGACCCCCAGAACUCAAUAAACACACAAGACGUAACCGGCUGUACUUUUGAAUAAAUAAGGUACACUAUUCAUUGUAUCAAAUUGUAGAUUUCAACGGAAGUCUCAUAAAGUUCAACAAAAAAAGCAGAAGACCCAGUGGAUCAGUUCAUUCUCUAGUCAGUUCAUGCAGAAGGUCCAUACAUGUUUAAGUGUCUGUGAAAGGAUUCUGUGGAACUGUAACAACCCUUCAUGUGGAUUAUUGGACUCUGUGAACAGACGGGUGGAAUAGACACAUAGAUUUAUGGAGCUUAUGCAUGAACUGACUAGAGAAUGAACUGAGUAUGUUUCACGUAACCAUAGCUUUGUUGUUGUUUUGGACCCCCAGAACUGCCUGACCAUGUUGUGUGGGCCCACCGGCCCUCCUUCCCUCAAAUUCCUGCCUCUCGGUCCAUUGUCUGCUGUCUGUGUAUCCAUUGUAUCCCCCGCCCCACAGUUUCACCGCCUUUCUGGGACCUCUUUCUAGUCCUUAGUCUGCCCCUGUCCAAAGCUGUGUGGUUUAACGCCAGCCAAAGCGACAACUCUCCCUUCCCUCAGAGAAUCUGAGUUGCGAACAUCCUAACUGCUUUGUUCCCUGAGCAGCUGGAAUGUUCAUGAAGGUUUCAGGCCCUCAUGCCAGUCGUUGUCACAGUCAUCCUUUGCCCCGCUUUACAGUUACUUUAACUAUUAUUUAUUAUUUUACUUUUAUUUAUUUGAUGUGUAUACCCUUUUCUGUAGAUCCCAGCAGUUCACAACCUGAAAUCAGAAACAGGCUACAGGAAACAGCUUGGUAACUAUUUACGGUAAAUAAAGGAUAGUCCCCUGAGGUAAAAUGGAGGACUGCCAUCCAUAAAGUAGGACACUCUGUUAGUUGUCAUGAGCUGUGGCGUAUUUGGCCUGGGGUUGUCGCUUGAUUAUAUUUUGGAUGGUGUUUUUGUGCUGUUUCCUCGUUUCAGCAUGUGAUGCUUUUAUGAUGGAAAGAGGGAUCUUUGUUUGUGGUAAAAACCUGAUGCGGAACAUUCUUUUAGCCAGCAUAAAAUAAUAUUUAUGAGGACUGAGCUGUAAGCAAAUGCAUCCAGCAUUGCAGCUGUUACGGCAGGGGUUGCUUCUCCUUUUUUGCCAAAGUUGUUGAGAUUUCGCAAAUAAGUUUUUGAGCUCUUUUUAAUGGAAUUUGCCAAAAUCUACACUACCCGCAUGGGCUGCCAUACUUCCAGAUUUUCACAGACAUUUAAGCGAUUUCCGUCCGGACAUUGCUUACUAUGUCCUGGAAAUUCAGGACGUCGGGCAACCCUACUUGCCACCCACUCCUGAGACGGUAUCAAGAAGAACGAUGGAUGUGCAUUAUAGGACCAGGGAGAGUCCUGGGUUCAAAUCCCCUCUCUCUCUCUCAUGAACUUCACCACUGCCAACCUAGCAGUUUGAAAGCACACCAGUGCAGGUAGAUAAAUAGGUACCGCUGCAGCGGGAAGGUAAACGAUGUUUCCGUGCGCUCUGGUUUCUGUCACUGUGUCCUGUUGCGCUGGAAGCGGUUUAGUCCUGCUGGCCACAUGACCCAGACAGCUGUCUGUGGACAAAUGCCAGCUCCCUUGGCCUGAAAGCAAGAUGAGUGCCACAACCCCAUAGUCGCCUUUGACUGGACUUAACCGUCCAAGGUUCCUUUACCCUUACCUAGUAAAAUGUGGUAGCUACUCUGAGCACCUUUAGGGAAGGAUGAGGUAGAAUUGUAAUAAACAUUGGAGUUUCUUUCUUUCUUUUUUUUUAAUAUUUAUUCCAAAUUUUAGAAUUACAAGAAAGAAAAAUCCAUACAAAAUAGAAUAAACAUAAAACAAAAAACAAACAAUAAGAAAAGCUCAACAAAGAAUAUAAAAGUGCAGUACAAUAAAAUAAAACAAAAAACGAAUUAAACCUUUACCUAGCCUUUUUUCCUUUUACUUACUUCCGUGACCUCCUCUCACCUCCCUGCUUUGUAUUCUAGUUUAAAUCGUAUUUCCAGCAAAUCCUUCUAACCUUCUUUUCAUUUACUUAUUUUAACAUUCAAUAGAAACAUUGGAGUUUCUGACACAAGGGUGGGGGCCAGUUCUGCUGUCCUCAAGAAAAAAAUAUCCAUAGAGAAAGCAGAGUUAAGGAUAAAACACUAAAAAGGGGAGUUACAAACAAACAUGCUAAAAGUUAUUUAAUAUUUCGGGUUGCCAUAUUUCAAAAAGUGAAACUCCAGACACAAAAGUUGUUUAGUUUUGCCCAAAGCUGUUGAAUGUUUAAUGUUUCAUAAGAAAGCAUGCUAUGGCUGGCUUUUUUUUUAAAGGUUUGUGUGUGUGUGUGUGUGUGUGUGUGUGUGUGAGAGAGAGAGAGAGAGAGAGAGAGAGAGAGAGAGAUAUUUUCACCUCAUCCUGUAGACAUUAGCGUUUUAACCUUUCCCUCUGCUAUUGGUUUUUCUAAAAAACAUGGUGUGCUUUCUAGUGAUGCAUUUAGCAUCAUGUCUAGUGUGGCCCUUACAGUAAAACAGUAUGGAUUUUGUGGCUGAAUAAUUAUUUUAAAAUGUUCUUUAUUGGGAAGUUGGCUCUGCCGAGUGGCUCUUUUAUGAGGGAGGAAGUCUCCAACAGCACGUCCAUCAGCUAGUCAGGAAAGUACUGGCUGUGUGUACAUUUAAGGAUGUGCCAAUUCCCCCCCCCCUUCCUGGCUUAACUGGUUGCCAAAGAUAGGGAUCUGUUUUUCACCUGCUCUGGCAUCUUUUUGCUGUUGCAAUCCUUUUCCGGGGCUUUUCAAGUUCCUCUGCUUUCUCUCCCUUGUUUAGCUGAAAGCAUGACCAAGUACAGUGGUACCUCGGGUUACGAACUUAAUUCGUUCUGGAGGUCCGUUCUUAACCCAAAACCGUUCUUAACCUGAGACGCGCUUUCGCUAAUGGGGCCUCCUGCUGCCGCCGCGCCACCAGUAUACGAUUUCCAUUAUCAACCUGAGGGAAAGUUCUCAAACUGAGGUACUGAUUCCAGGUUAGCAGAGUUUGUAACCUGAAGUGUUUGUAACCCGAAGCGUUUGUAACCUGAGGUACCACUGUAAAUAUAAAUUAAACUGGGGAAGGAAGAAGAAGAAGAGUUUGGAUUUGAUAUCCCGCUUUAUCACUACCCGAAGGAGUCUCAAAGCGGCUACCAUUCUCCUUUCCCUUCCUCCCCCACAGCAAACACUCUGUGAGGUGAGUGGGGCUGAGAGACUUCAGAGAAGUGUGACUGGCCCAAGGUCACCCAGCAGCUGCAGGUGGAGGAGCAGAGACGCGAACCCGGUUCACCAGAUUACGAGUCUAUCGCUCUUAACCACUACACCACACUGGAGAAACACCCAUUCAGAUAGAGUAGAACCCCUACUCCCCACCCCACCCCCAAAAGCUGACUUUAGCUAGAUAUUCCAGCAUAUAUCCAGCUGUAACUGCUGCAUGUUGCUGGCAUCCAUCUGUCUUGGGAGAUAAUGGAGCAGGGCGCUUUUUGGGAUGAGGUCAAGCUGUUGGAAGGUUGCAGCGCCUGCUGUGACUGUAGAGACCAUACACAAAUCUGAAGUGGAGUCCCAAAGGCGGUUGGAUGGUAUCUUGUAUCCCCCCUUCUAGCAACUCCUGCAGCCGAGCUGGUGCUUCCUGCUGCUUGCAUGCAUACUGUAUUUUUCCGUGUAUAAGACAAGGGUUUUUUAUUAUAAAAAAUGCUAAAAAUUGGGGGUCGUCUUAUACACAGAUAGUGCAGAGGUGGGAUGGGCAAUUGGUGGCUGCCGCGAGCUGGAGAUUGUCAGUGGCGUUUGGGCGGGUGAUUGGUGGCUGUGGCAAGGUCUGCUGGCAAUGGCUGCUGCGGCAAUUGGGCGGGCGAUUUUCGGCUGGUGGCGAGCGGGCAGACGAUUGGUGGCUUCAUCAAUGCGUGUGAUGGGCAGCUGCAGUCAGGCGGAUGAGUGAUUGUCGUCCCCCCCAAAAAAUAGCUUAACAACUCUGGACAAUCUCCCCCCAUUCCUCAAUUUGGAAUCCCCCAAAAUAGGGGUCGUCUUAUACACAGGGGCGUGUUAUACAGAGAAAAAUACAGUACAUUUGUAGCACAUAGCUUCCCCCAAGGAAUCCCAAGAACUGUAGUUUUUCCAAAGCUACCAUUCCAAGUUCCUGUCACAAACUACAGUUCCCAAGAUUCUUUAAAUGAAUGCUGUAUACCCAGCCUUAAAUUAAGCUUUUUCGGAUGGGGGAACGAGUCCUGAUCACAUAUAUGCAUAUGAAUUUCUCUAUCUUAAAAGUCUGUUAUUUCAGAGUUGGGGAAAUUCAUCAGAUUGGAGUUUAUUUUUAGCACUGGUAAUCAAUAGAUGUCCCCCCCCCCUAAAUGUCUGAGGCGCAUGAAGUCACAGCUUGGAAAGCCAUACUUUAAUUAAACAGGAACACUUAAAAUGCUUAGAAUAUUGUUACAAAUGCCCAGCACCUGUCCUUCUUUCUGCCAAGCUGUGGCGAGAGCACAUGGAAUCUCAGGGUCUGUGUCCCUUUUGAGAAUAGAAGACACGGCAGAGACUGUCAUGCUUUAAGAACUAGGGUUUGUUCACCUAUUUACACCCUUGGUCUGCUUGGAGGGGGUCCAGAACGUACAGCACGGCCCAGAGCAUUGCAGGCAGUCCUUCCUUCCACCUCGCCAAGAAAGAACGCCCCUUUCUUCUUCCCAGAAGCCUCUCCCCCAGAGCAGUUACCCUGGCAACCUUCCAAAUCUCCAGCCUCUGGUCACACCUGGGACACUGAGUUGUUGCAAACCGUGGCUGGCACUAUAUGGUAAUAUUAACAGCUCUCCCCUUCCCUCAGCCUGCCAGACUGGUUUGUGUAAGGCAGCCCAGGAAUCCCCUUGCAGCUUAUAUUCUCCCUCCAUAUCACAAAGAACACCAAAUCCUAGCAUUUAUUAAUUUCUAGGGUUUUGGGGGGUCCCUCCCUACUUCUAUAACAAUAUCAUUGGGGCUGUGGGUUUGUCCGCACCAGAGCAUGAUGUCUUCCGCCAUCCAAGUGUUGCUUUUUAUUUAAGAUUUUCUUGUGCUACAAAACAAAUAAACAGGGGGAAGUAUUUGUCAUCUCCACUUUCAGUUGAUGGAGUCUUUUUCACAAGGUGUUGUUCUUCUUUCCUUCUGUUGCAUAGUGUUAGUGGGGGGGGGGGGGUUGUGUCAGCACCACUGUGGGGAGGUCCUAUGUUUUUACGUAUACAGAGGGAGGUGCAUGUGUGUGACAUUGUGAGAGAAGGGGGAAAUCCCACAUUUGAAGGUGAAAGGUCCCGGACACAGCUGUGAUGGGGAGAGCCCCUACAUAUGUUUCUAUUAUUUCUUUAUUUAAUUAUUUUCAUUUACAAAAGUGUUUGUACACCGUCCUCUCUCCAAACAUCAGGGUAGCUUAUGACAGCAUAAAAACACGUAAAAGCAAUACAAAGCAAUCAUGAAAAUGGCUCGCUGCUCAAGGGGCAUUUUAAACAGCUGCAUAGGUCUGCUGGCAUAAUAAUAAUAAUAAUAAUAAUAAUACAGUGGUACCUCGGGAUGCGAACUGGAUCCGUUCCGGAGCCCCAUUCGCAUCCUGAACAGAACGUAAGACAUGACAGCACGUCUGCGCGUGCGCGGGUCACGUUUCGCCACUUCCGUGCAUGCACAUGAUGUCAUUUUGACCAUCUGCGCAUGCGCGAGCGGCGAAACCCGGAAGUAAUGCGCUCCGUUACUUCCGGGUCGCCGCAGAGCGCAACCCAAAUGCGCUCAACCUGAAGCGUAUUUAUCCCGAGGUGGCGGGUAGCGCUGUGGGUUAAACCACAGAGCCUAGGACUUGCCGAUCAGAAGGUCGGCGGUUCGAAUCCCCAGAAUGGGGUGAGCUCCCGUUGCUCAGUCUCUGCUCCUGCCAACCUAGCAGUUCAAAAGCACGUCAAAGUGCAAAUAGAUAAAUAGGUACCGCUCCGGUGGGAAGGUAAACGGCAUUUCCGUGCGCUGCUCUGGUUUGCCAGAAGCGGCUUAGUCAUGCUGGCCACAUGACCCGGAAGCUGUACGCCGGCUCCCUCGGCCAAUAAAGCGAGAUAAGCGCCUUAACCCCAGAGUCGGCCAUGACUGGACCUAAUGGUCAGGGGUCCCUUUACCUUUACCUAUGACUGUAAUAAUAAUAGCUUUCAAGAGACGUCCGAAGAAAACGCCUGCCAAAUCCCCGCUGGAAGACUGUUCCACAGCAUGGACCUGGCAAUGCUAAAUGCCUGCCUUCUGGCUAAGGCCGGUCUGGCUUCUGUAACAUUGGGGGUAACUCACAACGCUCCUCCAAUGAAUAAUGGAGGAACAGGUUGGUGCAAAUCCAUAUAUUGCUAUGGCAUGGACAUGCACUCUGUCUUCCUCCUGGGCCGUGUUCAGAAAGUGGUGGUGGGGGAUGAGUGUUCAGACCCCUGGGCCCUCACUUGUGGGGUGCCUCAGGGUUCCGUCCUCUCCCCCAUGCUUUUUAACAUCUAUAUGAAGCCGCUGGGAGAGUUCAUCAGGGGGUUUGGACUGGGUGUCCAUCAAUAUGCAGAUGAUACCCAGCUCUACCUCUCUUUCAAAUCAGAACCUGUGAAGGCUGUGUAGGUCCUGUGUGAGUGCCUGGAGGGGAUUGGAGGAUGGAUGGUGGCUAAUGGAUUGAAGUUGAAUCCUGACAAGACAGAAGUACUGUUUUUGGGGGACAGGGGGCGGGCUGGUGUGGAGGACUCCCUGGUCCUGAAUAGGGUAACUGUGCCCUUGAAGGACCAGGUGCGCAGCCUGGGAGUCAAUUUGGACUCACAGCUGUCCAUGGAGGCGCAGGUCAAUUCUGUAUCCAGGGCAGCUGUCUACCAACUCCACCUGGUACGCAGGCUGAGACCCUACCUGCCCGCGGACUGUCUCGCCAGAGUGGUGCAUGCUCUAGUUAUCUCCUGCUUGGACUACUGCAAUGCGCUCUACGUGGGGCUACCUUUGAAGGUGACUCGGAAACUACAACUAAUCCAGAAUGCGGCAGCUAGACUGGUGACUGGGGGCGGCCGCCGAGACCACAUAACACCGGUCUUGAAAGACCUACAUUGGCUCCCAGUACGUUUCCGAGCACAAUUCAAAGUGCUGGUGUUGACCUUUAAAGCCCUAAACGGCCUCGGCCCAGUAUACCUGAAGGAGCGUCUCCACCCCCAUCAUUCUGCCCGGACGCUGAGGUCCAGCGCCAAGGGCCUUCUGGCAGUUCCCUCAUUGCGAGAAGCAAAGCUACAGGGAACCAGGCAGGUGGCCUUCUCGGUAGUGGCGCCCGCCCUGUGGAACGCCCUCCCAUCAGAUGUCAAAGAGAUAAACAACUACCUGACAUUUAGAAGACAUCUGAAGGCAGCCCUGUUGAGGGAAGUAUUUAAUGUGUGACAUUUUAGUGUAUUUUUAAUAUAGGUAGCCGCCCAGAGUGGCUGGGGAAACCCAGCCAGAUGGGCUGGGUACAAAUAAAUUAUUAUUAUUAUUAUUAUUAUUAUUAUUAUUAUUAUGAAUAGUCAGGCUGCAUUUAAAGCACAUGACUGUCCCGGGAACCGUUGUCUACAGCUCAGAAAGCUACAGUUCCCAACACCCUUAACAAUCUAUAGCUCCCAGGACUCUCUGGAGGAAGCCAUAUGCUUUCAGCUUAUGGCGCAUUUACGCAGCAAAAUAGUCAGUCUCCAGAGACUAAUACCAAUUCAGUUCUUCCAGAUGCCUAUGAGUUUGCAGCCAAAGCCGCACCACCCACAAACAAGAGAACGGCAGGAGGUGACUUGGGGUAACCCCGAGGUACAUGGCCAUAUUUUAAAAAGGUUUAGCAAGAAAACCUAAAGCAGGGGAGCUCCCUCCGAAAGCACAGCCCCAUAAUAACUUGGUGCUGUGGAAUAUUGAAAGAUUGAGAGGAAAUAAACCUGGCAACUGGAUGGUGUGGAGGUGGGGGGAAUAAGAGUUGCUGGAACAUUGGAGAGAGAGAAAUGCAGGUAUUGAAAGGUUAGAAAGGGUCGUCUCAUUACCGUUUUUGGAUAGGUCAUUUCCUGCUUCCUGCUGAGCAGCUCUUUUCUAAACAUCCUCAGGGACAAAGCAAGAGAGCUGCCCAUAGACAUUAAUGGAGAUAUGAAACACUGUGAUGCAGCUGGGGAUGGGUGCACUUCUGUCUGUGUACACACAGGCACACGCAGAAAAAAGAGCUGAAUAGAAGGACAGGGAAACCGUCCAAAACAGGCUAAUGAGGAGUGAGCAUGCUCAGUGGACAUGGAAUUCUGUUUGAUGGUUGAGAAGGAACUUAAGAGACCUAGAAAUUGUUGUAUGGGGCAAGGCGGGAAGGGUUUUGCGAGGAAAGGAAGCUAAGGAGUAUCCAACUAGUUUUGUAUACAGUUUUGCAGUCUUCUUCUUCUCCUUCUUCUCCGAUCACUUGUAAGAUUGUCUUCCAUGAGCAGGGUCUUAACAGUGAGUGCAUAAGUGAGUUGAGAAUAGAGUACAGUGGUACCUCGGGUUACAUACGCUUCAGGUUACAGACUCUGCUAACCCAGAAAUAGUACCUCGGAUUAAGAACUUUACCUCAGAAUGAGAACAGAAAUUGUGCGGUGGCGGUGUGGCAGCAGCAGGAAGCCCCAUUAGCUAAAGUGGUGCUUCAGGUUAAGAACAGUUUCAGGUUAAGAAAGGACCUCCAGAACGAAUUAAGUACGUAACCAGAGGUACCACUGUAGUUGCUUUGGAAGACGAUAAUCAGGCAUCCGAACAACAUGACCAUUCCAACAAAGUUGAUGCUGAAGAAUCAUUGCUUUGACAGUGGUGAUCUUUGCUUAUUCCAGUACACUGGCAUUAGUUUUCCUGUCUUCCCAAGAAAUGUGUAAAAAAAUUAGGAGACACCGUUGAUGGAACAUUUCGAGGAGUUGGAGAUGCCGUUUAUAAGUGGUCCAUGUUUCACAAGCAUACAGAAAAGUUGGUAGAACAAUAGCUGCAAUAGGGGACGAAGACCCCUCAGCUCCUAUGGUUCCUUGCUCUUGAUUUCAAGGCGGGUGGGAAAGGCAGGUUUGUGGUUCUCCUGGAAAGAGUCCCCAGCAAAAAGGGGUCCAUGGUGGGGAUGCCUGUCCUUCCGAAUGACAGGUAUGUCACUGGUAUUACAAAUGAAAAUCAGAAUCCAAACCAUUCACCUUGACUUUAAGCAGGAGCAAAUGCAAGGACUCUGUUUCCCUGGAGACCCCUUCCCUUGGACGUGUCAUCGGAGAGCUUUGAAAUGUGAGGGUGCAGCCCAGCUCUGGCUCUUUUCAUUUUCCCUGCGACUUAGAAUUCAGUGGCCGCUCUCUCGCUCUCUCCUCAGAUCCCAGUCAGAGGCCUAUUUAGAAUACUGAUCGCUGAGCUGACCCAUAUAAGGGCCAGAACUCUGUCUGAAACGCUGGCCUUUUUCAGAGGCAAAGGCAGGAAGAGCUGAUAGCAAAGGGAGGCGAUUACCUCUGUGCGCGGCUCUGCUUUGUUAUCUGGCAGAGCUCCUGUGAUGUUUCAGCACUCGCGCAGAAAGCGGAAAUUCAACAGGUGAAGCUGUUCCCAUAUCAGGUCACCUGUUGGAUUCCUGACCGUCAGGUUGCUGUAGAAUCAGCAGAUGGCCAGAAUUAAAGAAACAAAUGGUCCGGCCUGCUCUUGCGCUUUUAUCAGAGUUAAAACUUAAACUGCUGCGGAUCAAAGGAAUCGCUACAGGAGCCUGCACAAGAGCUGGCAGCCUUACGGGAAUCAAAGCAGAGUAAGGGCUGGCAAAAUUUUGCCUUCAAAGGGGAGCCAUGUCUAAGAACCUUAAGAAAGCAGGAGAAGAGCAGGCACUGAAGUAAAGGCCAAUAGAAAAAGGACAGUCAGGGAACUGAGAAAUUGCACAAAACAAAUGAAAUACCGUGAAAAUCCCUUUAACAUCAGCAGUAACAUCCAGACCAUGGGAGCAUCUCAGCCCUGUUCUUGAGUUUGUUGAAAAUCUGGAACAGCUUAUCUUGCAUUCCUUUCUUUGAAUUUGUGCCAUUUAGGUCUUUAAACCUUUUUGUAAAAGCAGCACUAGAAUUUUCACAGUUGAGUCCUCAACCCUUUAUUACUGUGCUUUGCUUUCUUCAAGUUGGGCUUUGUUUAAAACUUGCCAUUUAGGUUUUCAAACCUUUUUUGUAAAUUCAGUAUGAGAAACUGUACUUUUGAGUCCUCAAUCCUUUAUUACUGCACUUUGCUUUACCUAGGUUGAGCUAGGACUAGAAUACUUCAGAAUUUUUCGGGGUUCUAUCCUUUAUUUGAAUUUUGGUCAUUUAAAGUUUAUGAUUUUUCUAUUUCCUUCUGAGGAAACUGAAUAGUUCAGUGAAACGAGGUUUGUAGCCAGCAUCCCUUUAAGGCUUUGUUCUGUCUUAGGUUUUUCUAAUUCUUUUCCUUAAGCUUUUUGAUUUUUUUAUUAUUUAGUUUAUUUCCAUAAGAUAAUAUUUCUAGCCGAUUAAUUCUCGUUUCAGGGAUUUUCACGAUAUUUCAUUUGUUUUGUACAAUUGAAGUAGAGGCAGCAGAAACGUACAUGCAGUGGUACCUCGGGGUAAGUACUUAAUUCGUUCCGGAGGUUCGUUCUUAACCUGAAACUGUUCUUAACCUGAGGUACCACUUUAGCUAAUGGGGCCUCCUGCUGCCGCCGCACCACCAGAGCCCGAUUUCUGUUCUUAUCCUGAAGCAAUGUUCUUAACCUGAAGCACUACUUCUGGGUUGGUAGAGUCUGUAACCUGAAGCAUCUGUAACCUGAGGUACCACUGUAUUAGGGCUGUGCACCUAUUCCAGCUGAAUGCCAGAUCCUGAGCUGAAUCGGGCCAGCUGAGGUUGACCCAAGAUUUGUCUGCAACCCAAGAUUUGGCCAGAGUUGAUUGAGGAGUGAUCUGGAGCUGUCAAAGGAGGGGAGGCGGCCCAGCAGAGAGGAGCAGCAGUGUGCAGGCUGCCUGUGUGUGUCUCCUCUUCCCUCCCAAAUGUAUAUUUCAUUAGGUUUUUGAGUCCCAGUUAAAAGAUUAUGCAAGGCUCUAGAUUUGGUUUGCGGCUGCUCCGAAGUGCUGAGUAAGGCUCUGAAUUAGAUUGGGGGGUGGGUGGGCAUGCACCGCUGUCAUGGACUGGCUGGAUGCAGAAAAGAUGUGGUAGGAGGUACCAGCUGUGAAACCCCUGGGGGGAGAAGGCUCAGAGCCAGGGGACUGGUGGUGGGACUACGAUGGGUGACCAGGAGGUGAAGAGGGAGCAGAAUAGGAGGAGGAGGCGUCAGAAGCUGAAGGGGCAACAGGGUUUAGUGAGCAGGAAGAAGCUGGGGCAGAGAGCAGUCCAGAAGCAGAGGCAGAAGCAGAGGCUGGAGAGGAGAAGGGUCAUGUGAUGGCCUGGGAAUCGGAUUCAGAUGCUGAACCUGAGGGAUCCCAGCCUGCACAGGAUUCCCCGCCUCCAGAACCAGCUGAGUCGGGGCUGGGGGAUGAGCCUGAAGGGUCCUCACCUGUGCUGGAUCCUCAGGUGCAGGCACCAGCUGAGUCUGCUCUGGCUCCUGAGGGGAUGGAGGACCCAUUGCCUGCAGGUGCUCCACCCUCAGCCCCGUCAGAGGAAGCUGAGGUUGCCUCUGGGUCUGGUAACCCUUCAGCCUCUCCUAAGCUGCAGAGGCUCAGGGCAGAGAGGCGGAGGGAACUAAGUUCCCGCAGGAGGAGUGCUCACCUCCAGGCCAGGAGAGGCAAGUCACCUGAGGAUCGGGGCCUCCCUAUGCCUCGGGGGAGAUAAAAGCCAGCCAGCACCAGUCCCAAGUUGCAGGAACAACAUCAUUGGUUGUCAGUUCCAGCCUGACCCCUGGCCUUCUUCCCUGCCGGAACUCCUGACCUCACCUGACACCCUGCCCUGCACCCAGCUUCGACUUCUACGGACUGCCUUCAUUUUGCACCAUCGACCUUGGACUGGACUCGGACCUCACCUCUCAGUUAGCCCCCGGGACCAGCACAGGUCAAGAGGUUGCUGAAGAAUCCAGGGAGUCUCCCCCUCCUGCUGUGACCAUCUCCCUUCUCCCCUGGUCUCCCAGAACACACAGAGAAAUGAAGAGGGUGGAGCAAAGAGAGACCAAGCGAAGAAGCCUUAGGCUGCUGGGAAAGGAACCAGGGGAGGAGUCUUAGAGAGCGCAAGUGCCUCAUUGGGGCAAGACCUACUGGAAAGGGUGGCUGAGACCGUUAGGACUGAGCUGUUCUGUUUAUUUGAACAAAGAGCUCGCUUUCCUGAUUUCGGGUGAUUUACUGUAUUGUUUCACCCUGACUUCAGCUCCUGACAACAGCCCUAGUUCGCAUAGAACUGCCUGCUCCCAUAGGAACCUAGCCUUCUGCUGAUGAGUCAGACCACUGGUCCAGCUACUUUAGCUCAGAAUUGCUUGCACUGACUGGCAGGGGCUCUGCGGGGAUUCAGGCUGGGAGUUCCUCCCAGGAGAUGCUGGAGACUGAAUCCGGUGUUGCUGUACCACUAAGCCAUGGCUACACCCCUGUCCUAAAAUCCACAGAGACUUUUCCCCAGGUGCUCCCUCAGUCUGAAGCACAGACCGUGGCUAUGAGGAAGGGGGACUUUUCAGCAGUGCUCCUUGCCCCACUUGUGGAACAGUUUCCCUAGAGCCUGGCACCGACGUUGUUAUCAACGCAAGGCAAAUACUUCCUUGUUCUCCCGAGCUUUUUAAUGCCUUCUGACAUUUUAAGAACACCUUUUGAAGAUAAUUUUAGCAGCUUGGAAAGACUGGGUUGAAUAUUAGCGCCCUUGGUCUUAACAGAAGUUUCUUGAGGUUUUUUUCUUUAAAAAAAAAACACACCCUUAAUGAAGUUGUUCAGCAUGUUCAAUCGAUGAGGCUGUUGGAUUAUGGUCGUUGCUGCCUAUCUCCCUAGGUUGAUGUGGGAUUUCUAUAUUGAAUUUUCUUGCGGUGUUGUUAUACCAUGCUUUAAAUUCUCUUUGAAAACUAAUGGCUGUAUGUUGCCUGGACAACAUAAUGUUAUCCGAGUGGAAUGGCCUCCACUACCUGCGGCAAUAUAUGCCUCUGAAUGCCCGUGACUGGGAAUGUGCUCAGGUUCUGCUAGCAGGCUUUCCGUGAGUAUCCGGUCAGCCACUGCAAGAACAGGAUCCUAGACUAGGUGGGCCGCUGGCCUGAUCCAGCACACCCCUCUUACAUUCUAUGGCCAUGUGUCCUAAUUUAGAGAAGACUGUCCUUGGUUUGAAGGGCCGUCACUGGUCCAAGUCCGGUUUCUUUGUUACAUUGUUGGCAGCUGUCUGUCUCGAGAGACAAUGGAGUGUUCCUCCAGGGGUGAAGUCAAACGGCUGCAUGAGCAGCGCCGAAGUGACCUGCCUGGACACAAGCCUGGGCAGCGGGGAUGGAGGUCCUGGGCCGGCCAGACAACAGGGUUUGACUCGAACCAAUGGAUUCAAGUUACAAGGAAGGAGAUUCCGACUAAACAUCAGGAAGAUCUUUCUGACAGUUUUUAAAAAGAGAAGAUCAGUAUUGCCAAGCCAAUAUAGCUUUCAAAAGACGUCAGGAAGGAUUGGGGAAUCUUUAAAGAAUAUUUAGAAAACUAUGGAAUAAAAGGAAACCUCUUGGCAGAAUUAGACUGAUCCCUGUAUUGUAUAAAUAUAAGUUCGUAGGGAGGUGAAAAGAAAUUAUAUAAGAAAUAUGUAACUGUGCGGUAUAAAGUAAAGGAUAGAUAAAGUACAGUGAGAUUAACUGGAAACCAGUUUUAAAUUUCUUCUCUAUAAGUUUUAUAAUUGUGUUCAGUAUCAGGAGUAUAUAUGAUGAUAAUUAUAUUAAUCUUCUUGUAUCUUAUAGUGUGUCAGUUUGUUUGAUUUUUCUGUUAUUUGUUUGUUUGUUUGUUUACUUGUAUGCACGUCUGUUUUUUCAUAAAUGUAUUUAUUUUAAGUUAAUAAAGAUAUAUAUUUUUUUAAAAAGACGUCAGGAUGGACGGAGGGACCAUUCCUGCCAAAUCUCUGCUGGCAGGGAGUCCCAAUUUUCUGGGGACAGUCCCAGAACUAUGAAAGCCAUCCCGGUUUUUGAUCUGAUCUUGGAAUGUCCCUCUUGCCCCUAGCGAUGCUGCUGCUGCUGAGCUCAAAGAAGAGCAGGAGCCACCACUCGUCCAAGGCAGCAGUUGCAAGGAGACACCCCAUUGCCUCUCCAUGGCCACCACUGCCAGCCUUCUCUCUUGGGCAGCCUGUAGUGGCUGCUGGAGAACGGGCGAGGAGGAGAGGUCGCUACCAUUAAGGCCCUGCCCCAUGUGACGCACUGGCUCUGAGGUGCCGGCAGAGGACACGGCUGCCCUGGGCAGGAAGAAAGGAGGAGCAGGGGGGAGUGCAAUAAUAAUAAUAAUUUGUUAUUUAUACCCCGCCCAUCUGGCUGAAUUUCCCCAGCCACUCUGGGCAGCUCCCAAUCGAAUGUUAAAAACAAUACAGCAUUAAAUAUUAAAAAUUUCCCUAAACAGGGCUGCCUUCAGAUGUCUUUUAAAGAUAAGAUAGCUGCUUAUUUCAUUCACAUUUGAAGGGAGGGCGUUCCACAGGGCAGGCGCCACUACCAAGAAGGCCCUGUAACCUCACUUCUCGCAGUGAGGGAACCACCAGAAGACCCUUGGCGCUGGACCUCAGUGUCCGGGCUGAACGAUGGGGGUGGAGAUGCUCCUUCAGGUAUACAGGACUGAGGCCGAGGAGUCUUGAUUUAAAAAAAACACUUUGCCCCCCUUCCUAAAAUUCAUUUAUUAGUGUGUGUUUCCCUUUUUGUAAAUCUACCAGAGAAUAAAAUCCAGUCAGGAUUUCUACGGUUUUCUCAGGACAGUGGAGGGGUUGUGUGCUGUGUCCCGUUGGUGAAGUGGUGGUCACAGUUGCCCUUCUUCUCAUAGAAAAUGCUCUGUGAGGGUGAGGAAACAAAACAUGGUGGAGUCAAGGAGGGUCAGUUGGGGUGGCGUCGUCAGCGUCGUGAGAAAUGUCCCUAUUUCCAUCUGAGGAAUAUUGAAGGGAAUGCAGGGCCUGCUGCCCCAAAGGUGUGGCCCCUCGCAAAGGCUGUUGUGUUGCAUCUCAGGGGCAUGGGGAACCACCAGAAGUGUCCCCUCAGUGGAUCUCAGGGAUGGAGAAUGGAGCACAAGGGAUCGGGUGGUUCUCAAGGUACUGCGAGCCCAAGUUGUUUAGCGCUCUGUGCAUUAUUGUGGGUUAAACCACAGAGCCUAGGGCUUUUCCAUCAGAAGGUCGGCGGUUCGAAUCCCCGCGACGGGGUGAGCUCCUGUUGCUCGGUCCCUGCUCCUGCCAACCUAGCAGUUCAAAAGCACGCCAGUGCAAGUAGAUAAAUAGGCACUGUUGCAGUGGGAAGGUAAAUGGCAUUUCUAUGUGCUGCUCUGGUUCGCCAGAAGCGGCUUAGUCAUGCUGGCCAUGUGACCCAGAAGCUGUAUGCCGGCUCCCUCGGCCAAUAAAGCGAGAUGAGCGCCACAACCCCAGAGUCAUCUGCGACUGAACCUAAUGGUCAGGGGUCCCUUUACCUUACCUUGAACCUGGCCCAGGAGGAAAAGACCACCCAAUGCAGCUCUCUCUGCAGCAGAGUAACACAUUUGCAGCGAUCUGCUCCUGCGAGCAGGUCCAUCCACUGCUACGUCAAAUCAGCCUCUCUCUUCAUCUGCUGCUUUCUUAAGGUGAUCAGCAGAGCUUGCAAGUGCCCAGAACUGGCUGGGUGCUGAUCAUCCAGUUCAGUCCAUAUGGUUCCUUUAUUUUUCUAUUAAAGAUGAGCCGAAGAAGGGGGCGGGGAGAGAUUGUGGUUUGUUGAUACGCAGGUUGAAAGCGGAGCUGGGACUAAGCUGGCGUUACACCCCUGAUUUAUUCUUCUCCCUCAAUCCAAAGCACCAGUUUGUUUGUUCUUUAAUCAUACUGAGAGAUUGGAUUUGAUAAGGUCAUAUGUUCGCCUCAGACUCCACAUGGUAGCAAUUUAAGGUUUGGUUCAGGAGGCCAGAUGGAGUCAAAAGCUUUUCAGAACUCAAUGGAGCAAGCAACAAUAGCCGAAAUCUGUGCUUCCUCUUUUGCAUUCCCUCCCCCACCUUUUUGGUAUGUGGGGAUAAAUGCCUUUAAUGAAUACGAAAGUGUGGUUGGUGGUUUGCUGCUUCUUUGUCUGGAAACGAAACCCACUUGAAUGCCUGUUAAUUACACGGCAAUUUUCUUUGUUGAGGAGACUGCUGAGCGGUUUGCCUUCAUUACAGGCUAACAUAAUUAUCAGAUGCUGGGGACAAACAGCAGGGGACAGCCAUCUCCAUCAUACCCUAUUUUUGAACUUCCCAGGGGCUUUUGGCUGCCCACUGCUGGGUACUAAGUGCUAAGACUAGAUGGGCCUGUCAUCUGAUCCAGCGCAGCAGUUCUUAAGUUCCUAAUGUUGCAACUUUGGGAGACGGUGUAUUUUACUCUGCUAAAUUUCUAGGUUACGCCAACUCCAGGGCUUCCAAUAGGACCAAAGCUGCUCAGUUAAAAAAGAAAAGUUUACGCGGCGCAUCGUUAAACUAUGGAACUCACUGCCACAGGAACCAAUGGUGGCUACCACCUUGGAUGGCUUUAAAAGCAGACUGGACAAAUUCUUAGAAGAAAGGCAGGAUAAGGACAAUAAUAAAUUCAGCUCUGUUUUCUCAGAGCAAACCCUUUGUCCAUUCCUUUUAAUAGGCCUGCUAAUCUGAAUGCUGCCUAAUAACAAUAACAAAUAUUCUUUAUAUACUGCCUGAAAACUGCUAGGUCCUGGGUCCAAACAUUUUGGGGAUUCAUAGGGCAGAGUCAUUCCAAGGCCCAAAAAUGCUUCACUGAGAAUUUGCUACCUGCUGUUAAGGUUGCUCACACCACAGGGCAGUUGCCCACAUAUCCUGGCAGAUCUAGAGCAGGGGUCAGCAAGGCUUACCUCACCUGGGCCGGUUCACUUCAGCAGAGAUCCCUCCAUGGGCUGGAUCAUGCACACACGAUUUCUGGCAUCUGCAUCUGCGCAGGUGCGAUUUCCGAUGUUGGCGCAGACACCAUUUCCGGCAUCUGCGCAUGCACAGACACUAUUUCCGGUGCCAUGGAAGCAAGUCACCGCACUGCGCCAGUUUAGCACAGCACGAGGGGAUUCGCUGAGGGGGCGGCUCUGUUUGGGGACCCAUGGGCCUUAGGUGGCCGACCCCUGAUCUCUAGAGAGAUUCCCCACUGUCACUUUCUUUUCAAGGCAGCAUCAUACCCCUUUAAACAGUCAUGGCUGUUUAAAGUGGUAUGGAUCCUGGGAACUGCAGUUUGUUAAGGGUGCUGAGAGUUGGUAAGAGACCCCGUUCCCCCUCCAAGCUAUAGUUCUCAGAGUGCUGCAACAGUCAAUCGCUCCUCCCAGGGAACACUGGGAAUUGUGUUCCUUCCAGUUGACCCAGGCACCUUUGUUGGCACCUGCUUUUUCCCCCUGUCUCGUUUGAAUGGCCUUGGGAGAGCCCUAUUCCCAUUGCUUCUCAUGACCAUUUUAUGCCCCUUUCUAAGGUCCGACAAGGGAUGCAGGUGGCGCUGUGGGUUAAACCACAGAGCCUAGGACUUGCCGAUCAGAAGGUCGGCGGUUCGAAUCCCCGCAGCGGGGUGAGCUCCCGUUGCUCGGUCCCUGCUCCUGCCAACCGAGCAGUUCGAAAGCACAUCAAAGUGCAAGUAGAUAAAUAGGUACCUCUCCGGCGGGAAGGUAAACAGCAUUUCUGUGCGCUGCUCUGGUUCGCCAGAAGCGGCUUAGUCAUGCUGGCCACAUGACCCGGAAGCUGUACGCCGGCUCCCUCGGCCAAUAAAGCGAGAUGAGCGCCGCAACCCCAGAGUCGGUCACGACUGGACCUAAUGGUCAGGGUCCCUUUACCUUUACCAUUUGAAGGUCCGACAGAGCACAGUUCCUACUUGGAGCAAGAGCUGAAACCUGAAGUGGUAUCUCAGGAACACCAUUACCACUAGCUGCAGCCAGCCAGCCUUUCUGGGAAAACUCACAGGUACAGAAGAGCAACAUCUUUGUCUCCUAAAAUGAUGCUACUGUUAAAGGCACAGCUAUCAGAGCCAGUUGAAAAGUUGGAGCCUCUUGAAGAAGAAAGAAAUCCAUACAUAAAUGCAGCUACAUUGUGAGCAUAGGAAUAAAUCUCCCUGUGAGGUAUUGAUGGUAAUCAGUAACUCAUUGUUUCCCCCCAAUCAUUCCUUAUCCUUCCCAUAAUGUGCCCAAGGAAGAAAGUCAGUUCCCCCAAUGGGUGUUUUUCUCAACUACAUGGUUACAGUAAUUGCUUGAUUUGCAUGCGCAGCUCAGGUUUUUUCCUGCUCUGAGCACACCUGUUUCUUCCCUUUUGGCUCUGCUCAGCCAAGGCACAAAACCAAACCGGUGGUGCAUCUUUCCUUAGCAACCUUCCAAGAAAGGCCUCCUUCCUGUUUUUCUUAAAUAAUAUAUAUAUAUAAGCCAUAGUGGCAUUAGGCCAGUCAAAGGCUUUUGCGUUGGUCUUUUCCCUUGGCUUCGAGGCGGAGCGGUAUAUUACAAUUAUAUGAGUUGUGCCAGUAGAAUGAUGUUCUGUCAUGUUGCUGUUGUUGUUGCUGCUUGUUUGUAAGCCGCUUUGGGAUUCGUUGAAUGGAACGCUGCAUAGAAAUGCAAUCUGUCAAGUGAAAGGGGAUGACAUGGGACACCUCUAGACUGUCGCCGUUUUCUGCAGGAGGGAGAUGAGCGUGUGCUCGCCGCUUUGUGCAUUUGAAGUGGAUUCGAGGGCUCUGCUGCCCCAGAGCAACAAAUCCACUCCUUUCUCCCUUCUUCUUUUUAAAACCGCGACAGACUCUUUGUGGUUUGGGCAGUGACAGGGGAAGUGCAUUAAAAAGCGUGGGAUGAAUGAAUGAUUAACGGAAAGACGGUUUAAACACCCCGCAAGCAAAUCAGGACGUAUGCUUAUUGUCGCUUAAGCGCCCUAUAAACAAAUUGGAAUAAAUGCCGAAUAAAGACUCGGUAUAAACCAACCUCCCUGUAAGCUUGGUACAGGCAAACCCAAAGAACAAGAAUCAAGAGAUUCAUGCACGCACGAACCAACACAUCAUCUCUCCGCGGUUCACGCAUUCUGUCACGCUGAAUACCUGGAACAUUCUUUGCCCCACUCUGUUCAUUAACUUGCAUCGUUCCAAUCAUUCCACAUAGAAUCACAGCAUUGUUGAGUUGGAAGGGACCCUGAGGGUCAUCUAGUCCAACCCCCUGGAAGGCAGGAAUCAAAACCAAAGAAACCCUGGCAGAUAGCCGUCCAACCUGUUCGACAGUGGAAUUUGCUGCCAUCCAGCUGUUCGACAGUGGAAUUUGCUGCCGUCCAGCUGUUCGACAGUGGAAUUUGCUGCCAAGGAGUGUGGUGGAGUCUCCUUCUUUGGAGGUCUUUAAGCAGAGGCUUGACAACCAUAUGUCAGGAGUGCUCUGAUGGUGUUUCCUGCUUGGCAGGGGGUUAGACCCGAUGGCCCUUGUGGUCUCUUCCAACUCUAUGAUUCUAUGAUUCUAUGAUUCAACCUCUGUUUAAAAACCUCCAAGGAAGGAGAGUCCAUCACCUUCCAAGGGAGUCGGUUCCACUGUCAGAAUGACGCUUGCUGUCAAAAAGUCCUUCCUAAUAUUCAGUCAGAAUAUCCUUUCCUGUAACUUGAAUCCAUUGGAUUGGGUCCUACCCCACUGGAGCAGCCAAAAACAAGCUUGCUCCACCGUCCCUUUGACAGCCCUUCAGCUAUUUGAAGAUGGCCAUAAUAUCACCUCUCAGUCUUCUCCGAGGCAAACAUACUCAGCCCCCCCCCCAACCAUAAGGCUUGGUUUCCAGAGCCUUGAUCAUCUUGGUCGCCCUCCUCUGCACACAUUCCAGCUUGUCAAGAUCCUCCUUAAACUGUGGUGCCCAGAACUGGGCACAGUGAUUGCUGCUGAGCCAUUGUCAAUCUGCCUGCCAAGACCUCAGCGACCGUGCUUCAGCCAUUUGCAGAAAACAAUCCCCAUUCUCUCCCUCAAGUAGAUACAGAUAAGCUCAACAGAAGCUGCUUUUAGGUAUCUGGGACUUGAGUUACUACACCUUGUCCAGUAACACAGGUCCCAUUGGCAUAAGAAAAUAGGCCCAGGGCCUCCUCCAGAAUCUUAAAGAAACAGCCUCCCUUAGAAUACCAUGGAAGGGACCCUGAGGAUCAUCUACUCCAACCCCUUGCAAUGCAGGAAUAUGCACCUCUCCCAUACCGGGGAUUGAACCUGCAAGCUUGGCAUUGUCACCACGGUGCUCUAACCAGCUGAGCUAUGUCCCAUCCAGCUCUGCAGUUCUACGGUUCCAUUCUAUGUUCUCGUGUCUUCCUAACCAGAACCUACCUAGGAGGGGGGUUAUAAUUAGCCUUUCUUAUACAUGUGAUUGGCUCCUGCCAAGGGAGAAGAAAUGGCUAGUUCUUCCCAAUGAGAAGGCUUAAAGAGGGAUUUGUAUUCACACACCAUUUUUUGAAGACAUCAUGAGAGCAGGUAUCUCCAGGGGGUCCCCACGCCUAGCUGGAUGAUUCACCAGCCGUAUCAGCCUAAAAUCCCUCGGAAGCCAUCUCCAUAGAUCGGCUUCUUCUAUUUUAAUUUAUCGCCUCACUAUCUUAAUAAGGGUAUCUGCAGACAGAUUAUAUUUUCCAGGCAGGAUUUUAGCAGCUAUUGGAACUUUAGGUUUGCAUAAUCAAAGCGGAUUCAAGUGAUCUGCCUGCCUAGCACAACAAAUCCACUUUAAAACACACACACACAAUUUGGUGCAUCUGUGUGGGUGGGGUUCUUGAAUAUUGAUUGUUGCUUCUUGUAUGAAUAUGUGAAAACAAUUAAAUAUUGGGGGCGGGGGACCAGAUAUUAUGCGGUUUGGAAAGUGAUGGGGAAAUGAAGUGAGAAAUGUGGGGUGGAUGAAUGAUUGACGGUUGGUUAGAGCAUGGUGCUGGUAACGCUGAGGUUGCAGGUUCGAUCCCUGUGCGGGACAGCUUCAUAUUCCUGAAUUGCAGGGGGUUGGGCUAGAUGAUCCUCGGGUCCCCUUCCAACUCUACAAUUCUAUGAUUUUAUUUUUAUUUUUAAACUUUAUUCCAAAACCGAAAAAGAAUUACAAACAUCAAAUUCAAAAUCCAUAUUCGUUUUGAAACAUAGUUGACUAGAUUAAAAUAUACCUAAUUGCUAUAGGAAGGACGCAGGUGGCGCAGGUGGUGCUGUGGGUUAAACCACAGAGCCUAGGACUUGCCGAUCGGAAGGUCGGCGGUUCGAAUCCCCGUGAUGGGGUGAGCUCCCAUUGCUCAGUCCCAGCUCCUCCCAACCUAGCAGUUCGAAAGCACGUCAAAGUGCAAGUAGAUAAAUAGGUACUGCUCCGGCGGGAAGGUAAACGGCGUUUCCGUGUGCUGCUCUGGUUCGCCAGAAGCGGCUUAGGCAUGCUGGCCACAUGACCCAGAAGCUGUACGCCGGCUCCCUCGGCCAAUAAGAGUCGGCCACGACUGGACCUAAUGGUCAGGGGCUCCCUUUACCCCUUUACCUUUAAUUGCUAUAGACUUCCCUUUGCCAUAUAUAAAUUUAUAUAAACUUCUAAUAUAAUAUUUCUAAUUACGUUGCAUUUAUAUAUCUACAAUUCUGUGAUUAUAUGGCAUAUAAACACCCUGUAAACUAAUCAGAAGAGAUGCUCAGUAAAUGCCAAAUAUAGCCUAACCAACCCAUAAGCUCUCUGCAUGCAGAUCAGGAUGAAUGCUGAAUAAAGGGGUCAUUCGGCAGAACCUUAAAUUAGCUUUAUUAAAUUAAGAGCAUCACCUUUGAGUCUGGUGAUUAAUUACAGCUGUGUUCUAUUCCUAUCUCAUAACAAUACCAUUUAAAAAAAUAAAAUACAAAGCCUUUCAUGAUGAGCCUUCCUGGUUGCCUGCUCUUCCCUCUCCACCCCCGCAGUUCCUUGUCGGCCUCUGGCCUCUUUCUCUUUCUUGCAGAGUUAUGCAGCUUCAAACCCUCCUGGACAAGCACUGUGCAGAGUCGGUGUUAGGAAACUCAAAGCAGACCAUGUCAGAUUCCCCCCUUUUAUUCUCGCUUCAACCGCGUGCGGUGUAAGGAAAGCCAGAGCACGCUUUUUAUUCCUGAAUCAACAUCGGAGGCACCGUUUCCUCCUCCUUUUGAAAAAAGGAUUGCUUUUAACCUAAAGGAAGAGCAAGCCUAGUUUUUCUCCAUGAGGCACCAUGGAAUGCAGAACUUCCAUGUUCAGACAUAGUCAAUGCUCAUUGACUACCAAUUUGCUGGCGAGCCAGACAUGCCCAGAAGCAUCUGACUGGUCUCUAUUGGAAGCAAGAUGCUAUGCUGCUAAGGUAACUUUCUGUUCUGACCCAGCAGGUAUCCUCUUACAUUGUGUAAAGAGUUUUUUUAUCCCGUUCUUCGAUUUUUCUUUUUAAAAAAAGGUUCCCAAGAGUUGCUUAUUUUGGAGCCUAAAAAGAGGUUCCUGGGGCGGCUUACAAGUCAAUAAAAACAACGCAGUUCCUGCCCACCAUGCUUGCAAUCUACAGAGGCACGACAUAAGAGGAAAAUCGAAUUGGGAGGGAGGAGGAAAUAAGAAAAACCACAUACCUGUUCUUUCCUUACGCGUUUUCCUAAUGGCCAGCUGAGAUGGAAACAGCUCUCUCUUUUGAGUGGGUGCCUCAACUUGGAAGAGGUAAGGCCAAGAGUGGUGACUAAUGCAAAGAACGAACAGGCAAUUUCCUUUAUGGGCAGGUAAUCGCGCUGCAUCUUUGCAUCAGAAUUACUCACUGUCAGAUGAGGUCACUCGCUUUGAGUAGGGGCUACAGUCUUGCAGGGAGCCUUGAUUUAGUUACCUGCGGCAUGUGAGCAGGCAAAUGGCUGCUUCUUGCUGAACGAGAGCGAUUGUGCCAUCGAGGUCACCCAGGUUACAGACUGAGAGACCUGGGGGGGACCAUGGAGGUCAUCCAGUCUGACCCCCUCACUCAACGCAAGAUCAGCAUUGCCAGAUGAUGCAAUUACAGCACACGCAAGAGAUGGCCACCGUCCUUCUGCUGAAAUACCUGCCACAGAGGAGGGCCCACUUCCUCCCAAGUUAGCCUGUCCCAUGGUCAAACAGGCCCAACCAUGGGCGUAGCCAGGAUUUCUAUUAGGGGGGUGGCCGGGGCAGAACCUCGUUUGCUAUGUAUUUUUUAUUGAUUUUUAUUAGUGGAGGGACAGCUGCCCCUCCCUGCCCCCUCUUGGCUACGGCCACGUUGGGAAGUUUCUCUUUGCAUUUAGUUGAAAUGCAAUUUAGUUUUUAGUCCUGCCCUCUGGGGCAACAGAGAACAGCUCUGCUCCAUCUUCUUCUGUAAUGACAGCCCUUCAGAUGUUUGAAGGUAAGGUAAAGGUAAAGGGACCCCUGACCAUUAGGUCCAGUCAUGGCUGACUCUGGGGUUGCGGCGCUCAUCUCGCUCUAUAGGCCGAGGGAGCCAGCGUACAGCUUCCGGGUCAUGUGGCCAGCAUGACUAAGCUGCUUCUGGCGAAACCAGAGCAGCGCACAGAAACGCUGUUUACCUUCCCGCCAGAGUGGUACCUGUUUAUCUGCUUGCACUUUGACGUGCUUUCAAACUGCUAGGUUGGCAGGAGCAGGGACCGAGCAACGGGAGCUCACCCCGUCACGGGGAUUUGAACCACCAACCUUUUGAUCGGCAAGCCCUAGGCUCUGUGGUUUGGACCACAGCACCACCCGCUGCUAAUUAAACAGUCAUGGCUUUCCCCACAGCCUCCUGGGAGCUGCAGUGUGUUAAGGGUGCUGAGAGUUGUCCCUCCCCAAUUCCCCUCAAAGAGCUACAAUUCCCAGAGUUCCCCGGAAAGUAGAACUAACCAUUAAACAUCUCUGUGAGGGUCUCCUAGCAACUCUUAGCAGCUUUUACAAACUGUCCAGGAAGCCACGACAGUUCGAAGUCCCAUAAUGUCGCUUUCAUUGUAAAGUGCCUCCCCUUAAUCUCUCAUCCAAGCUAAACAUACCCAGCUCUUUCAAACAUUCCUCUAGUGCGAGCCAGGUUGGGACAUCCCUAAGUAGGUGAUUCGAAUCCAGGUCUCCCUGGUCUGAAUAUUCCAUCCUCUCCGCUACCCUGCACUAAUCCUCUGGUCUCAUGACCUACCCGCUUUCUCCCUUUCCCUAGAUACACAGCGCUAAUGCACUCCCUGUUGCCUCUCCCUUCUUCUGCAUGGAGCAUAUAGAAUAAUUAGUUAUAUUUAGGGGCGUAUGCAGAUGGCCAUUUAUGAAGUAGCAACUUGUGGGCAUCAAUCCAUACGGGGAGCCACCAUCUGCCUGGAGCACCCGCCCAAGCGCUGAGCUGAGGAGAGCUGUACCGGCUCCUCUGCUUCCCUGGAUUCCCUAAUUGGUUGCGGAAGUGCGAUAAAAACCCUCUCCAGGUGGGCCGGCAGUAUGGCUGAUCAGCACCCCAAGGGGCUGCCUGCUCACUGAGGAGUAGUUAUCAACUUGGGAAAUGGCUCUCUGUAUUCCCUCUGUGCUGAUGCAGUUUGCUUAACCUUUAGAGCAUGGGGAGGCAAACUAAGGCCCGGGGGCCGGAUCCGGCACAAUCGCCUUCUAAAUCCGGCCCACGGACGGUCCAGGAAUCAGCAUGUUUUUACAUGAGUAGAAUGUGUGCUUUUAUUUAAAAUGCACCUCUGGGUUAUUUGUGGGGCCUGCCUGGUGUUUUUACAUGAGUAGACUGUGUUCUUUUAUUUAAAAUGCAUCUCUAGGUUAUUUGUGGGGCAUAGGAAUUCAUUCAUUUUUUCCCCCUUCAAAAUAUACUCCAACCCCCCACAAGGUCUGAGGGACAGUGGACCGCCCCCCUGCUGAAAAAGUUUGCUGACCCCUGCAUUAGAGGGUAUCUAUGUAAAAUAACUCACAUCACAUAUGGCAGAAUUCCUUCGCCGAAGAUUUCCUUCGCCGUGUAAAGAUUUUCGUAGUGUACCUGAAUUGGCUCCCAAACAUUUAUUCCAGUGGGCCGCUUGAAAAUUGCUUAGGGUCUUGGAUGAUCACUUAACAAUGUUUCUGCUUGUUGUAGCAGUUGCAAUGUGCUGUGCUAGAUGCGGCGUACUUUUUAAUUGUAUUUUAAAUGCUUCUUUUAUUUCUAGCAGGCUGGGCAGCGUUCAGCUCAGCAAACACACAGUGGAACAACUUCCGCUUGGGCAGCUAGACUCCCCUAAUCUCUCCUCCUUUCAAGUGUGGCCUGUGGCAUCCACAGAUCUGCUCUGGAGGGUUUGGGGGACCCCCCCAGGACAGAUUUAGAGGGGGACCCAUUUUUUAAAUUGUGUUAUAGAAUCGUAGAAUUAUAGAGUGGGAAGGGACCCUGAGUGUCAUCCUAGUGCAGCCUUUCUCAACCUGUGGGUCCCCAGAUGUUGUUGAACUACAACUCCCAUCACCCCUAGCUAGGAAGGCCAGAGCUCAGGGAUGAUGGGAGUUGUAGUCCAACAACAUCUGGGGACCCACAGGUUGAGAACUGCUGUCUAGUCCAGCCCCCUGCAAUGUAGGAAUCUCAGCUAAAGCAUCUAUGACAGACGCCCAUCCAACCUCUGCUUUAAAACCUCCAAAGAAGGAAGUUAUUAUUUUCAUUCCAUAAGAUUCCAUAGGGUGGCAUAUAUGGAUGAAAACAUGUGCUUUCUAUUCUCACAACAGCCUUGUGGAGUUUGUUGUUGUUGUUGUUUAGUCAUUUAGUCGUGUCCAACUCUUCGUGACCCCAUGGACCAGAGCACACCAGGCACUCCUGUCUUCCACUGCCUCCCGCAGUUUGGUCAAACUCAUGCUGGUAACUUCGAGAACACCAUCCAACCAUCUCGUCCUCUGUUGUCCCCUUCUCCUUGUGCCCUCCAUCUUUCCCAACAUCAGGGUCUUUUCCAGGGAGUCUUCUCUUCUCAUGAGGUGGCCAAAGUAUUGGAGCCUCAGCUUCAGGAUCUGUCCUUCCAGUGAGCACUCAGGGCUGAUUUCCUUCAGAAUUGAUAACAAUGGAGUUAUGUAGGAUCAAAAAAUGAUAGGCUCCAGGUCACCUGAAAAGCUUUGUGGCUGAAUCGAGAUUUGAACUCAGGCCUCCAAGAUCCUAAGCAGUACAGCACACAGACUCUCAUGAUGCAGGCUGCUUAUAAACCAGUGCUGAUCACUGCUUAAAAUAAAAUAAAAUUGAAUUGUUCCCUUCUUCUUUUCCCCCUCCUCUACCUUGCCUUCCCUCCUUCCCUCCACCUCUUCUUCUCCCUCUCCCCUCCCAGGCUGCAAACUCAUCUUCCCUCCUUGGGAUGGCGGCAUCCGCUACCGAGGCUUGACUCGCGAACAGGUCCAGAGUGCCCGCUUCCUGCCCUUCGACUACGAGAUCGAAUACGUGUGCCGGCCCGAGCGCGAGAUCGUGGGGCCCAAAGUGCGGAAGUGCCUGUCCAACGGCACCUGGACGGACAGUGAAGUCGAGAGCCGCUGCUGUGAGUCCCAUGUGGCAGAGGGGGAAGAGUUGUUAUUGUUGAGUUGUGGGUGAACAUAUCAGACGACACAGCGAUUCUUCAAACAGCUCUUGUUUAUUCACAGGCCAGAACUGAACUGAACUGAAGGGUUCAGUCAGCCUGCUUAUAUAGAGCUCCAGUACAACGUAACUGUAACAAUUUUCUAAAACUAUCCAAUCACUGAACGUCACUUUCGAUCCCUUAUUUGCAUAACUAUCUACAGUAUCCCCCUGCUGGCCCAGGGUGAGAACUUCAGUACAUAACAGUUAUUGCCAUGCACGUCUUUCCGCUUGCCCCCAGAGCCAGGCCAGGCUGCGGAGAGGGGCUGAACCACUGUCCAGACUUAGCAAUGAGUUGGAUGAGGGUCAGUUAAGCUGAAUCUGAAUCUUGGCAAGUGGUCUGGUAGCUCCUGAGGCCGGGGAUUUAUCAGCUUUGGAUGGGAUGCCACCCCUCCUGUGUCAGGGGCUGGUCUGAAUCAGAAGAUUGGGGAAUGCAAUCGCAGGAAGAUCAGAUCCUAACAGAAGAGGAAGGGGAAUAUUCGCCCACCCCCUUUGCUUCCAGUGUCUCCAUAAUAAUAAUAAUAAUAAUAAUAAUAAUAAUUUAUUUAUACCCCGCCCUUCCCAGUUCAAAAACCGGGCUCAGGGCAGCUAACAACAACGUUAAAACACUUAAUUGUAAAAUCAGCAUAAAAUACAGUAUAAAAACAUGAAUAACAAUAAAAUUCAAAAUUCAGAAAUCAGUUUAGGGGAAAUGAGCAUUAGAUAAUCCCCAGGGCUAGCUGGCUGAAUUGGUCCUACUUGGGCCAGCGAGGAGGCCAGGGGAGAAUUAGCUGUGGGGUCUCAGAGCGGGUAAUCUUCAUAAAAGGGGAGGGGGAGGGAAGAGAAGGGAAAGAAAAGAUCAGGCUGCAUUCAAAUUAAAGGCCAGGCGGAAUAGCAGGGAGAUAGGCAGACACACAAGCUGCUCAGCUGUGAGGGGAGCUGCCCAGCUUUGAGAUAGUAGCUAAGAAACCAGAAGGGAGGGGGCAGCUGGGCAAUAUAUCGGUCAAGAGUGAGAGGGAAUCCCCUCCCUCCCCCCAAACUCAGAGGUCCGAGCGUGUCAGAGAACAAAGGAAAUGGGGGGGGGGAGACUUCCGUUUGGCGCACUCCUUGCUGCGGAAAUCGCAAGGAGGAGUCAGAGUAGGCAACUAAUGUCUUUGCAGAGAGUUGCCUGUUUGUGCUGGUAACAGAAUGCUGUAAUACAAAGACCAUAAAUCUACCAAAUGCUCGUUAAUUCUUAUUGGUGAGCUACCAGAAGGGAGAUGGGAACUCCCAUACCUGACAUCCUGAAGGCACAGGUGUGCAGCUGGGGAGCUCUCCUUGAUUCAACGGGGUCACGUGAUGUCCAAGUGUAAAUAGCUCUAAGUGAAUAAUAAUAAUAAUAAUAAUAAUAAUAAUAAUAAUAAUUUAUUUAUACCCCACCCAUCUGGCUGGGUUUCCCCAGCCACUCUGGGCGGCUUCCAACAAAAGAUUUAAAAUACAUUAAAACAUCAGUCAUUAAAAACUUCCCUAUGCAGGGCUGCCUUCAGAUGUCUUCUAAAAGUCAGAUAGUUGUUGUUCUCUUUGACAUCUGGUGGGAGGGCGUUCCACAGGGUGGGUGCCACUACCGAGAAGGCCCUCUGCCUAGUUCCCUGCGACUUGGCUUCUUGCAGUGAGGGAACUACCAGAAGCCCUUCAGCACUGGACCUCAGUGCCUGGGUUGAACAAUGAGGGUGGAGACACUCCUUCAGGUAUACUUAUGCUACCAAGCCAAGCUACAUACUCUAGUAAUCGGGCCGUGCUUCUCAAAUGACUGCUUAUUUCUUUUCCCCUGCAGUGCGCACCUGUCCCAAGAUGCAUCUGAGCCUGGAGAAUGGGCAAGUGCAUGUCCGGGCGAUUGAGCGGGUGCCUGUGGAGGGCACCUGGGUGGAGUAUCGCUGCAAUCCUGGCUUCCACCUGGUGGGCAGCCCCCGUAGCAACUGCACCAAGGUGGGCCGCUGGAGUUCCUCCAAGCCUGUCUGUGAAUGUAAGUCACAAAGCAGGACAGCGGGUGGAGUGGUUGGAUCAGGGCAAAUGGAUAGAUGUCCUGGGUUGGGGGAUGACGACAAUUGCACACACCCCCAAUAAUUGAACCAUAACCCCUAGAUUCUCAUUUGUGGAACCUGAAAUGUGCAACGAAAAAAGCGCAGGUGCUAUUAUUCCCUCUUUUUCAGUGAGAAGCUGGCCUGCUGCUCCCCUUUCAGUAUUUUACCAAAUUUUUUGCUCUAUAAGACUCACUUUUUCCCUCCUAAAAAGUAAGGGGAAAUGUGUGUGCGUCUUAUGGAGCGAAUGCAGGCUGCUCAGCUAUCCCAGAAGCCAGAACAGCAAGAGGGAUUGCUGCUUUCACUGCGCAGCGAUCCCUCUUGCUGUUCUGGCUUCUGAGAUACAGAAUAUUUUUUUUCUUGUUUUCCUCCUCCAAAAACUUGUGGUCUGGUGCGUCCUAUAGAGCGAAAAAUACGGUACUUUCCUUUCACGACCAGCCCCCCCGGGAAAAUUCCUGUGGACACCCAUAACUAUAUUUGGAGCAGAAAGUUCUCACUCAGAAAAAAAGUGUGUGGAUCUGUGAGUCUAGCAGAAGUUUCCGGGAAUUUUUAAAAUAUAUAGUUAUAAUGGGCUUAGAAUUAACACCACAACAGCUAUGUUUGAUACUUUUUUGGUACAUGAUGCACUCUGGCUCUUGUUCCUCUUCUCUGCUGAGAGAGUAAGGAAUGAAAUGGUAUUUCUAUGGGGGGGGACACUCUGGAAUAUAAGGCACUUGCUUGGGAAUUUCAAGAAAACUAAAAAUCAGUGCAGUUUUUAUACUGGUGAUUAAAAUCAGUGCAGGUUCGAUAGGGUCAGGCUGCCAUCUUGAUUAAAAAGAGUGACCAAUUGUAACUAAACAUAGACAAGAACCUGCUCCUGGAUCUCAGGAAUCAUCAAGGAAUAUUUGGUUAUGGUGUCUUGAGAAAUGUGCAGAUGCAUGCCAAACAAGCAAGCAACUUUCCAAAAUAUAUAGGAGAUGAGUUUCAAGAAUGAGGUUAUGAGAAAGGCUUUGGUAUGGAAAGAACUGGGGGUGGGGUUCAGGAAAGCCUCUAGUCCCCUGGAUUGUGCUAACAAACUGGUGGCCACACAAUAGAUGGCUGGUAUAAAUUUGCACCAUUGACAGAGGCUGAAAGUGUAUAGCAGGGAUGGGAAACUUGUGAGCACCCAUGUAUAUUGUUGGACUCCAGUUCCCAUCACCUGGAAGGUGGCAGUCUCCCCAUUCCUGGGGUACAGAAUUCACAGUCUCAUACUCCCAUCAGGGUCACCCAAGGAGGUAAGGACAAAGGGGAAGAGCUAGGCAAAGAAUGAAGAAGGGCUCACCACUUUGGCCCAUUACAAUCAUUCUCUUGGCAUCUCUGUCCUGGCAGAGGCAUAUUGGUUGGCAUAAUAGGGCUUUUGCCGAGACCCCUUAUUAUGAGCUUCCUUAUAUCUUGCCCUUCCCACAAAGUGGAAUUCACAGAGGCUUGCAUAAGAGCCCGUCGUGCAGUUAGUUUAAAAGAGGCAAUAUAAAAUUUGAUGGCAUCAAAUGUCAUCAAAUAAAACAUUAGUAAUGGCGGUAAACAUCUCAAAAAUAACAAAGUAAAGAGAGCAAUCAAUCACAGGCCUUCUGGAACAGCCAUGUCUUGGGCAGACUCUAAAAAGGACAAAAUGUCGGACCCUGGUAAUUUUUUCUUUUGAGUACACAUCCCAUUAUCCAGUCCCGUAGGCUCUUGAACCUCACAGGGGAAGUGGGUUGCACCCAGUGAAGUUAAGUCAUGACAGGCAAGGCCAGAUCGAGCAGGUAAAGUCCAGUCUAUGUAAGCAAAGCCAAGUCACCCCCAAACAGGCUGGAUCAAGGCAGGCCAAAUCUGGCCAGAAACUCUCUUAGACAGAAAGCAGAGAGAAUCAGGACCCUGGACAGCUCCAAGCAUCACUGGAGCUCUUGUGUACCAAGCUGGGAGCUAAAACCAACUGAACACAUAGUACACUUUCCACAGAGGAAGUCUCCUUAUACUGGCCCUUGUCUGACUUCUCAGUCGUUGUCUUCUGCAAAGUUGGGGAGGGCGAGAGACAGCUGUGGACUCUGAGGGUGGUGGUGGGGCUGUGUUAUCUGGCCAGGAGGCUCCUGGAAAUUGUACUGAUGGUUCUCCCCCACCGAGGAAGCGGCCUGAAUCUCAUGGCCUUGAGUAUUCUGCAGCACACUGCAAGGGGCCAGGUCUGGGGUCAUGGCAUCUAUGGAGUGGGGCUGAUACCAAAAAGGCCCUGCUCCUGGUGGCUGCUGACUGCGUUUCAUGCAAAGUGGUACUUGGAGCAAGGCCUCAAAUGUUGAACAACGGUGUGGGGGGGGGGGGGAGGACCAUAUGGAAGAAGGUUUAUCCUUAACACACCAAAACCAAAAUAGUUUCCAAAAAUAAGCAGGAACUUCAUCCUCAGUCUUAAUAAUAGACGUUCGCACUUUGGGAUUGCAGCUGGGACAUGUCUGAGUGAUCCAUUAAAGCAGAUUUAUAUACCAAUUAAAUCAAUUAAGGUUUAUGAUCCUAGGUAUUUUUAAUUGUGCUGACAGGAUGAUAAGAGUUCCCUCAAUUCUGCAUCAUUUAAUCUGCCUUACAAACUUAAUUAAAAAUUCUAUUAAAAAAAACACCUUACCUGCUGUGAAAAAUCAGUGGUGGUUCAGACACUCUCCCAGGCCAACUUACCCAGAAUGCCUUGCUCUGACAAAGGACCCUCAAAGAGAAGAUGGAUGCUCUGCAUUUCCCCACAAGAACUGGGUGUGUCGGCUGACCAGCAAAAAAAGCUCAUGAAGGCCCCUGGGGUGAAAAUUUGCCACACCCAUGGCCUGAGGCAGUUGCCUCAGUUUGCCCAAUAUUGGAGACAGACCUCUCUUUUGGUUCUGAUUGCUUUUUCUACCUUGCUCCCUUCCACAGUGUGGCGGCCUCCUGUUUACACACCUGGAUCAGGUGAGUUGUGUUCUGACUGCCCUUCACCCUUGCUUUCCCAUGUCUACAAAGAUGUCUCGCCUUCACCCUUCCGCUUUGCUGAAUCUUGGCCUUGGCUUGUGUGGUUUUCCUUGUGACAAACGGGUGCCUUCGCUUCUUGCAGCCAACUCCAGCUGACCCUAAAGGACUUGAUAGUAGACAGAGCUUUGACGCCCCUCCCUGCCCCACUGGGAUCCUGAACCCAGUAGUGAGACUUUGGCUGCAAACCUGUACACACGCCUGCCUGGCAGCAAGUCCCACUGAACUCAGCAAACCUUACAUUUGAGUAGACGUCUGGAGGAGGGCCCUGCCGCCCUCUCAUGUAGAAAGGAAGGUGCGUUAGCAUCACGAGGGAGUACGUACAGAUUCCACAUCCCUCCCUAAUCCCAGGCUGACCUACAUCCCCUUGCUGGAAUGACACGCAGCUCAGAGCUCUUCUUGGACCAAGUAAAAGUAGCAGGUUGGUAACAUGGCAGAGAUAACAAGCAAGGAGAAGCAAUAGGCAAGUGGUUGCUUUAGGGAGAAGAUGGGAGUUAAAACGUCGGCUCAGUCUUGUGUCCCUUUUGCUAGGGCAGAGAAGGGACUCGCCAGAUGUUGCUAGACUACAGCUCCCAUCGUUCCUGACUGCUGGCCAUGCUUGCUGAGGCUGGUGGGAAUUGGAGUCCAACAACAACUAGAGAGCCACAUGUUCCCCAUCUCUACACCAGGCUGGCCACAAGUGCUGUUGCUGCGGUCAAAGUUCGGAGGGGAAAGGAGGCCCAGUGGGAGGAUUUGUAGACGACUGAUUUAUCUGCCUUUAAAAAUGAAUCCACCACAUCCAAAUCAAUCUGCUUAAAUACUUUCUCUUACCAGUAAAAUGGUAAGUGUUAAAAGCUCUUUGUGGGCGAUUCCAUUAAAGGCUGCGAGCGGAGGGUGUGCAUUUUCAAUGCUCCUCCAUGUCGGCAGGGCAAAGCAUUCCUUGUACAGUGGUACCUCGAGUUACAUACGCUUCAGGUUACAUAUGCUUCAGGUUACAGACUCCACUAACCCAGAAAUAGUGCUUCAGGUUAAGAACUUUGCUUCAGGAGGAGAACAGAAAUUGUGCUCCGGCGGCGGGGCAGCAGCUGGAGGCCCCAUUAGCUAAAGUGGUGCUUCAGGUUAAGAACAGUUUCAGGUUAAGAACAGACCUCCGGAACGAAUUAAGUACUUAACCCGAGGUACCACUGUAUAUACAAAUACUGUAGAUCAAGGAGAAGGCUUGGUGGAAACCUUCCUCCUGAUAGGCUAGAUUUUCACAUGCAGGGAGGUUGAGGUGUGUGUGUGAGAGAGAGAGAGAGAAAGGGGAAGAGGCAGUAUUCAAAUAUACUGAUACAUCACACACAGCCUGAAAUGAUACGUUUCAGGGAACUCUCCCCACUUUACUCCUUGAGUGCAGAAACAGGCCUUUGCAAUUUAAUAAAUGAAAGCUACCACCCCAAAGGGAAGGCUCUACAUAAGAUUGCAGUGGCAGAUGCCGUUUCUUUCACCAUAACUAGCUACAAAGAAGAGAGGAUUUUGGUGCACACAUCUGCACUUUAACAGUCAUGGCUUCUCCCCAAGGAAUCCUGGGAACUGUAGUUUGUUAAGGGUGCUGAGAGUUGUUAGGAGACCCCCUGUUCCCCUCACAGGGAGCCAAUGUGGUGUAGUGGUUAAGAGCGGUAGACUCGUAAUCUGGGGAACCGGGUUCGCGUCUCCGCUCCUCCACAUGCAGCUGCUGGGUGACCUUGGGCCAGUCACACUUCUCUGAAGUCUCUCAGCCUCACUCACCUCACAGAGUGUUUGUUGUGGGGGAGGAAGGGAAAGGAGAAUGUUAGCCGCUUUGAGACUCCUUCGGGCAGUGAUAAAGCGGGAUAUCAAAUCCAAACUCCUCCUCUUCUUCUUCUCACAGAGCUCUGCAGAGAUGAGAGGCUGGUUGUUAAAACACUGUGGGAAUUGUAGUUCUGUGAGAAGAUGAAUAGUACAGAUGUGACAUGGAAUAUGAAAAAUUGUGGACGCUAACCUUUGAGCACACAAAGAGUGCCUUUCCUUCACAGCUGAAUGACCUUGGUCAAUCCAUAGGCAUCUUUACCCUGGCCUGUGAUGGUGAAGUUACUUUGUUUAGUGGGGUGCCUGUCUUUGGCUGAAUUUAUACUGUUCAGUUCCAUUCGGAACAGUUUUACUGGUUUUAUAAUCAAAAUACUUUUACUUUCUUUUAAAAAUUGUAUAUUUUGUUGUCGUAACCCACCCUGGGAACCUUAUAGUGAAGGGUGGCUAACACACAAAACCUAAUAAAAUAAUAAUGAAAUCUAGGAUACAGGAUGGCUUAUGGGUUAGAAAACAUGGCACUCAAUUUACCUAAGUGUAGACCCCACCCUUCCUCCCCAAGGAGUUCAGGAUCAGCCCACUUUAUCUUCACAACAGCUCUGCGAGGUAGGUUAGCAUGAUCGAGAGUGCCUGGCCCAAGGUCAUCCCGUGAAGUCCAUGACUGAGCAUCAAUUUGAACCCGGCUCUCCCUUUUCUCGGGACGCGGGUGGCACUGUGGGUUAAACCACAGAGCCUAGGACUUGCUGAUCAGAAGGUCAGUGGUUCAAAUCCCCGCGACGGGGUGAGCUCCCGUUGCUCGGUCCCUGCUCCUGCCAACCAAGCAGUUCGAAAGCACAUCAAAGUGCAAGUAGAUAAAAAGGUACCACUCCGGCGGGAAGGUAAGCGGCAUUUCCGUGCGCUGCUCUGGUUCGCCAGAAGCGGCUUAGUCAUGCUGGCCACAUGACCCGGAAGCUGUACGCCGGCUCCCUCGGCCAAUAAAGCGAGGUGAGCGCCGCAACCCCAGAGUUGGUCACGACUGGACCUAAUGGUCAGGGGUCCCUUUUACUCCCUUUUCUCAAGCCAACAUCUUAACCGUUCCGCUUUAAAACUGUCUCUCAUCCAUGCAUCUGAAAGCACCAGCUUCUCUCUUUCAACGUGUGCUUUGAACCUUUCCAUAACGUUCUGUCUCCCCUGGUUUUAAGGGCAUUUCGGGGGGUUGGCUGCAGAAUCAGUUUCAUGCUGUGACUCCAGCUGAAAAUAGCCUAAAGGGUAAAAAACCUUUCUCUCCCUCUACCCACCCCAGUUUCUGUACCGGCCAGCACUCAGUGUUCCCCAUGCAUCUCAACUGUUGCUUUCAAGGGCAAGAGUCCGUUUCUCCCCCCCCCCAAAUGUGGGGCGCACCUGCCCAGAAUCCUUGAUGAUUGGCGGUGCUUAACAGAGCAGCCGCCGCCGCUGAUGUGGCCAGACUGUCUCCAUCCGGGCCCAUCUGCAUGCACACUUCGUCUCUCCGUCAAGCCUGAGCCUUCUUGUCACGACGCCACUUCCUCUGUUCUUUCCCUUUGGGUCAUUCUUUAUGCUGUCAAAAGUCAGAUCGGCUCCUUUUCUCCUCUCACCCGUCAGAAGCUCUCUGGUUUCGAGUCUCUUGACACACAUUGUUCACGUGCAACCCCCACCCCACCCCACAGUCGCCAGGAACUGGUAUGGAAGACACCAGGGUUGCUCUAUAGCUUCUCUCUGGGAAUCUUCACCCAGGUGGGCUCCAGAAGCCAAGGGAAGCUGCUGUUGUGUAUCCUGAGAGGCAGCAGCGUUCAAGGGUCUCAGGCCUAGAGGGAGGCCUUUCUCAUUGCCUUCUUCUUCUUCUUCUUCUUCUUCUUCUUAUUAAUAAUAUCCCCCGCCCAUCUGGCUGGGUUUCCCUAGCCACUCUGGGCAGCUUCCAACUGAAUAUUUAAAACAAUACAGCAUCAGACAUUAAAAACUUCCCUAAACAGGGCCGCCUUCAGUUGUCUUUUAAAAGUAAAAUACAGUGGUACCUUGGGUUAAGUACUUAAUUUGUUCCGGAAGUCCGUUCUUAACCUGAAACUGUUCUUAACCUGAAGCACCACUUUAGCUAAUGGGGCCUCCCACUGCUGCCACACUGCCGGAGCACGAUUUCUGUUCUCAUCCUGAAGCAAAGUUCUUAACCCGAGGUAAUAUUUCUGGGUUAGUGGAGUCUGUAACCUGAAGUGUCUGUAACCUGAGGUGUAUGUAAUCUGAGGUACCACUGUAGUUGUUUAUUGCCUUGACAUCUGCUGGGAGGGCGUUCCACAGGACGGGCGCCACUACCGGGAAGGCCCUCUGCCUGCUUCCCUGUAACUUGGCUUCUCGCAGCGAGGGAACCGCCAGAAGGCCCUCGGCACUGGACCUCAGGGUCCGGGCUGGAUGAUGGGGGGUGGAGACGCUCCUUCAGGUAUACAGGACCGAGGCCGUUUAGGGCUUUAAAGGUCAGCACCAACACUUUGAAUUGUGCUCGGAAAUGUACUUGAUUGAACCUGAGACCUUUUGCAUGCAAAGCUUUUGCUGUUUCACUGAGCUGUGGCCUGUUCCUGAUUGAUCACCAUUUGGCAGCACCUUCACAAGGGUUUUAUGCCUGACAUCCACAUGCAGACGUGCCCACUGACCCUAAGGGCAAUGAAUCACCUCAAGUCAGUGAACCAGUGACUGGAAAUGGCAGGACAAGGGAGUGUGCUCUUGUGGGCUUCCCACAGGCAUCUGGAUGGCCAUUGGGAGAACAGGGUGCUGGACUUGAUGGCCCAUUGGCUUCAUCCAGGAGUCUCUUUUUAGGUUAUAUCGUUAGCUCAGUUGGUGCUGAUAACGUCAAGGCCGUGAGCCAACUGUGUACAGUGGUACCUCGGGUUACAGACACUUCAGGUUACAGACUCCGCUAACCCAGAAAUAGUACCUCAAGUUAAGAAACUUUACCUCAGGAUGAGAACAGAAAUCGCACGCUGAUGGCGUGGUGGCAGCAGGAGGCCCCAUUAGCUAAAGUGGUGCUUCAGGUUAAGAACAGUUUCAGGUUAAGAACGGACCUCCAGAAUGAAUUAAGUUCUUAACCCGAGGUACCACUGUAUUCCUGCAUUGCAGGGGGUUGGACUAGAUGAUCCUUGUGGGGGGGGUGUCCCUUCAAACUCUAUGAUUCUAUAUGUUCUUAAUCCUUAACUUAUCCCUCAAACAGUGGAGGCUGAUCCAGUAGGGAUAUGGGGCACUGCCCUAAUAGCUUCAAUCUGCCCUUGGCCAGCCUGACCUGCCUGCCUUCUAACUUCCCACAGCAUUGCAGGAGGUGGACAAGAGGACCCUGAUGGUCCCUUCCAACUCUAUGAUUCUAUUAUUCUGUUCCAGGGAAUGACAGCACUGCCUGUCAGCUUCCUCCUCCUUAGAAAUCAACAGGAAGGAGGAGAAUGAGUCGGCUCCACCUUGCAUUGGCUCUAGCGCCACCUACUGGCUGGUUCCCUGCCUUCUGCCCUACCAGUCCCAAUGGGCACUAGCCAACACUGCCAUCGGAGUCCGUGUUAGAUUUAUAAGUCAAGUUUCUUUGAGUCGGGGCAAUUCUUUACCUGCUCCCCUCCAACCCUGCUGCUUCCUGCCGUUCAGACAGGCUACUAGUGCUGCGGAGCUUUGAACCUGAGGUCUUUGGGGUGUUGUCCAUGAGAUCAAAACUAGGCUUCAUCGUACUGAUUUGCAAGGCUUGUGUGUGUUCUGAACAAGCGCAAUAAAAGCAGAUAACCUGCUGCUAGAUACACAAGUUCAGCACAUCUUCACAAUCCCAUUUUUGUGGCAUGUGGGUUUCUGCGUUUGUGACCCUUCUAGCUCUGAGGAUCCAUAUGGAAUGUUGUGGGAAAUGUCUCUUAAGAUGCACACUGCCAUCAGCCUCGUGAUGCCAGAUAUGGACACCUGAGCAGGAAUGUGUACAAAAGAGAAAGUUUUCUAAGAAGGGAAAAGAUCAGGAGGUGGGGAGGCUUGAGCCUGUCUUUCCCCCUAGAACAACCUUUCUCAACCUGUGGGUCCCCAGAUGUUGUUGAACUACAACUCCCAUCACCCCUUGCUAUCAAGGCCAGAGCUCAGGGAUGAUGGGAGUUGUAGUCCAUCAACAUCUGGGGACCCACAGUUUGAGAACCGCUGCCCUAGAAGCUCUGAUGCACUGUGUUGGCUAAAAGAGAGCAUGCAGGCACUGGAAGGUCACUGGAAGCUGUCUGAUAUUGAAUCUGACCAUUGCUCCAUCUAGCUCACCCAUGACUUUCCAGGGUUUCAUGCAGAAGUCUUACCAACCCUGUGGGAAUGUUCAGGGAUGCAGGAGAGGAUAUAUUAUUUGAUUACAGCCUUUCCAACUUGUGUAAACAAGUUCACAACAUAGCAGAGUAACAUUCCCCAUUUUAAACUUAUAGCGGAUGUGUUUGCUCAGGCUCGCUAAAGCCUCUAUAAUAACUGUUCUGGUAUUUACCCCUUAUUCCUCAUAAAAGAUAAGACGCGACACAGUCUUCUAUAAAAGUAUAAAAAGAGUUUACUCACAUUCUGUUCACAAUCGGAUCCCAGAAGGCAGACUUAGCUUAGAAAAGUAACAUACACCUGGAAACUAUCUCAUAAGGAGACAGUCCCUUUGUCCUCUCUUGGCUGGAAGCAUCUUUGGCUAAGCAGAUGUUGCUUCUUCGAUGAAUGUUGUCAAAAAGAGAGAGAUGGCUUCCCUGCCCUAUGCUUUUGUCAUUAUCUGCACAGGUGAGGCCACGCCCACCUCUAGUAAUAUGCAGAGGAAGUCUGUCCCAGUCCAGAAGGAAACAGGAAGUUUACCUGCUGGCUGGACAAACAUUCCUCCCCAUGUGUAAACAUGUUCACUCUAGGAAUGUUGUACUUGACUGCUCUUGUGUUUCACAUCCCACAAACCCAAGAAUGCCAGGGGUUAAACCUGGGACCCUAAGCCCUCAAAGCAGGUGAUCUACCAACUGAGGUGCAUCUCUUCCCCUGCCUGCAGUAGGUAAUACUCUUUUCUCUACAAAGAUUAGGACCAAUACCCAUAUUUUAAAGUUCUCAGCCUUGGCCAUUAGGGUGCACACCAUUCUGAUCGCUUCCGCCGUAUAUCAGAGAUGGGUUUUGGGCUACAGAGACGUGGGUUUGAAAGCCAACUCAACCAUGAAGCUCAAGGGAGGUGGCCUGACAGCAUACAGGCAGCCGGUGCAAGCCUUCAAGCUCUGGAGAAAUGUGCCAGCGAUAGUCUGCCCCCACCAGCAGUCUAGCCACCAUCUGGACUGGUGCACAAGUGGCAGCCUCCAGACCAGGCCCAAGCAUUGUAAUAAUUGAGCCUUGAGGUUAUUAAUGCAUGAAACUGUAUACGUUCCAGCUGGAGCACAGAUUUAUAUAUAUAUAUAUAUACACAUGCUAUGGGAAGGCUGUUUUUGGAAACGGCAUUUUCACAUCGAACGUGCUUUGGUUUCACAGCCUUUUCCUUCAGGAGCCAGCUUCCCUAGUGGUUGGGCUCCCCUUCAACAGCUAAUGUGUUCAAACGCCGCCAGGUAGAUGCAUCAGCUUCUCUUACCUGCAGUACUGUCCCUCUUAUUGUGAGAUGGGACUUCUCAAGGAGCUACAGGAAGGACAUGGGCAGGGGAUAAUUCUAGGUGUCUUCUUGUCCCCUUCCCACACAGUUAUCGAGUGUGUGGCUUGCCUAGGCCAAAAAGCAGCAAAAUGACCUCUUCCUUCCCGGACAGAAUGUGUCCAUCCAUUUAAUGACAUCAGAUUACUGAAUACUAAGCAAUGAGGUAACCACCUUGUUUUUCAUGGGCUGUUUGCCUUUCUUCUGGCAUCCAUCCUUUGGGGUUUUAAAGACCACCACAGGCCCAUGUGACUGCCUCUCUCUGAAAAUUCGUCAUCCUCUGCCAGGGAUGACUAAGCACUAUGUUGUUUUACAUCACUUUUAAAAUUCAUUUCAUUGUAUUUAAAAGCAUUUCUAACCUGCAUGAUAUUUUCUAUAUCUAAAAUAAAUAAAUAAAUCCCUAAGUGGCAUACAAAAAUAACAUAAAAAACAAUAAAACGGCAUAAUUAAAAGCAGUAAACCGUCAGUAUGAAAACAGAUAAAAACCAGGAUCAGGUUAAAGCAGGAAUUCGGAAACAAGAGAUUCUUGUGGGUUAGGGAAAUCCUGGGCAAAUGAAGAAAAUGUCUUCACAAGACAUCGGAAGCCACUGGAUCAAUGCUAUUUCACAUGUGGCACAGGGAUAGGGCAUUCCAUGGUGCAGGAGCUAUGGUGGGAAAAGGCCCAUUUGGGCUCACCGGCCUCGUAUUCUGUUGGGUGGGGUCCCAUGAAUAAAAGUUCCCCAGAUGAUCUAAGUCAGUAGUCCUCAGCUUCUUGACCCACCUCUGGCACAAAGAUGUGUUUGGGUACCCACUUCAUAUUUUCUUUACCAUAUAUUCAUAUGGUGGCAAUAGUGCUGAUGUAACUUACCUUAUGUUAGGCUGCAUCCCAGUCAUGCCAUCUGACCCAGCAGCUGAAGAUCUCAGUGAUUGCACAGGUCUUUAGAGGGGCAAGCGGCCUGCUAAGUGACCUACUUGUUGGGCUUUUGAGAGGCUCUAAUUUUUUUGCCCAGAGGUGGUGAUGGCAGACUACAGCUUUGGGCCCAUAGAUGUGCUUUAAAAGUUAAGUACUGUAUUUUGGAUGCGGGUGGCGCUGUGGUUUAAACCACAGAGCCUAGGUCGGCGGUUCAAAUCCCUGCAACAGGGUGAGCUCCCGUUGUUCGGUCCCAGCUCCUGCCCACCUAGCAGUUUGAAAGCACGUCAAAGUGCAAGUAGAUAAAUAGGUACCACUCCAGCAGGAAGGUAAACGGCAUUUCCGUGCACUGCUCUGGUUCACAAGAAGCGGCUUAGUCAUGCUGCCCACAUGACCCGGAAGCUGUCUGCAGACAAACGCCAGCUCCCUCGGCCUAUAGAGCGAAAUGAGCGUGCAACCCCAGAGUUGUCCACGACUGGACCUAACGGUCAGGGGUACCUUUACCUUUAUUUUGGAGAUGGCACUUAUAACUUUCUUCUAGACCCUAAAAUAAAUAUGGGAGACUCCUGUAUGUCUCCCCCCAGCUAUGUUAAGAGUCAGUCCAUUAUGUUCUUCUGGGCGCAUGUGGAAAAAGCAAGGCACCUUGUCCCUUUGCGAAGACGUCCUAUUCCUAACUCUGGGAGGACACUGGUGCCUAACAGGAUGGGAAUGUGAUUAGAGGAACUAAUCUGCCCAAGCCCAAAGCCUGACACCCCAAACCCCUAGUUUCCAUGAAAGAUUAGUAGGGUUCAGGGCAGCCUGCACCAACCUGGCUACCUCCAGAUGUUUUGAAAUGCAGUUUCCAGUGGCCAGGGCUGAUGGGAGUUGUAGUCCAAAACAGCCAGGGAAGGGUGAGGAGGGAAGGCUAGCUUAGGGCAGGCGUAGGCAAUGAAGUGCCCUCUGGUGGUUAGUGGACUACAAUUCCCUUCAUUCCUGACCGUUGGCUAUGCUGCCUCUGAUGGGAGUUGUAGUUCAGCAACACCUGGCGGGCGCCACGUUGGUUAUCCCUAGACCCUGAUGGGUGAGAGCAGGGAGAUUUGGAGAACCAAGAAUUGCUCUUUUCUGCUUCCACUUCCCCUCCCUUCCCCCUCCCUGUUUUCUUCUGUGCGUGCCCUUUCCUCUCCCCGAGACUCCGUUUCCCCGCCAGGGGUGAACCCCAGCGAGCGGCUGGUGAAAGUACAUUGAUCUGCAGGGAAGCUCUUUAUUCCUUUCUUUGCUUCCGUUCCUUUCCCAGCCACCUCCGCAUGUCUCCGUGCCAGGAAAAUGUCAGCAGCCAGCAGGGAGGGGAGCUCCUACACCACCUCCUCCCCGUUUCCCAAAGCUGGGAAAAGAGCCGAGGACUUCACAGUGCGCCCCCCCCCCCACCAGUACCACCAAACACACACACACAUGUACCACCAUCGUUGUAUCAUCUGGGCUCCCCUUCCAGCGAAUCUAGGAAUCCUGACCCCCAGUGUCUCUGUUCUAAACCAGAAAGCUGUUCUCUCCCCCCGCCCAACGCCCGCCCCACACACAGCAGGAAAGGGAACAGAUCUGAUGCAGUUCAAAGCAACUGCUUUUAGCUUGUUUUCACAUCAGGUCCCGUCCCCCCCGGCCACUUUAUCUGUUGCUGAACUAAUAUAUAGAAUGAGUUUCUUCUGGUCAGCUGGAAGUUGAGAAGCAUGAUGCACCCCUUAGAUGGAGCUCCGUCUGCAUGUGGGGCUGGGAUCCCUUUGCUCCCCACACCCUGCCCCGAUGGCUGUGAACCCCUGUCCUUCAUUCAGCUGUUCCUUGUGUCAGUGCUCUCCGCACCUCAGACUGCGCCUCUGCUUCUCCCUCGGUAUCAACUGUUUUGAUCGAUCCCAUCUGCCUUUUCUCCUCUUCCUCCUCCCCUGCCCCCCCCAUCUCUGUACAUCUCCUCCACAAAGCUUCUCCCAUCUCGUCUCCUCUCUUCCCUGCUCUCUCUGCUUUGCCUCCAGGCGAUCCGUUUAUUCAGCAUUUGUCCUCAUUUGCUUGCGCACAGUUUACGCAGAGGUUAGAUUACGGGCACUUCCAGGCUCUCGCUUGUUUUGGGGUGGGAUCCAGUCGCAUAUCAGCACGUUCAGGUUGCACAACUACGGGAGCUCUUGUGCAAAAAUAGGUAAUUGAAAUUAAACCCUGAUUCCCGAGAAGAUCGGACUCCUGUGAUAAGGCAAGUGGAGUGACAUUUGCUUGGAUGCAAUGUCGUCGUCCAGCCUCCGGACAAACAAAUCAGAGUGAACGCUCAUUAAAUAGCCAGUGUGUCAUCUAAUCUCCUUGCAAACAAUGCCCAACAGCCUGUCCGUCCGGAAAUGCCUUACGUCCAGGCUUCACUGAGCAUUAGUUCAGAUCUGCUUGUGGGGCAGUAAUACGGCAGUGAGCGUUUCUCCUGAUUUGCUUGCGUCCAUUUAAUUUCUGUGUCUUCUUGUUUGACAUUUCCUCACCCCACACUUUUCAGUGAAUUUCCCCAUCACUUUUCCAAACUACAAAAAAACCUCCCAAUUUAUUUAUUUUUUAAAGUGGACUUGUUAGGGCAACAGAGCCCUUCCAUCCACGUUGAUAGCGCAAACCUAAAGUUAUGGGAUGUGAGCGACUCCUUCCAGAAAAGCAGGGAGAGUCUGGAGGCACCUUUCACCAGCUUCUUCUUCAACCCUCCUUCAUCCUUGACCCCAUCGCUGGGUUUCCUCUCUCUGAAUCUCUGCAUCCCUGUCAGUUUCCCUUCUCCCUCCCUCCCUGCAGCAGCCCGGCUCUCAACCCCAGCUCCAUCUUUCCCGGUCUCGUCUACUCCCUUUCCGCCCGGCUUCGCCACCAGCUGCUUUUCCACCCCUUCAAUCCAUCUCAGUCUCCCUUCUCUCCCUCUCUCAUCUCUUUCGCCUCCAUACUUUAGGCCUGUGCCACCUCCUUCCACAAACCUCAAUGCAUCUUCUCCUCACUGACUCUUUACACCAGCCUCUUCUCCAUCCCCUCAACACAGGGAUGUGGGACACCUGUGGCUCUCCAGAGGUUGUCGGUUUCCAGCUCCCAUCAGCUCCACCCAGCAUGGUCAAUGUUCAUGGGAGCUGGACCCCAGCAAGACCUGGAGCUAGCCUGAGGUCCUUCUAGUCUUCCUCUUUUUAGUAUGCCCGCCCUCUCUCUGAUCAUCCAUCCACUUCUGUUUUUCUCCACCUGCCUCUUUCUCUCCAUCUUCCCCUGACUUUCCAUCCCUUGGGCCUCCGUUGCCUCUUCACUCCGAGUCUCCAUCCAAGCAUCGUUUCUUACCAGCCGGUUCCCCCUGCCUCCUUCCCUUUCUCUCCAUCCUAUUCUCACUUCCCCACAAUCUCCUAGCGCUCCUCCACCACGUGCUCUUACUCCAUCACUACAGGCCAUUUCCCCUCCUCCUCACCUCAACUAUUUGCCCCUCAUUCCCAUCCACCCCUCUUUGAUUUCUAUUCUGAUCCUUCCUCCCUUCCCAAUCUAUACCUCUCAGGUUCUCCGUCCCUGAGCGCCUCUAGCCACCCAGCCCUCUUCCUCCACCCAUCCGUGGAUGUCUUCUGCUCCUCCAUCUCUUCCCCGCAGCCAGACACGCACACCUGUGCUCCCCGCUUCCUUCACCUGACUUCCCCAUCCCUCCAUCACCCUGCCACUUUCCCUGCUCUCCACCAGCACCCCGUCCUUCCUUUCCUGUUUCUCUCCAUCAUCCCAAGUUGUUUCCUUAUACCCCGUCCUCCCCCCCUCUCUUCUCCAUCACCCCCAUCUUUCCCCACACCUCCUCCUGUGGCCCCCCUCCCCCUCUCCUUCCUCCACCGCCUCCUCGGCCUCUACCUCCCUCGCCUCGCUUGCCCUGGUCCCCAUCCCCACCCCUUUGCGCCGGGACGUGGCGCCGCGGUGGGAUCUCAUCGCAACCCCCUUCCCCAGCCCCGGAGUAACGCCGGCUCCGCGCUGACAUCAGCCCCCUCCCUCUCUCCCUCCUCCUCCCCCUCCCCGCUCUCCCUCCUCCUCCUCCUCCUCCUCGCUCCUCCUCCCCUCCCCCCUCGGCUGGCUCGCUCGCCCGCUCGCUCACUGCAGCACCGACGCCGGGCAGCGCCAUGGAGGAGCCGGCUCUGGCGCCCUCGCCGCCGCCGCACAGUGCAGCCAGCGCCGCCGCCGCGCGCCCUCGCCGCCAGCGCCGCCGCCGCCCCUGACCUCCGGCCGGCCGCACACCAUGGCCUGGCCCGGCCCGCGCCCCGCCGGGGGUGCCCAGGCGGCCUUGCUGGUGCUCACGGGCUGGCUCUUGCUCUCUCCCCCGCUGGGCGCAGGCAAGAAGAGGCUGCACAUCGGCGCGCUCUUCCCCAUGACCGGCGGGUGGCCCGGGGGCCAAGCCUGCCUGCCCUCGGCCCAGAUGGCCCUCGACGACGUCAACAGCCGGAGGGACAUCCUGCCCGACUACGAGCUGCGCCUCGACCACCGCGACAGCGAGGUGAGACGACGGUGCGACCCGUCCCAGCCUCACCCCACCCUCCCAAGCGCCCCCGGCCCGUUCAGGGGUGACACGUGGGCAUCGCUGCGGGGAUGAGAGGCUCUGGAGGUUGGGGGACGGAGGGACGGCGACAUCCCAUCACACUGGACGGGCAGGAUGGGGGGCAUCGGCAGGGGUUGGUGGGGGGGGAGCUCCUGGUGCAAGUGCAGGGAAGUGAGCCCUGGCUGGAUGGACUCACAGGAGUAAUUGAGGUGCUGGGACUGGUCUGCAUCCUUCCACCCACUCCCUCGCAGAUUCUACAGGGGCACGGAGAGCCCAGGCUGCGCUGGGAGAUCUGUCCAAGGGCUGUCCAUCCUUCCCACUAGAACGCCCCUGGGAGAAGGGAUGGAUGAAAAGACCUUGAAAGUAGGAAGCAGAUGUGUGGGAAGGUGUCAAGACAGCUAGCCAGCACCCCAUGAGAGCUGGGAGGUGAGGGGCGAGGGAACUGGCCAAGGCCGGAGGGAUGCAAGCUUGAACGGGGCAGUGCUGCGGAUGGUCCCCUCCUGCCCCCUCAUCUUUCAUGUGGGGCCAGAGCAUCUCCUUUGGACAGAGAACCUUGCGGUCCCAUCAGCUGCCAAGAGAGGAAGGCAGAGAGGGCUGGGGGAGAACCGGGCAUGGGGAGGCUUGGUGGGCUCCAAGCGGAAAGGGGGUGUUGGGAGUGAGGGAUGUGCCACAGAGAUAUAUCAGGGCUUUGGGAGAGAUGCAAGCCAGGGGUUGCAAAGUGGGGUGAUUGGCCCAACAUGGCAGCAGCAGUCAAGGUGAAAAGGGAGGCGAGAAGUCUGCAAAGGGAAGAAGCAGUCUCAGCAGUGCAUGCAGUGGGAGAAGAGUCCUGGGGGAGUGGAGCUGGUGGGAACUGGGGGGGGGGGCUUCCAGGGACGUUGAUGCAAGGCAGGUUGCACGAGAGGAAGAUUCGCAUUGAGACUUACCAGGGGACCCACUGAUGGUGUGGACAGAAGGAGGCAUAGGGAGAUGUGCUCCCCCCGCCCCAUGCUUUUUUCCUUGCAAGGUGGGGGAAGCUGGGGAGAUACAGGAUCUCGCUUCUGUCAAGGGAAUGGAAGGAUCAGCAUGCAGGGAUGGUGCUACUGUUUGUGGCUAUGGGAAGUGUGACUCGGAAGAGCAGCAUUAGAUCUGUUGGUGUCAAUGGAGUCCUGUGUGCCAGGGCUACAGAAGGAAUCCUCUCUGUGUGUUGGUUUCCCCUCUGGCAAUAUGGACCAGACUGUGGGUGAUGACUACUAAGGGGAAGACUAUCUCUUGGACUGGGAUCCAAACGAGAGGUCCGAGGGGUGGGAGAUGGGAUGAUGCGGCACCAAGGUGGGAAAAGGUGGGUGGUCGCCGGUGCCAGUGUGGAUCGGUUUCCUGGGGUAGAGAUUGCAGGAGGGCAAGUGGUCCAUUUGAGAGGGAAUAUCUGGAGCUGCCUUAUUCAGAGUCAGACUAUUGGUUCCUCUGACUCAGUGCUGUCUGCACUGUCUGGCAGCGUCUCUCCGGGGUUUCAGGCAGAGGACGUUCCCAGCCUCACCUGGCAAUGGCAGGGAUGGGACCACCUGCAACCUUCUGCCUCUCAAGCAGAUGCUCUUCCACUGAGCCACAGCCCAGGUGAAGCUCACCUGCCCUUGGCUCUCCGCUGCCUCUUCCUAGAGCCGUGAGCUUGAUUAAAGCUUGUUUCUGGGAUUGCUGACCUCAAUUAAGAGUACUCAUCUUUAACCUUGGGUCUCCAUACAUUGCUGGACUACAACUCCCAUCAUUCCUACCGCUGGCUAAGUGGGCUGGGGAUAAUGGGAGUUGCAGUCCAGCUAUAUCCCCAGCCAAUUUACCCAGUUGUGGGAAUGGUAGCAAUAUGGGGAUCCAAGGUUAGAAAUUGAAGAGAAUUCAACAAGGAGUUAUGGCAGCAGAAGGUGGAGGGUGGUGGAAGAAUCCCAGCAUUUUUUUAACCCUGUCAGUUCUUUCUUUCCUAGAGGUACCUUUUGAGCCAAAGUCAUAAAUGAAUUUUCCCGCUCCAGGAUGUGUGUGUGUCACAGCCAGUAUGAGACAGAAUUAAGAGGGGUGUGCAAAUCUAGAAGGCACUGCAGCAUCCUCAAGAGGCAAACUGUCCAAGGCAGGACUUCCAACUUGGCCCAGGUCUUGCCUGAACUGGGAACCUGUCCCAGGGUCUCCCCCUGAGCUGCCAGUACAGUUGCAGGCAGAUCUGGGCCUUGAGAAAUGCUCAGCUUUCUCAGGCAUGCUGCCCUCUCCCUCUCUAACUGCUUUACUGUAUAUUUGCAUAUACGUUGUUCUAAGUCGGUGUCCUGCGCAAGUGGGACUUAGCCAUUUAGGUACGAAUGCAAUGGAACGGCAACCAAAGGCUCUGUCCAAUUUGAUUCCACAGGCAAACAGCAUGGUGGUUUGUACAGCCAGAUUUUGCCACGUGCUCUCUCUUUCUCUCCCGUUCUUGUUUUUUGUUUUCUUUCCCUGCGCAUUCAUGCCUCUGUGUACUCAUUCACUCUGCCUGUUGUGCGUUUGUGCCUGCCGUGUGUUUACAGGAACAUCGGAAGCGUCCUCGUUCUGAGUCAGACCAUUUGUCUUGCCGAGCUCAGUACCAUCUAUGCUGGCUCUCAGGGGGUCUCCAGAGUUUCCAACAGGGGACAAAAACACUGACUGGCAGCCGCUCUUCAGGGUCUCAGACAGGGAGCCGUUUGUAGUCUUACCUGGAGGCGCCAGGGAUUGAACCUGCGACCUCCUGCUUGCAAAGCAAAAUGCUCUCCUGCUGAGCUACGGCCCCUUUCUCAACGGGGCUGGUGUUCCCUCUUUAAUGUACCUUGUCCCAUUCUCCAGGUGCCAAUCCUGUCUGGUUUCCAAUACGUGCAUUCAUACCUGUUAGCAGUUCACCCAUGCUCCUCAACACCCACCCAACUCUUCACACUUCUUCUGUCUUCUAUGUUCAAUGACUUUCAGGAUAGCAGCAGGGCACCUCCCUCUACUAAUGUCCAGGGGUAGCCCUGCUUCUAAACACCAGUUGCUGCAAACCUCAGGAGGGAAAAGUAUUCUUUUGUUUGGGUCCUGCGUGCGGAUUUCCCACACGCCUCUGAUUUGAUGACCUAGUUGGGCUAUUGGCCUGAUCCAGCAGGCCCUUCUUCUGUUCUCGUCACCAGUUUUCGCUGAGCAUCGAAAUGUGCCAGAGGUCAAGAACAAGAAGAGGAACCCAACUGGCAACACAAGGGGAGAGAGGAGCUCUCACUGUACGGCUUCAGCCUUCUAGGGUUUCAUCACAGCCAAGCAGGGCCUGGGAGGAAGCCAUGCCAUUGUUGUUGUUGCCAAGCACUUUGGCUUUCACUGGUAGUACUGGAAAGGCCAUUGAAUCGUAGUUCUCUGUUUCCCAGGUUGCAAUAAAACCAGGCCACAUUUCCUCAUCUCCCCAAACUGGGAGAUGGCAUCUGCUGGAGUAUACGUACCUUUGGCUUUCUGAGUGGCAGGUGCCUGUAGAUUGCUUGCAUUGCCCUGAGCAUGGUCAUGGGUAAAAACAGACCUCUCUCUGUGUGUUUGCAUCUUUUCCAAAAAGGCCCAUAUUGCAGCAGACUUGAGUUUGCGGCUCAUGUUUUCGACGUAAGAAGAGCCCUUCGGGAAUGAAUUGGACCACAGGCCCAUGGAGCCCGGCAUCCUGCUGUCACAGUUUUUUGCUCUUUUCUAUUAUGGGCUGUGUGUUAUUCUGCUGCAAAAGGCCCCCGAAAUCAGUGGAGGAUGGGUGGCAUACAAAUUUAAUAAAUGAAAGUAAAUUCCUGUGGGGAGUCCCUGCAACGCAACAGCCACUCUUCCCCUGCACUUGCAGGUGCAAGCAACGGGCAGACUAUGGAAAGCCGAAUCGGCUUCCAGUGCCCAUUCCAUGGCCACUCCGCCUUCCACGAACACACGUGCCCUCCCACUCUCUGUCUGGCUCUGCCCACGCUUCUUGCCAGAAGUGGCGUGUUCCUUCCACAUCCAGCGCUGUGCACCUCACCCUAAGCGCCCCCAUCUCUCUGUUCACCCACAAAACUGAGUCUGUCGCCUCUCCGUCUGUCCUGCCCGUUUCCUUGUCCCCAGCCAUCGUUUCCAGAAGCGCUGCUCUGUUCCGUGCCCGAUCCCCGAAUUCACAGCCACUCAUCCAUCCGCCCCUCCGUCAGUCUCCAUGGUCUCGUCUGUCCCUCAUCCCACGCAUAUGCAUCAAUCCUCACCCCCCACCCCGAAAAAAGCUGCCUUUGCUGUGCCGAUUCUUCUCUAUUCUCUCUCUUUGGCUACCCUGGGUGCUUCCUGGUCCCCCACCCGCCCUGCGCCCCGCGUUCCUCCCUUUGUUCCCUCCCAAUUGAAGCCCCGCUCCCUGGCGCUGACAGGUUGCCGUGGCAGCGCCUGCGAUGGGGUUGCCAUGGAAACUGAUCCUCUUUCCCGGGCGGCUAUGCCCUGAAUAAUUCAUCAUCCCCUUGCGGUGGAGGCGCACAGCCAGGAGCAGGAUGGGCAGCCCUGGCGGUUCUUGGAAUGGGGGGAGAAGUAGAGGGUGGGAUGCCUAGUAUAUUUGCCCAAAGAGACAGAGAGAAAGAGAGAAAGUGCAACGCAGCAGGGCCGAGGUCAGGUGGGGUGUGUGGGAAGAUCUUAGCUGCACAGAAAGGGAGAAAGGCUUCGUUGCCUCUUUAAGUCCUUCGGAAGCGGAGGGUAAACUGGCAGCUAUAUUUGGGAACCUGCCUCCCCAAGCUGCUGCUCAGAACUCCGGCAGGCCACGUUGUUCUGUGCCGUGCUUGUGAUGUCGAAGAAUGGAGCCUCCAUGUUCAGGGACAGAAUAUCUCCAAUCCCAAUUGGCAGUCCCAUAAUGUCUCCCAUUAUGCUGUACUGGUGGAAGAAGGGGGCGCAGGGGCAGCCCUCCCACUGGCCAUUAAUAGCAGGACCAGUGCAGGAGGAGAUGGGCCCCUUGGCAAGAAAGAAACAUCCCUUGUUAUGCAACGACUUGGCCUGCGUUUCCUCCUGCCCCAUCUUUACUUUUGCACGAUGGCAACAGAAAGGUGGGCAAACCAGCCCCAUACAAGACCUAAGGGAGGAGGAAACCCAUCCAUCAAAAUCUCAGCAGCUGUUGAAAAACCUGCGCAGGGUCUGGCUUUGUUGUCUUGCGUUUUUUGCAAACAGAGGGACAAUUCUUCCCCCACCCUCACAUAUCCCUUACUGCUCAGGGCAGAUGUGUAGAUGGCCUGUUUAAAGGAAAAUAGAUUUCCUUCCCGGUUCCUGCAUCAAACCAAGCACUCUGGUCCACUGCUCUUGGCCUUGUUCCUUAAGCCCUGAGCAGUUGAGGCCUCUCCAGAUGUUUACGCUGUUUUCAUAGGGUGGGGAUAGGAAAAGAAGGCAUUUGAGAGGGGGAAGCCCAUCUGCAACCCUCCCUCUCCCUCUCACCAGCCAUAGGAGUGAAACCGAGGAAACACAGUUGAGCCCUUGCCUGAAAGUGCAGGUUAGCGUUGCACCCCCAGGAACACGGAACUUUUAGUCUGUCUCAGUCAGUAAUGCACUGUGCUGGGGGUCGAACUUUUUACAUGCACAGCAUCAUGUUCUAGUUAUCACUGAGCCACAGUCCCCACACCCCCAGGGCCUUUCACCUCUCUGUUCGUCAAGCUCCCUUCUCCAUCCUGCAUAUCCAUUUUGCUAGCAAGGCUUCUUUCAUCCCAUGGCACAUCGCCUUGCCCAAAUUUUCACGGCCACCUGACCCUUUCCCAUCCUGUCUCCACCGCUGCCUUCUCAAGCACUGACCUUCCGUGCCUGCUAAGUCGACGGCAGCUCUUUUGGACAGGAGCCACGUCCUGCGUCCGCGUCGUGUGCAAUGCCUAGUAUGUGAUUUUAGCCUUUCCUCCCAGCUGUCUCCUGGAUUUGUUUCCCCGAGUGUGUCGGGAGUGUUUGCGUGCAGGUUAGGGAUAUACCUUGUCACCUUUGUGACGGGAUUUGUUCUCUGUCCGUCCCGCUCCGUGCAGUGCGAACCAGGCGUGGCCACCAAAUUCCUCUACGAGCUCCUCUACAAUGACCCCAUCAAGAUCAUCCUCAUGCCAGGCUGCAGCAGCGUCUCCACCCUGGUGGCCGAAGCAGCACGCAUGUGGAACCUCAUUGUGGUGAGCAUACCUUGCACUUCGUUUGUGUGUGUGUGUGUGUGUGUGGUGCCUGUGGAUUUUUGUGGUGAAGGCGGGUCUUCCCACAAAGUAGGGUUCAGCUCAGCAACCUGUUUUCAGAACUGGAAGCUGUGGCGAGAGUGCCUCUGAGCGUGUGCAGAGUGCACUUCUGUAGACACUAAGCUAGCACAGCCCACGCCUAGGAUUGGGAGAUAAGGUUUCCAGGUGAAACCUCUCUGCGGGGGUGGGACCCCCACAGUGGGUGCUUCCAGACAGUCACACUUUUUAGGUGGGAUUCAGUCACCCACCAGCUGAUUGGGGUUAAACCAUUAUAGCUGUUUAGGAGGUCAUGCACAACAAAGAAAAAACGACCGGACUGUUUGCAGUAAGGAAAGUGGCAAGAAAACAUGUUGGAAAUGUGGGAGGCGGCGCUUGCUUUGACGCAAUGUCCUCUAACACCCCGCAAAACAAAUCAAAAUGAAUGCACAUUAAAUAGCAGGUGUGGUGCUACCCACCAUUGGGCCUCGGAAGACAAUGCGGCCCUUGGGCUGCCAAACGUUUUAUCUGUUUCGGAUCUAAUCCCCCUGCAAACAAAUGAGGAAGAAUCCUCAAUAAACAGGCCGCCUGGAAGCGUCUGGCAUCCAUCGCCAGCACCUCUAGAAAGCAGGUUUGAGAGCAAGGCCCUGAGGGAUAGUUCAGUCAAUAGAACAUGGGACUCUUAAUCUCAGGGCCAUGGGUUCGAGUCUCACGUUGGGCGAAAGAUUCCUGCAUUGCAGGGGGUUGGACUAGAUGACCCUCGUGAUCCCUUCCUGGUUCUAUGAUUUGAAGGGUUGGGUGGUGUCUCUGUGCCAGAGUUAACGAUGGGUGGGGAACUUUGAACCCAUAGACUGAAUGAGGCCAGUGUUGGCGGUCUCAGCCUUUUAAAGCCCUGUUUCCCGUCUCUUCCUCCUUUCCUUGCAGCUGUCCUACGGCUCCAGCUCUCCAGCCCUCUCCAACCGCCAGCGCUUCCCCACCUUCUUCCGCACGCACCCGUCAGCCACUCUGCACAACCCCACCCGAGUGCAGCUCUUCAAGAAGUGGAGCUGGACCAAGAUCGCCACCAUACAGCAGACCACAGAGGUGUUCACCUCGGUAUGGAGAGACCCCAGCCAUCCUGGGACAUCCUGCAGCGUUGCCCAACCCUACCCCCCCCAAAAAAAACCAGACAGCGGUGCUGCUUAAGCACUUAAAAGGACCACAGAUUUGAUAGGGGAACGGGUGGCGCUGUGGUCUAAACCACUGAGCCUUUUGGGCUUGCUGAUCAGAAGGUCAGCGGUUCGAAUCCCCAUGAUGGGGUAAGCUCCCGUUGCUCUGUCCCAGCUCCUGCCAAGGUAGCAGUUCGAAAGCACACCAGGGCAAGCAGAUAAAUAGGUAUCACUGCGGCGGGAAGGUAAAUGGCAUUUCCAUGCACUCUGGUUUCCGUCACGGUGUCCCAUUAUACCAGAAGCAGUUUAGUCCUGCUGGCCGCAUGACCCGGAAAGCUGUCUGAGGACAAACGCCGGCUCCCUCGGCCUGAAGCGAGAUGAGCGCCGCAACCCCAUAGUCACCUUUGACUGGACUUAACCAUCCAGGGGUCUUUUACCUUUUUUACAUUUUACCACGGAUUUGAACAAGAUUUGCACAAACUUCUAGGAAAGUAAGAAGGUCCCACCCAUGUCGCUGUUUGCACCAUACUUCCCCCGGGGGAACUCUUAAUUUGUUAAGGGUGCUGAGAGUUUGCCAGGAGACCCCUCCCAGAGCUACAGUUCCCAGCACUCUUAACAAACUACAAUUCCCAGAUUUUUGGUGGGGGGUGGGAGCCAUGACUGUGGAAGUGGUAUAAGAGUGCUUUCAAUAUAUGCUGUGAAUGUCACCUUAACGCCCUAUAUGCAAGGUUUAAAGAAAUGUGUUUUCCCAUUACAGAAAGGAGAUGGAAGGGGGCAGGAAAACCACCAUACAAGUCCCAGGGCUUGGACCCUCUGGGACAUCCCCAAUGAGUCCCCUGGUGCCAGGUGCAAGUCAUGAGGUUGUCCUUGUAAUUUGCAUUUAUUUAAACAACAGCAACAAACCAGUCCCCAGUAUUUGAUUGAUUCUGGCAACAGCCAAGAACAGAGUUGCUUUUCAAGGGUUCCCAUUAAGUUCUGUGGCACCAAACAAAUGGGCUAUAUUUUGUGGAACACAAUAAUCUUCUUGAUACUGUGUCAGAGCCAAUCUAUUCUCUAGUGCCAGCAGCAAUUCUCCUGGUUGUUACACCAAACUGGGGCUGAUGGAUGUUGUGGUCCAAAAUAUCUGGAGGGAACCAAGUUGGGAAAGGCUGUUUUAAGGAGUCGUUUAUCUACCGGAACUGAUCUUGUGAAUUCCCAAACUUCAGCAGGCUAUCAGAGUUUGUUUGUCUCAUAGCACAAAAACCCCUUCUCUGAGCUGAACUUGGAGCCUUCAGGAUUAUCAUCCCUAAACACAAUCCAACUGAAGUUCAAGGCCUUUUUUCUUAAAAAUCCUCAUCUGUGUGUGAUGUUUCCUUCAGCUGUAACAUAAUCAUUGCUUUAUCCUGAACACACACAAAUCCAUGCACUAUACUGUAAUAUUAGAACCUUUAAACUUUCAGCUUUCUUUCAAAAUAAGUUUCUAGUCCUUAUGAGGACCCAAGCUAUCUUUAAGUCCUUAUUUGUUUCUUUUACUUUAAUGCUUCUAAACCUCACUUUCAUCUUAGUAAAAAAGAAUCAGAAGGAAGUAGACAAACUAAAAACCACAGUAUUACAGUAAAAACGAUCUAAAAUGUCAAACACAUCAGCUUGUGCUUGAUUAGUACAAUUGUAUCAAUAUUAUGCAGGCUGUUAAUGGAACGCGGGUGGUGCUGUGGGUUAAACCACAGAGCCUAGGACUUGCCGAUCAGAAGGUCGGCGGUUCAAAUCCCCACGGCGGGGUGAGCUUCUGUGGGAAGGUAAACGGUGUUUCCGUGCACUGCUCUGGUUCGCCAGAAGCGGCUUAGUCAUGCUGGCCACAUGACCCGGAAAAACUGUCUGCGGGCAAACAUUGGCUCCCUCGGCCAAUAAAGCGAGAUGAGUGCCUCAACCCCAGAGUCGGCCACGACUGGACCUAAUGGUCAGGGGUCCCUUUACCUUUACCUAUCAAUAUUAUGCAGGCUGUUAAUGUGCUGGGUAAUAUAAGCAGCAAGGAGAGAGGUCUCUGCUGCAAGGAGCUUGCAGUCUGAAGUUAGUCAGCUGAGAGAGAGAGGAGAAGAAAAGAAUGAGAUAGGAGAGGCAUGGAUAAAACGAAAACAGGAGGAGGCAGGGAUGUUGUUAGUCUGCCUCUAGACUGCUCUCUCUGGCAUGAAGCAUAUCUCUCGGUCCCUUUUUCCUACUGAAUCUUAAUAAAUGUCAUCUAAGAUCUCUGCCGAGCGCUGUUCCCUCUCCAAGAUGUCCUAAGAAGAAUUACCACUUCCAGUUUCAGACAAGGAAAUCGCACCGACAAAAGAAGUGGAACAUUUCUACCAGCUGCGCUCCGACAUGUCCAUCACAUUAAUGCAAAUGUUAAGCUAAUGGAGCUAUUUUUGUGUGGACCGCGAUAAGCAAAUGGUCUGCAGCCCUCCGUUCCUCAUUGUGGUACAUUUCCACAAGCUCCCACAGGGCCGGGCAAUUCUCCUGCUGCUGAAGAAACCCCUUUGUCUAAUCUCAGUCCUUAAAAAGAGCCAAUUAGAAAAUUUGUCUGACCAUAGUUGUACUGAUCGGCCCAGUGCGUGACUGGUCACAGAAACCAUCUCAUGGUUCUUACAGAAUCUUGGGGGGGUAUUAUUAUUAUUAUUUUUAUUAUUAUUAUUAUUAUUAUUAUUUACACCAGGCUCACAAUGAAGCACAGAUUCCUGUACCGUUAGGCGCCAAACUUCCAUGUUACAUUAGUCAUGCCUUUUCGAAAGCGUGCUUAAACGAACUGGUUUUUUUUUAUCUUGGAGAGAGAGGACACGCUCCUUACUUUCGACACCUGUAUAGCAAGCUGCCUUUUACUGAGUCAGACUAUUGGGCCAUCUGGCUCAGUAUUGACCACGUUGAUUGACAGCAGCAGUUCUUCUGGGCUGCAGCCCUACCUGGCAAUGCCAGGAUCCGAACCUGGGACCUUCUGCAUGCAAGGCAGAAGCUCUGCUACUGAGGUAUGCUAAAGGUGUAAAGGGACCCCUGACCAUUAGGUCCAGUCGUGGCCGCCUCUGGGUUGUGACGCUCAUCUCGCUCUAUAGACCGAGGGAGCCGGUGUACAGCUUCCGGGUCAUGUGGCCAGCAUGACAAAGCCGCUUCUGGCGAACCAGAGCAGCGCACGGAAACGCUGUUUACCUUCCUGCCAGAGCAGUACCUAUUUAUCUACUUGCACUUUGAGGUGCUUUCGAACUGCUGGGUUGGCAGGAGCAGGGACUGAGCAACGGGAGCUCACCCGUCGCGGGGAUUUGAACCGCCGACCUUCUGAUCGGCAAGCCCUAGGCGCUGUGGUUUAACCCACAGCGCCACCCUGCACCACCCUUUAUCCAGUGGAUUUUCCUAGGCAGUGAACGCCACCACCAUUGCUUUCUGUAGACUUUAUGCUAAUGGCGUUAGGUGUGUUUAAGUUUGUGUCACUUGGGAAGCGGUGGCCUUGCAGAAGCUUCUGGACUGAACCAGUCCCUGCCUAUUGGCUGGGAUGGAUGGGAGAUGGGAGUCCAGGAACAUCCCAGCCCCGUGUUAGAUAAAAAUAAAUAAGUGACUAGAUUAUGGCUCAGUGUGAGGAAAGGGCAGGGCUGGAUUUAGGUUUGAUGAGGCCCUAAGCUACUUUAUAUGUCCAGCUAUCCUUUGUCCACAAAUUGUCACUGUUUCUUGUGCUGAAUAUAUGCUAUAUGGUAAUUUAUGGACCUAAUAGGUCUCUGAAGCCAUUUGCACAUGUUGCCUUGCAACCAGUCCAUGCAGAAUGUAGGCACCCUAUGUAUAAAGGUAAAGGUAAAGGGACCCCUGACCAUUAGGUCCAGUCAUGACCAACUCUGGGGUUGCAGCGCUCAUCUCGCUUUACUGGCCGAGGGAGCCGGCAUACAGUUUCCAGCUCAUGUGGCCAGCAUGACUAAGCCGCUUCUGGCAAACCAGAGCAGCGCACGGAAAUGCCGUUUACCUUCCCGCUGGAGCGGUACCUAUUUAUCUACUUGCACUUUGACUUGCUUUCAAACUGCUAGGUUGGCAGGAGCUGGGACCGAGCAACGGGAGCUCACCCCAUUGCAGGGAUUCAAACCGCCAACCUUCUGAUCGGCAAGUCCUAGGCUCUGUGGUUUAACCCACAGCGCCACCCGCAUCCCUAUGUAUAGAAAUGAGCAAACCAGUGAUAUUUUAGGGAGCAGGUGAGGCCCAUUACACCAUAGGAGCCUACACAACACAAAACACUGUUGCUUUAUGUAGGUUUUAUUUAAUUUGUUUUUUAUCUUAAAUUUUGGAAAUGUACAUCCAGGUGUUUUUUCCCCUUUAAAUUUGUUGUGGGCCCCCAAGAGAGUGGGGCACUAAGCUGCAGCUUGUUUAGCUUAUACGUAAAUCCGGCACUGGGAAAGGGGUUGAGGUUGGGACAGUAAACACUUCUCCUCACACUCAGAACUUUUCCUCCAGAGACUACUGCCUGUCUUUCACUGAUAAAGGAUCGCCAGCAAACUCCUUGUUAUCCUCCUCCUCCCCUACUCUUGUCAAUUAGCUUUCCUGUCCUGUCUGUUCCCUGCCUAGGCCUUUACUUGCAAACAGGCUAUUACUCACAGCAAGCAAAUAGCCCAGUGGAGAGCUAAUAGCUCGGGGGCGAUUCUCAUUAAACCAGUGCAAGAAGGAAAGGAUAUCUUUUUGGUAACUGCUAUGCUGCAGUUGGGGGUGGGGCGGGGCCCUUACAUUGCCUCUUCUUUAUCACCAUCAUCAUCCUUGUUGUUUUUUAAGCACAUUUAACGUAAUGCGUAAUUUGGCUCUUAAGAGGAGCCAGAUUAGCUGCCACCUAUGUUUUGCACAAAAUUGGUUUUGAUUGCCAUGGCAAGAGGCAAGGAGUUAUGGAGAAAUCCUGCCCAGUGAAGCCGUCCCCUCUCCUUCAACAACAACAACAACAACAACAACAAAAGGUUUCUGAAUAUUUUUCAGGUAUUGCCCUACAGCCACAGGGGCUAGAAUUUUUUUUUUGAAUAAAAUAGAAACAGAGAUUCUCAGGAAGCUGCCUUUGCUGUUGGAUACAAAAGGUGGCGCUGUGGGUUAAACCACAGAGCCUAGGACUUGCCAAUCAGAAGGUCGGCGGUUCGAAUCCCCGCAACGGGGUGAGCUCCUGUUGCUCGGUCCCAGCUCCUGCCAACCUAGCAGUUCGAAAGCAUGUCAAAGUGCAAAUAGAUAAAUAGGUACCACUCCAGCGGGAAGGUAAACGGCAUUUCCGUGCGCUGCUCUGGUUUGCCAGAAGCGGCUUAGUCAUGCUGGCCACAUGACCCGGAAGCUGUACGCCGGCUCCCUCAGCCUAUAGAGCGAGAUGAGCGCCGCAACCCCAGAGUCAGUCACAACUGGACCGAAUGGUCAGGGGUCCCUUUACCUUUACAAAAGGUGCUUUACCAGUGAGAUUGUAGAAGCACAGGGAAUGUGCACUGCUGAUUUUUAAAACCCAUAUCCUUAACCACCACUGUAUCCCCUAUUUUAGCAUUACUUAUACACUGAACCAUUGCUCCUCUCCAACAUCACCUAUUCCUUCCUUAUCUUUGUGCCUCCUUCUUCAUUCCCAUAGACCUUGGAUGACCUGGAAGAGCGAGUCAAAGAAGCCGGGAUCGAGAUCACUUUCCGCCAGAGCUUCUUCUCUGACCCCGCUGUGCCCGUCAAGAAUCUGAAGGUGAUCCUGGCUGCGAGGGGGUGUGUGAGGGGUGUGUGCGCACUGACCGCAGGUUUAGCGAUCCCUGUUGGCAGGGAGGGCAGAGGGACUCAGCUUUGCUUCAUCCAAACCCCCUUCAACAAGGGUGGGUGGGAUACAGUGGUACCUCGGGUUAAGUACUUAAUUCGUUCCAGCAGUCUGUACUUAACCUGAAGCUGUUCUUAACCUGAAGCACCACUUUAGCUAAUGGGGCCUACUGCUGCCGCUGCGCCACCGGAGCACAAUUUCUGCUCUCAUCCUGAAGCAAAGUUCUUAACCCGAGGUAAUAUUUCUGGGCUAGCGGAGUCUGUAACCUGAAGCGUAUGUAACCUGAAGCGUAUAUAACCCAAGGUACCACUGUAUUUGGAUUGCUUUGAAUCUCUGCUUUUUGUACGUGCCAGAUCUGUGCUUUUUGCUGCCUGGGACAGCUUCAGGCUGUUGUGGGGUAGGGACGGGCUCGUGCGGAGCUGUGAAAAGUUUCGUCCCAGUGUACAUAUCGCAAACGGACAGCAGAAUCCUAGACGUGUUUGCUGGAAGAUAAGCUCCAGCGUCUUCAGUGGGGCUUUCUCCCGAGUAAGUGUGCUCCAGGUGGCAGCCGCAAGGAGGGUUCAUAGACAGGAGCCACAUCCCUUUGGUCUUGGCUAACCUGUAGAGCAGGCGUUGUCAACCUUUUCAGACCCAGGGCCCACCUUUAAUGCAAACAUGCAUUUGGGGACCCACUUCUUAAUCGUUUGACAUAUAUCUGCAGGGUGAUACUUCUUCUUCUUCUCUGGCGAUCACUCAUAACCGAGUAAGAUUGUCUUCCAUAAACACGGUUUUAACAACGAGUCCAUAAGUGAUUGUGGAGGCCAAUUCUGGACCCACACGUCCUUCCACAGUGGGGACAUUGGUUUCAGGGUGGGAGUUGAUCACGGUGUGGAUUUGCCAAGCGUGCCUUCCUCCUAGCACGUUUAUCCCUUGCGUCCUGAGUUUGGUAAAAGCUGUUCUCCGAUUGGAGUGCUCGCAGGCAAGUGUUUCCCAGUUUUUGGUGUUUAUACUGCAUUUCUUUAGAUUUGCCUUGAGACAGUCUUUAAACCUCUUUUGUUGACCACCAGCAUUACGCUUUCCAUUUUUAAGUUCGGAAUAGAGUAGUUGCUUUGGAAGAUGAUAAUCAGGCAUCUGCACAACAUGACCAGUCCAACAAAGCUGAUGUUGAAGAAUCAUUGCUUCGACACUGGUGAUCUUUGCUUCUUCCAGUACACUGGGAUUAGUUCGCCUGUCUUCCCAAGUGAUGUGAAUGGAGGGUUAAUUGACUGAAAUUUUGAGAAUGCCCUUGCUGUGUGUGGGGGGGGGCAGUGUGUUAUAUUACCCCAAGUGACAGAGUGUGUGUGUAUGUGGGGGAUGUGAUCUGGGUGGAAGGAAGGGUGUCAAAACUUUCUUGCUUCCUUGUCCCAACCCCCAUUACUUGGCCGACUACCAAUGAUGCUUUUUUACAGUUAGGGUUGCAUCCAAUCUUAGUCCCAUUCAGAGCAGAUACUUUGAAAUAAAUAGAUAGGACUAACUUAGGUCCAUGCAUUUCAAUGGGUCUACCCUGAGGAAAACUUAGUUGGAUGCAAUCCUUAGAUUUUGAAAAACUAUGCCGAAACACACACACACACACAUACAUAUUCAGUUUAUAACAAUUUAACAAUGUGCAACACUUAUACAUUUGCAAUCUAAUAACAGAGGAAAGAGAAGAAAAGGAAACAAAGGGGGAGAGAUAAAGGAACUAGGAGUUAAAUCAUGCAACAUUUCUUAGAUACGUUCGUUAACAUUAUCUGAGUGGCAGUUUUCUAAUUAUAAGAAUGUAGAGAUUCCAACGAGCCUGGAUCAGGGAUGACUAUUAAUAAACUAAAUGCUUCCUUUAUUAGUACAGUCGUGCCUUGGUUUUCAAACAGAAUGUGUUCCGCAAGUCCGUUUGACUUCCGACACGUUCGGAAACCAAGGCGUGGCUUCCGAUUGGCUGCAGGAGCGUCCUGCAGCCAAUUGGAAGCCGCGGAAGCCACACCAGACGUUCGGCUUCUGAGGCAAAGUUCGCAAAUCAGAACACCUGCUUCCAGGUUUGCGGCGUUCGAGUUCCAAGUUGUUUGUGGACUAUGCUGUUCGAAAACCAAGGUACGACUGUAUAUGCGAGUUAGUGAAAGCUUUUAACUAGCAGGUACCAAUAUAUUAUUGAAACAUGGAUGUUGCAUUUGAAAUGCAUGGCUGCUCUUGUAAUUGGAAGGCUUUUGGAUUAAAUUUUGUAGAUAUUGUUUACCCUGCACUUUGUCAGGCAAGUAGGACAGGAGUUUAACAGCCACUCUGCUUCCUUGCGAUAGCCUUAUCUUCCACAAGGUUGUCUGUCUAGGUGUCUGUCUGUCUGUUUGUCUUCCAAGUAGUAGGUGGCCAUCCCUACCUGCUGUAGAUUCCAUAGAGGGGCCUUUGGCCUUUUGCACCCCCAGAUAAACUUGGAAAUUUCCUUCUGCCGUUUUUUGAGGCAAUCGUCUUUCACCAUUACUGGGACUGACUGGAAAAGAAAUAGCAUUUUUGGCAAAACAUUCAUUUUUACUGCUGCUAUUUUUCCCAACAGGGAGAGAUUCAUUCUGCUCCAUAUUUCUAGAUUCCUUUUUACCUCGAGCCACACUUUUUCAUAAUUGUCUUUGUAGAUAUUUAUAUUUCUUGAUGCUAAGCAUAUCCCUAAAUAUUUAACCUUUUUAUGGACUUCUUUCUCAAUACUUUGCUCCAACUCUUUUUUCUCUUCUUCCUUCCAAUUUUUAACAGAGGGAAAAAACCUCCCGUCCACUUUCUGCACCCUAAGUACCUCUGAACGCCGUUUCCUUUGUGGAAAGGCAGAGUGUAUAUCAAAAAGUGUAAUCUAUGUAAUCUAUGAGAUGGGCUUACAUUGCCCCCUAAUGCUUCAAGCCAAGCACGAUUGGUAGGUGCUUCUGGCAGACACACGUGUUGGUGGAGGCCGGCAGGGGGUGGGGGGGCAGGGGGAGACAGAAAGAAGCCACCCCUGAAAUUCAGUGCCUUUCUCGUUCUGGCGGCAGCUGCCAUCCCCUGAGCUGACAGAUGGACAGACAGCGCCACCCCCAAUCCUCCUGACAGCUUCUGCUCAGGGGAGAACUGAUGCCACCAGAAUGAAUGAGCCAGAUACUGCCGCAGCACUUCGCCUCCCCUGUUGGGUUGGGUUUUCUCUUUUUAAAAAAAGAACAAGCAGUCAACGCUUGCAAGAAGCAUCCAGCAGUAGCAAUCGGAAUAUUGCUGCCUUGUUCCCUUUUCAUGUCAGCGAGUGGCUGCAUUUAUCAUUGCAGAAGAAAACAAGAGCACUCUCUCUCUCUCUCUCUCUCUCUCUCUCUAUAUAUAUAUAUAUACACACUGUAUUUUUCGCUCUAUAAGACGCACUUUCCCCCUCCUAUAAAGUAAGGGGAAAUGUGUGUGCUUCUUAUGGAGCGAAUGCAGGCUGCGCGGCUAUCCCAGAAGCCAGAACAGCAAGAGGCUAUCCCAGAAGCCAGAUCCCUCUUGCUGUUCUGGCUUCUGGGAUUCAGAAUAUUUUUUUUCUUGUUUUCCUCCUCCAAAAACUAGGUGCAUCCUAUGGUCUGGUGCAUCUUAUAAAGCGAAAAAUACGGUAUAUCUUGGAGGGAGGGCUGUUUGAUUGGUGCAGAACUUAUCUCCUGCCUACCCCAAAGACGGCUCCCUCUGCUGGUUGGGACCCUAUGGGGCCAGGGUGGCUUAUAGGCAACGUGGCCCCUUUCCCCUCACCCCAGAAACAGGGUGUUUUGCAUGGUGACUUCAGAUCACCAGGCUCCUCGGGAAAGGUCUAUUAAACAUUAAUGAAAACUGCAUUUCGGAUUCAUUGGCGCUCGCACUGCAGGAGCAAGAGGCAGGAACCCCAAGCAAGAGGCGGCGCGUCUCUCUCAUCAAAUGCCUUGUCUCCUUCAAAUAUGCAGAAUUCGCAGCUAGAUUGGGCCAGCCGCCCCGUGCGCCAGCGUGAUGUGCAGCAGUAAGUUCAGGGCGCACAAAAGAAAGCUCUCCUUUGCACAAUGUACAAUCAGCGCAGGAAUUCAGGACCGCAAUUAGAUGGUGACGCCAGUAGCUUUGAUGGUUUUGGGGGUUGUUGUUUUUUUGGGAAAGAAUCAGACUAACUCAGAUUGCUCAUAAAUAGCACUCCCAUAAUAAGAGAUAGUAGUGUACCACUGAGCAGUGGUUGUCUGCUGGGACAAAGAAGGGAGAACAACCAUCACUUUCAUCCUCUGCUUCAGAGAGGCAGCUUGUUGGCAGGGGAGUAGGAAAGGAGGGGCAGGGGGGCUGCCCCAGGUGCCAUUAUGGGGGUGACAAAUUAUCAAGUAACAAUUACUGCCCUACUAGGGUGGUUCAUAAUGGGACACGGGUGGCACUACUGAGCCUAGGGCUGGCUGAUCAGAAGGUUGAUGGUUCGAAUCCCCGCAAUGGGGUGAGCUCCCGUUGCUCGGUCCCUGCUCCUGUCACGCUAGCAGUUUGAAAGCACGUCAAAGUGCAAGUAGAUAAAUAGGUGGGAAGGUAAACGGCGCUUCCGUGUGCUGCUCUGGUUCGCCAGAAGCGGCUUAGUCAUGCUGGCCACAUGACCCGGAAGCUGUACGCUGGCUCCCUCGGCCAAUAAAGCGAGGUGAGCGCCGCAACCCCAGAGUCGGCCACGACUGGACCUAAUGGUCAGGGCUCCCUUUACCUUUACCUUUUUUAGGGUGGCUCAUCAAAAACUUUUUUUUUGAAAAUGUCUGCUCCAAAGAUCUUAUCUUACUACACUAGGUAUUAUAUAGCUAUAUAUGAACUUUCGUGCAUAUCAGUUAAUAUCUUGACCCUCCUCCACAAAAAUAGCUGUUUACUCAUGUAAACUAUGUCGUGAAGGCUGAAAUUUCAAUUCAGUGGAGCACUUACUGUUCCCAAUCCUAACCCUGCGGAAAGCCAUCUAAUUGGACUUUAAUUUGAUUUUGACAUGUUUUUAGGAGGUAAUUUAAUUAUUGCUUGAUUUUAUACCAAUGUUAUGUAUCUGAUGUUAGCCGCCCUGAGCCUGACUUUGGCUGGGGAGGGCAGGAUAUAAAUUUAAAAUGUUGUUGUUGUUGUUAUUUCCUUUGUAAGAAAAUAUGAAAUAACGUAAAACCAUUUUUGCAGGCAAUAAAAAACGUCAAUGUGGGGUGGGGGGGGUGACAAAAAUGUUUCCACACUGGGUACCACCUGACCUUCCUACGGCUCUGCUUGUUGGAAGCAUAAUGCUAAGCUAGGGAACUAUAAGCAGGGAGAGCUCAGAUCUUGCUUGGGGGAUUCUCAGAGGCAUCUGGUUGGCCACUGAGAGAACAGGCUGCCAUACCCUCCAACAUUUCUCCGAUGAAAAUCGGGAUAUUAUUAUUAUUAUUAUUAUUAUUAUUAUUAUUAUUAUUAUACCCCACCCAUCUGACUGGGUUGCCCCAGCCCCUCUCGGCGGCUUCCAACAUAUAUAAAAACAUAAUAAAACGUUAAACAUUUUAAAACGUCCCUAUACAGGGCUACCUUCAAAUAUCUUCUAAAGGUUGUAAAGUUACUUACCUCCUUGGCUUGGGAAAGGGGUUCACAUAACUCCACACCCUCCAACAUUUCUCUGAUGAAAAUAGCGACUUCCUAAGGAAAAGGGGGACAUUCCGGGAUCAAAUCAGAAAUCUAAUCAGGGACGGCUUCUGUAAAUCCAGGACUUUCCCUGGAAAAUAGGAAGACUUGGAGGGUCCGGGAUGCUGGACAGGAUGGGCCUUUGGCCCAGUUGUGUGUGUGUGAAGCAAACUCCGUGCUCGUAUGUUCAAUUCAUUAAAAGAUACAUGAAAGUUUGAGUUAUGGGGGUGAGGAGAAUGUGUUCGUGAAUUAAGCAAUGCUCAGUUUAUUUUUGGUUGCUGUUUUGGGAAUGUUGUUAAUACAGUUGUUUUAUAGGUUAUGAAUGCUGUAGCACUUUGUGAAUCCUGCGAUGCGAUUUUUGUUGCAAUUGCGACGCUUACCUUAUUUUUAGUAGUUCUGUUUCAUAGGCGGUAAUUGUUUCCUUGAUAAUUUGGGGUCGUUUUGCUGACGAUUUGUUAGUUCUUCUAUAUGAUUUGUGCUGCAUUUGUGACGUUCUGCUCUGUUAUUGUCAUCUGUUGCUUGUAAGCCGCUUUGGGAUUCGUCUGAACGAAAAGAGGCAUAGAAAUAUAACCAAUCAAUCUGCAAUAAGUAAUUGAUUGCGCUUGACUCUGUGGAAACGCCCUCCAGCCACCUGACCCUAUUUUUCCCCUUACAGCGCCAAGAUGCCCGUAUCAUCGUUGGACUCUUUUAUGAGACGGAGGCGCGGAAGGUCUUCUGUGAGGUGGGUGUCCAGGGUGGAGGUUCCUCUCUGGGCAUACAAGAGGCUGCAACGAAGGAGCUUCCUUCAUUCCCAACUUUAACUAGAGAUGUUGGGGAUUGAACUUGCGACUCUCGGCAGGCAAAGCAGAGCUUUAUCUACUGAGCUACAGCUGGAAUGUGUGGUAGUGAAGGUGAAGGACCUACCUAUCUAGGUAGGUCCCUAUCUGUUACUAGGAGCAUCAAGGACGCUGCAAGACAGCAAACGACAGCAGGGAAAAAUAUUUUUUUAUUUUGUGAAGCAAUUGCUUGGACACAAAGGCACAGACCAGCUCAUGCUUGGAGUCUGGCCCCGAAUUCUAAGCGAGCCAGCUUUUUAUACAUUUGCAGAAUACAAUACCACCUGAUUUAUUGUAAACCACCUGAUUUCUGGCAAAUCGAAAGUUAUAGUAAGUUCCUAUUACCAUGUAAGGUCUUGGCCCCCUCCUUCCUGCCAUGGCCUCACUACACCACGGCCAUGUGCGUUCCUGAGUUUGCUUAUCUCUUUACAACCUUGAAUAAUAAACAUUUGAGCCUGUUCCAUCAAUGCCAGCCUUGUUCUCCUGACAGACCUCUCCUUUUUAAGAAAGGCCUUUGGGAGGGUUUGCUAUGGCCCUAUACUAGGAGGCUUGAGAUGAAAUGCAAGCCAUGCCAUGGCCCUGACUGGACCACUCUACUUAUUGGCAAACCUUCAUUUCUCCUCUCUGGCGGCACUGGGGACAGGUCUACAAGGAGCGCUUGUUUGGAAAGAAGUACGUCUGGUUCCUGAUUGGCUGGUACGCCGACAACUGGUUCCGCAUCAAGGAUGCGAAUAUUAACUGCACUGAGGAAGAGAUGAGGGAGGCCGUGGAGGGCCACAUCACCACCGAGAUCGUCAUGUUGAACCCAGAGAACACACGCAGCAUCUCCAAUAUGGUGAGGGAGCGUCUCAGAGGUCAUGGGGGGGAUAGGGAGGUGCGGGUGGCGCUGUGGGUUAAGCCACAGAGCCUAGGACUUGCCGAUCAGAAGGUCGGCGGUUUGAAUCCCCGCGACGGGGUGAGCUCCCGUUGCUCAGUCCCUGCUCCUGCCAACCUAGCAGUUCGAAAGCACGUCAAGGUGCAAGUAGAUAAAUAUGUACCGCUCCGGCGGGAAGAUAAACAGCGUUUCCAUGUGCUGCUGUGGUUUGCCAGAAGCGGCUUAGUCAUGCUGGCAACAUGACCCAGAAGCUGUACGCUGGCUCCCUCGGCCAGUAAAGCGAGAUGAGCGCCGCAACCGCAGAGUCGUCCGCAACUGGACCUAAUGGUCAGGGGUCCCUUUACCUUUUUAAAUGUCAAAUGUUGGGGUUUUUAAGCUUGCCUGGAAGUCACGCUCUGACGUUUGGAAGCCUUCACUGUAGAGGCUGGCUCUGAUUUGUUGCCCGCAAAGGAAAUGCACUCUGCAGGUGUUCUAAGGUGAUGUUAAUAAUAAUAAUAAUAAAUAAUUAUAAUAAUUUUUUAUUUAUACCCCGCCCUUCCAGGUUCAAAAACCGGGCUCAGGGUGGCUAACAACAAAUUUAAAACACUUUAAAACACUUAAUUGUAAAAGCAGCAUAAAAUACGGUAUAAAAACAUGAAUAACAAUAAAAUUCAAAAAUCAAUUAGAUAAUCCCCAGGGCUAGCUGGCUGAAUUGGUCCUACUUGGGCCAGCGAGAAGGCCAGGGGAGAAUUAGCUGUGGGGUCUCAGAGUGGGGAAUCUUCAUAAAAGGGGAGGGGGAGGGAAGAGAAGGGAAAUAAAAGAUCAGGCUGAAUUCACAUUAAAGGCCAGGCGGAAUAGCUCUGUCUUACAGGCCCGACGGAAGGAGGUUAAAUCCUGAAGGGCCCUGGUCUCAUGGGACAGAGCAUUCCACCAGGUCGGAGCCAUCACUGAAAAAGCCCUGGCCCUUGUGGAGGAUAGUCUGACUUCCUUAGGGCCCGGGACCUCUAAACUAUGAUUAUUCAUGGACCUUAAGGUCCUCUGCGGGGCAUACCAGGAGAGGCAGUCCCGUAGAUACGAGGGUCCUAAGCCACAAAUGUUGUCAAAUGUCCCAAGCUUAACUCUUGUUGUUGAGAGCUGGCUCCAAGGCGAAAGUCUGGAGAGGUCUGGUUCAAGCUGAGAGGUGAUUUAAAAAAACAGAAACCAGAUGUUUGCUCAAGCUGCAGGUUAUGGGCAAUGGUGAAAGCAAUAUACAUUGUCAAAGGGAGCGAGAAACUUUUGUAAUAUUCCAAAUAGACAAAAACCAAAUUUUAAAAACCCGCUUCCCCCCUCCCAGAUUUUUAAAGCAAGAUUUCACCUUAAUGGAUUUCUGUCUGUUAAAGAGAGUCGAUUCAUGUGACAGUUAAUACUUUUAAAACUUUAUUCAGUCUUAAGAAUUUUACUCCAGAUCUUUGAGAAGCCAUUGAUUUUUUUUCUUUUUUACUAGGUAGGAUUAACUUACGAAUAAUAAUAAUAAUAAUAAUAAUAACAACAACAACAACUUUUAUUUAUAGCCCGCCCUCCCCAGCCAAGACCAGGCUCAGGGCAGCUAACAACCGAUAUAAAAACAAAUUGAUUGAAAUACAACUUAAAAACUGUUAUGUACUGAAGUUCUCACCCUGGGCCAGCAGGGGGAUACUGUAGAUAGUUAUGCAAAUAAGGGAUCAAAAGUGACGUUCAGUGAUUGGAUAGUUACAGAAAGUGAUUACUGUUGCGUUGUAGUGGAGCUCUAUAUAAGCAGGCUGACUGAACCCUUCAGUUCAGUUCUGUUCUGGCCUGUGAAUAAACAAGAGCUGUUUGAAGAAUCGCUGUGUCGUCUGAUAUGUUCACCCACAACUUAGCAAAAACCAAAUUAAAAUACAACAUUAAAACAUUAAAAUGCUAUUAUAGAGUCAACAUGGGGUGGAAGGACUGGGGUGCCUGGAAAAACAAGACUUGCUGCCACUCUAAGGCUCAAUCCUGUUGCAAAAUCAAAUUGUGAUACAGAGGGAACACAUUAUCCAUCCGACCUUAACCAUAAUUUACAUGUCUGGGGAUCAUUUUCAAUCUUUCUUUCGUCCCCUACAGACAUCGCAGGAGUUCAUUGAGAAGCUGACGAAGCGGGUGAAAAAAUCCCCAGAGGAGACGGGAGGCUUCCAGGAGGCUCCGCUGGCCUAUGAUGCCAUCUGGGCCCUGGCACUGGCACUCAACAAGACCUCCACGGAGCUGGUGAAGAAGGGCCUGCGGCUGGAAGACUUCAAUUAUAACAACAGGACUAUCACAGAUGAGAUCUACCGAGCCCUCAACUCUUCAGCCUUUGAGGGAGUCUCUGUGCGUGGCUCUUGUGGAUGUUUGAGAUUUAGAAAUGCCCACAUAUCUAUCUGUCUGUCUGUCUGUCUGUCUGUCCAUUAUUUGUAUGCCGCCCAGAAACUUGGGAGACCCUGUAUUAAUAUGCACAGUGCUUUUUUCCCUUAAAAAAUGUUUAGGGGUACUCUCGUUUUGACUCAAGAAAACCACCAUUUUAUAGUUCAAAUUGGGAAAAAUAAAUACAGUGGUACCUCGGGUUACAGACGCUUCAGGUUACGCAUUUUCAGGUUACGGAUGCGCCGAAACCCGGAAGUACUGGAACAGGUUACUUCCGGGUUUCGGCGCUUUGCACAUGCGCAGAAACACCAAAUAAUGUCCUGCGUAUGCGCAGAUGCAGCGCUCUGGGUUGCGAACAUGCCUCCCACAUGGAUCCUGCUCGCAAUCCGAGGUUCCACUGUACAGUAAAUGGACAAAAGUACAAAGAUUCACAAAAUGUUUAGGGGUAUGCGUACCCCUGCACCCCUCCCCCGAAAAAGCACAAGCACUGAAAAUUAUUAUUAUUAUUAUUAUUAUUAUUAUUAUUAUUAUUAUUAUAUCCCACCCUCCCCAGCCAGGACCGGGCUCAGGGCGGCUAACAGCAGAGUAUAUAAUACAAUCAACACAUAAAAUCAAACAAUCAAUUAAAAUACAGCUUAAAAUCAGAUUAAGAUCAGAAUAAAAACAGAUGGCAACCCACAAAUUAUAACUAUAGGAAUUGGGAACAUUAAGUGCUCACCAGGCCCAACUAUUGAAUAUGCAACUCCCUUUCCCUUUCCCCCCCCAGGGACAUGUGGUCUUUGACGCCAGUGGCUCUCGGAUGGCCUGGACCCUCAUUGAGCAGCUUCAGGGUGAGCAAGGAACAUUGUCGUUGUGCUGGGUGUGUUGGUUUCUCUUCUGAGAUUCCUGUAAGGCAGCUGUUCUCUGUGUCCCAUGAUAGUUUGGGCAGACCCCAGAUGCCACUGUGCAGUACUGCUCCUGAUCAAUCCCAGCCUCCCAUUAUUCAUUGUCUUAUUAUUUGUUAACUUCUUUAACACCCCUUUCUUUCUCCCUCUCUCUUUCUGACACCUCUCUCUCUCUCUCUCUCUCUCUCUCUCUCUCCACCCAGCCAAAGUUCUGGACCCCCCCCUUUCAUCCAUUUAGGCUUUCCCCUCAUUUUCUCUCCCCCCUCCCCGUUCCUUCCAUGCUCCCCGCAUCCGCAUGAAAUUUAAGUUGAGAGCCUCAGGCCCAUCCCUUGCACCGCUAGGGGUUUGUUCCACUUUCCUACCCAGCAUCAAGGCUUCACCUCCCUACUGUAUGUAAUGCCUCCUUCUGCCAACAGAUGGCAUCUAUAAGAAGAUCGGGUAUUACGACAGCACCAAGGAUAAUCUCUCCUGGUACAACAAUGAAAAAUGGAUUGGUAAGAGACUGACCUUUUAGGCAUGGCAACCCGUUGUGUGACUCUCACAGGACCCAAAAUGAAAAUAAGGAGGGAGAUAAUGCAUGUUGUUGUUGUUUAGUCUAAGGUUACCAGAUUUUUUUUUCAGUGAAUCCAGGGACACUUUUCAACUUCCUACUAAAUAGAUGGAUUUUGUCAGGGGACUGAUUUGUAAAUCCAGGGACUGUCCCCGGGAAACGGGGACGUCUGGUAACCUUAGUUUAGUCGUCUUAGUCGUGUUCGACUCUCCGUGACCCCAUGAACCAGAGCAUGCCUUGGAAACUCUCACUUUCUUCUCAAAGCUUCUCCUUUAUUUAUGUCCAUGGAGUUUUCUUGGCAAAAUAAUGGAGUGGAUUGCCAGUUCCUUCUCCAGGUGGAUCACAUUUAGUCUAAACUCUCGGCUAUGACCUGUCCAUUUUGGGUGGCCCUGCACAGCAUAGCUCAUAGCUUCUUGGGAGUUAUUCAAGCCCCUUUGCCAUGACAAGGCAGUGAUCCAUGAAGGGGAUAUAAUGCAUACAAAAUAGUUAAUACAAUACUUUCAAUUUCCUUACUUCUUGGGUUCAUUUUAUUUGUAAAUAUGUGUGGCUAUUCAAAAAAGCGAAUGAAAAAUUAGACUGUGUGUGUGUGUGUGUGUGUGUGUGUGUGUGUGUGUAAUUUAUUUACUGCAUUUAAAUCCCAUCUUUCCUCCCAGUAGCUAAAGGUGCCAUACAUGGUUCUCUUACUACUCAUACACACAGAGAUAGAUUGAUAGAGACAUAGAUAGAGACAGAUAUAUUUAAAAACAAGUCAAGACCCAGUGUCUGCUGUAAAUACCUUGGGCAUAGCUGUCAACUUUACCCUUUUUUUAAAGGGAAAUUCCCUUAUUCCGAAUAGGAUUCCUCGCAAGAAAAGGGAAAAGUUGACAGCUCUGACCUUGGGAAAUACGUGAAGCUGGGUUGAGUCAGGAGGCAGCCUAUGCGCUUGUUGAGCCACUCAGGGCAGUUGCCACACAGCACACGCCGGCCUGGUUGUUGUCAGAUUGGCUGGUGCCAACUUGCCCUCUGUCUUCCAGGGCCACAGAAAGGGGGGGGAAAGAACAUAGUCUUCCUGGAUGCGAAUGGUGGAAAGGACUAUGAGGCGCCUGAGUCUCUCUGUUCUUCCCCCCCAUACCCUACAGGCGGUGUCCCGCCAGCUGACUACACAAAGGUCAUCAUCACUUUCCGGUAUCUCUCCCAGAAGCUCUUCAUUUCUGUCUCGGUGCUCUCCAGCGUGGGUAUCCUGUUGGCCAUCAUCUGCUUGGCCUUCAACAUCUACAACGGGCACGUCAGGUGGGUAACCCUCAACCUACUUAGUCACCUACUCUACUGCUGGCAGAGCAAUGGAAUAGCAGCUCAGCGAGUCAUCUACACCUGAGGAAUUUGUGCAGCUGCUCCAUUCACUUGGAUUUUGUAAAGUCUGGGCAUGGGGGGAAGCCUUAAUAGAAGCUGAGAAGGGAAAACAUGGGAUGAGUACCGUAUUUUCCGCUGUAUAAGACACACAAAUUCCCCCAAAAUUAAGGGGAAAUGUGUGUGCGUCUUAUGGAGCGAAUGCAGGCUCCAUGGCUUCAGCAAAAGCAACGCGAUGCCUCCGGAGCGCAGCAGGAGCGCGCUUUCGCUGAAGCCAGGAGAGCAAGAGGGAUUGGUGCGCACCAAUCCCUCUUGCUCUCCUGGCUUCGCUUCGCUGGAGAGGCGCUGUGCAGCUUUCCCUCUCUGCGCAGCGCCCCUUCAGCGAAGCGGGAGGAGAAAUGGAAGGGGCUCCAUUUCUCCUGCCGCUUCGCUGAAGGGGCGCUGCGCAGAGAGGGAGAGAAUUUUUUUUUCUUAUUCUCCCCCUCUAAAACUAGGUGCGUCUUAUGGGCUGGUGCAUCCUAUAGAGCGAAAAAUAUGGUAUAUUUUGAUUGUGACGUCAUGCAGAUGCCUUAUAAAAAGUGAGCUAAUAACAUGUGAGGCUAGGUUCCCAGUGUGGAUGCAGAUCUAUACAUUUUCCGAAAGGACUUGGCAUCUGUCUUAUCCCCCUAUGCAAGACUCUGUGUUAGACACCAUUUAUCCGACACCACCAUGGCUCUUGAGGAUGCAAAGCCCGGACGACGUACCUUUAUUCUGUUGCUCCCCAUAAUGUGAACAAACACAAACCCCUGUGUUGCAAAAUGUGACAAUCUACAAAAAUGCAAACGCAACACGCUGGCUAAUAACUGUUAGUAAAUAUAUAAUCGGUAUGAUGUCAUUCAAAAUAUACAAAUAUACAAAUAAGCCACUUCAAAAUAAUAUAUAUACAGUGGUACCUCGGGUUAAGAACUUAAUUCGUUCUGGAGGUCCGUUCUUAACCUGAAACUGUUCUUAACCUGAGGUACCACUUUAGCUAAUGGGGCUUCCCGCUGCCACCGCGCAAUUUCUGUUCUCAUCCUGAGGCAAAGUUCUUACCCUGAGGUACUAUUUCUGGGUUAGCAGAGUCUGUAACCUGAAGCGUCUGUAACCUGAAGCGUCUGUAACCCGAGGUACCACUGUAUAUAUAUCAUACAAUACAUCUCAAAAAAUAUACAAGUAACUGCAACUCCAUAAUGUGGGCAUAGAGGGCAGCCGGGUUUAGAUCCUUUCAGAUGCAAACCCCCCCGCUUUAGAUCUCUCACACCUUCCGUUCCUUCACAGAUACAUCCAGAACUCACAGCCGUACCUCAACAACAUGACAGCCGUGGGUUGCGCACUGGCGCAAGCGUCUGUCUUCCCGCUCGGACUGGAUGGCCUCCACAUCAGCAAGGGCCUCUUUCCCUUUGUUUGCCAGGUACAUGAUAGACUCUCUAGAGGUCUGGGGCAUCGUCUGUUGGACAUAGACCUCCCAGUUAGAUCACGCAUAGGGCUGUUUCUGAGACCCGUAGCUCUCUUCUUUUUCCAUCUUCCCCUGGGAUAGAAGCGAGAGCUCCCCUUGGAAAUUGAUGGACGAAAUCCAAGUUUUGACAUAGCAACUCUCCUCCCACCACCGAAAAAAGAGAGCAAAAGGUAACAGGCAGGAUUUGAUGCGCUUUCUAACUAGGAAUCUGUGGGAAAAUUGAUUCCUUUUUUAAUUUUAAAACACGUUUAGAGGUAUAUGCAUGCAACUCGAUGGAGUGCAAGGUUUCCGCUCCAAGGACCGUUUUGGGUUGCAAAACCAAACUAGCCUCAACCCUGCCGCUGAACUACAUUGCAAGGCUGCUGUAAGAUACUCUCUUUCUCUUCUUUUGCCACACCCAUUCAGUCAGCAGAAUAGGAAUAUUAUUUAGCGGAGCAGACAAUAUAAAAUCUUAAUUGACCAUUGAAGCUUAAGUUAAGUUGGUACAUCCUGCUGUAUUUUACCAAUGGGAAAAAGUAGGUGGCAGUCUUGACGCUUCCAUUAGAGAAUUGUAAGCGAUGGCCUCCAACUUGGAUGGCUUUGAAAGAGGAUUAGACAAAUUCAUGGAGGACAAAGCAAUCACUGGCUACUAGCCACAAUGGCUAUGUUCUACCUCUACUUUCCUAGAAUCAUAGAGUUGGAAGUCUUCUUCUUUGGCGAUCACUUGUAGUCGAGUAAGAUUGUCUUCCAUAGGCAUGGUUUUAACAAUGAGUCCAUAAGUGACUGUGCAGGCCAAUUCUGGAUCCACACGUCCUUCCACAGUGGGGACCUAGGUUUCCAGGCGGGAGUUGAUCACAGUGAGGGUUUGCCAAGCGUGCCUUCCUCUAAGCACGUUUCUACCUUGCGUCCUGAGUUCAAGUGUCUUCAAAGCCAAUGACGCCUUUGGUAAAGGCUGUUCUCCAACUGGAGCGCUCGCAGGCCAGUGUUUCCCAGUUGUCAGUGUUUAGCGCUGUGGUCUAAACCACAGAGCCUAGGGCUUGCCAAUCAGAAGGUCGCGGUUCGAAUCCCCGCAACGGGGUGAGCUCCCAUUGUUCGGUCCCUGCUCCUGCCAACCUAGCAGUUUGAAAGCAUGUCAAGUGCAAGUAGAUAAAUAGGUACUGCUCUGGCGGGAAGGCAAACGUGAUUCCGUGCACUGCUCUGGUUUACCAGAAGCAGCUUAGUCAUGCUGGCCACAUGACCCAGAAGCUGUACGCCAGCUCCCUCGGCCUAUAGAGCGAGAUGAGCACUGCAACCCCAGAGUCAUCCGUGACUGGACCUUUACCUUUAUACUACAUUUUUUUAGAUUUGCCUUGAGACAGUCUUUAAACCUCUUUUGUUGACCACCAGCAUUACGCUUUCCAAUUUUAAGUUCGGAAUAGAGUAGUUGCUUUGGAAGACGAUCAUCAGGCAUCCGCACAACAUGACCAGUUCAACCAAGUUGAUGUUGAGGAAUCAUUGCUUCAACACUGGUGAUCUUUGCUUCUUCCAGUACACUGGUAUUAGUUCGCCUGUCUUCCCAAGUGAUGUGUAACAUUUUUCAGAGACACCGUUGGUGGAAUCUUUUGAGAAGUUGGAAGUGACCCCAAGGGUCAUUCUAGUACAACCCGCUGCGGUGCAGGAAUCUCAGCUAAAGCAUCCAUGACCGAUGGCCACCCAGCCUUGGCUUUAAAACCUACAAGAAAGGUUUCUCUAAGGCCGCAUGCUUCCAAAUACAACUCCCAUCAACCAUGACACUUGGCCAUGCUGGAAGCUGAUGGGAGUUGGAGUCCAAUGCAGGUUCCCCAGACUUGAGGCCGAGAAAGAGGCAGGAGGAUGGCAGAGGAAACAGGGGAGGGAAAUCAAAACGGCAGGGAACAAUAGAUGGUGCAUUGCAGUGACACAACCUAGCCAGCUUUGCUCAAUUCACAUGGAACUUGGGUGGGUGGGAUUGAGAAUUUAAAAUACAGCAGAGGUCUUCCUUCCCCAAAAUGGUGCCCACAACUCCUGUCCACCUCUGGCAGCACAGCUGGGUGAGACUGCUGGCAAUUCUGGUCCAAAACCUCUGGAAGGCAGCAGAUCAGGAAAGGCUGGCAGAAGUGGUGAGAUGGGAGAUCGGACUCUCCCAGCCAUUUCCCUCCUAACAGGUGAUGCUUCUGGUAUUAUAAUAUUAUACAGAGACAAUAAAGGUAAAGGUAAAGGGACCCCUGACCAUUAGGUCCAGUUGUGGCCGACUCUGGGGUUGCGGCGCUCAUCUCGCUUUAUUGGCCGAGGGAGCCGGCGUACAGCUUCCGGGUCAUGUGGCCAGCAUGAUUAAGCCGCUUCUGGCGAACCAGAGCAGCGCACGGAAACGCCGUUUACCUUCCCACCAGAGCGGUACCUAUUUUUCUACUUGCACUUUGACGUGCUUUCAAACUGCUAGGUUGGCAGGAGCAGGGACCGAGCAACGGGAGCUCACCCCGUCACGGGGAUUCGAACCGCCGACCUUCUGAUCGGCAAGUCCUAGGCUCUGUGGUUUAACCCACAGCACCACCCACGUCCCUUACCGAGACAAUAAGCUGGGGUAAAUCAGGGUUUUUUGGGAGGAUGGGGGACACAGAGAGAGAGCACCCACCCACCGAAGCUGCAUUUUAAAGCCCUCUCCACUCUAGACUGGCAACCACAUGGCUUUUCCAUCCAAGGUUGCCUCCAUAAUGUCUGGUUUGUCUCUGUGCUGCAGCUUUGUGGGAAUGUCUGGCAGUUCUUGGGUAUGUUGGGCCAAAUGUGGCAGUGCUCUUAACCAUGCUCUUCUGUUGCUGUUUUGGGCUCUCCAAUCCACAGGCUCGUCUUUGGCUCCUGGGCUUGGGCUUCAGCUUGGGCUACGGCAGCAUGUUCACCAAGAUCUGGUGGGUGCACACGGUUUUCACCAAGAAAGAAGAGAAGAAAGAACGGCGGAAGGUGAAGCGCUUUGACCUGCUUUACCAUGCCGCCAGAGACGAACUGCCUAGCAAGGAUGAGGGAGCCUGUGUGGCCCUUCAAGCGUGGCUGGACUACAACUCCCAUCAUCCAUGACCCUUGGGCCAUGCCGGCUGAGGGCUGAUGGGAGUUGGAGUCCAACUCAGGUUCCCCCUUCUAGUUGCAUAGCUUUCAGAGGUGUAGCCAUGUUAAGUCUGUGCUAUGGCAAAACCCAGCAAAUAGUCUUUUUUCACACUUGAUCUUAGCCAAAAGGCCAAGAAGCGAUACAAAUAGUCUUUUUUUUAAGCACGUGAAAGGUUCACAAUUUGUUUGUGGCGUAAGCUUCUAUGGAUGGAUGGGGGAGGGGGUGUUUUUGUUUUUACUUUCCAUUUUGUGCUUUUAUCCUGCAUUUUUAUCUUGUGAACCACCCUGAGAUCUCUGGAUAAAGGGUGGUAUAUACAUUUAAUUGAUGAUGAAGAAGUGGGCUCUGGUCUGUGGAUGUUUCUGCUGUAAUAAGAUUUGCUGGCCGCAAGACACUUUGAGGUUUUCGGUGCAGGUAACACUGUAGGGAGAGCGUUCAGCCGUUUGGUGCUGAGAAGGCCUCUCUUUGAAACGCCAUUAUUUAUGAAACAGUUGUGACUGGCUAGAUGGUGUGCGAAGAUACCUUGGGAGCAUCGGGCGAGAACUAUGCAUGCACCAUACCUGUAAAUCGCACAGCUUCCGCCAAGAAUCCUGGAAACUGUUGUUUGUUAAGGCUCUUGGGGACCCUGGCAGCUAUGUGAGAGGCAAACUAUAGUUCCCAGCAUUUUAUGGGUGGGGGCUUUGGGGGUGAUCGCAAGACCAAAGCCACCCAUUUCAGAAGAAACCUAUCUGAAAUCAACACCACCGCUCCCUUGUUUUGGUCUCAGAAUUGCUAAUGCAGAUUAUAGUUGCCUACUUCAUAUCUGGCAGGUGUGUCUCUAGGUUAAAGGCUUUUGGGUGGAGCGGUUCAUACAAUAUAGCGAAUCUCAGGUGUGCCAUAGAGGGGAGCCUCUGUGCUUGACCUCUGUGAAUGUUUUUUUUGCGUAUUCUGGAACACCCCUUUCAGCUGACUCAGGGCUCUCCCCAUCUUUUGAGCACUCAUCCUGAUUAGUUUGCUGGGAGAUUAGGUGACAUCGGGCGUCGACUGAGCGUUCAUUCCGAAUUGUGUGCAGGGGGCGCAGAUGGCAUUGCGUCAAAGCAACCAUUAUCCCACAUUUCCCACUGAUUUCCCCACCGCUUUCCUUCUCAAAAAACCCCUGUCCAACGCUGAAUGGCAACUUAAAUUGACCAAAAAUGCACAGCUUGCAGAUUUAACGUAUAGAAUAAGAGAACGAGAAGAACAUACAAUGAGAGAAGAUUGGAAAAUGUUUAUUGAGUAUACUAUGGGGGGAAACUGUGUACACUUGAAAAUGUUGGCGGCAUUAAGAUAAAUUCAACAGUGUAAAUAAGUUUUGAUGGAUGUAAUAAUGGAAUACUGAAUGGUUUAGUUUUUUGUAAAAUAUGCAGGGAUUUAUGAUAUGUAAAAUGAACCAUGGAAAGAGAAGGUGGGAAGUCCUUGAUAUUUUAAGGAUGUUUAAAUGGUAAAACAGUAAAUUUAAAUUAUAUACAAAAAAAACCUGCCCAACCCUUUGGGAAAGUGGAUUUGCUGCACAAGGUCUCCCAGGCAGCUAUAACUACACAACCUGAGCCAGCCACAAUGGGACUGAAUCCCACCCCCAAAUAACAACCGUCUGGAAGUGCCCUCAGGCCUCUUGUUCCCUCAUUCUGUCUUUCCUCUUCUCUUCCAGACUCUGGAGCCCUGGAAGCUCUACGCCACGGUUGGGCUGCUUGUCGGGCUUGACUUCGUCAUCUUGGCCAUCUGGCAAAUUGUCAACCCACUGAAACGCACCACAGAGGUAAUGCCCUUGCGUGUGGCUCUCAUGCUGGGAGGCUUAAAUAGCUUGCAGGGCAAUUGAACACAAGUCACAUCCACAAAUGCACAAGUUCCAUGCCCAGUGCUUAAUUGGUGACAGAACCAAACUAGGAAAUCAGUUUUCGGUACAAGGCCUUAAUUACUAUUAUUUAUUUGAUUUGUAUACCCCGUUUUAUCAAAAGAUUCCAGAGCAGUGUACAACAUUAAGAACUCAUUUUACGGAGCACAAUAAUAAAAGCAUAAUAAAAGGCAGUGUAAUAAUAAAUAAUCAUAACAACAGUCCACCCAACCCCACAGCUUUAACAGGCCAUAGAUUAUUUAACGGCCAAGAGGAAUGUUUUCGCCUGGCGCCUAAAGGUAUGUAAUGACAGCACCAGGCAAGCCUCUCUGGGGAGAGCAUUCCACAGAUGGGGAGCCACCACCGAAAAGGCCGGUUCUUGUGUCACCGCCCUCCAAACCUCUUGGGGAAGGGGGACAUAGAGAAGGGCCUGAGAUGACAAGUGCAGGGUGUGGGUCGGUUUGUAUGGGGAGUGGCUGUCCUUAAGGUAUUGAGGUCCUGUAAGGCUUUAUAGGUCAAGGCCAGCACUUUGAACUGGGCCUGGAAACCAACUGGCAGCCAGUGCAGUUGGGCCAGGAUUGGGGAUAUAUGCUCAAAGUGUUGUGUUCUGGUGAGCAGCCUGGCCAUCUAAGAGCCUUUCCCAGAUGCUGGACUUCCAGCAUCAAUCAGCCUCUCCCAGUGGGAGCAGCGGGCAGGGAUCAUGGGAGUUGCAGUCCAGCAACAGUUGGAGGGCGCCAGGUUGGGAAAGCUGGCCCAGUGCAAAGGGUUGAGCUACUGCUGCUCAGCCCUCCCCCGUCCUUUCCACCCCCUCCCCAUUUAAAAUCCCAUCUGCAGAACACAGUGAUCAGGGGAGUGUGGCAGUCUUUUCAGUAUCCUGGUCCCAAGCUGUACUGCAUAAGGCUUGGUAGACCGACACCAACACCUUGAGCCUUGCUAAGUGGCAGCAACCAGUGCAAUUCUUUCAGCAGCUGCAUAAUACGAGGGCGAUAUUCCGUCAGAAGUUGGGCCGUCGCGUUUUGCACUCGGUGCAGCUUCCAGGUCAGCCUCAAGGACAGCCUCACGUUGCAGUCAUCCAGCCCGGGGAUUAGCAUGGACGAUAGGGGUCAGGCUGCCCUGUUCCAGAAAUGGCUGUGGUUGUCUUACCAGCUGAAACAGGCCAAAGGCAGCCACCAAGGUCGCCCGGGCCUCUAGCAGUGAUUCCGCAGAUGGAUCCAGGACCACCUCAAUGAAGCUGCUCCUUCAGGGACAGAGCGACCCCGUCCAUAGCAGCCAGUUGACCAAUGAGUUGGGCUCAGGAGUCACCCACCCACGGUACCUCCUUCUUUCUAGGACUCAGAUUCAGUUUCAUCCAGAUUGCCACCAAGUCUUGGCAUUGGUCCAGGACUUCUCCCGAUUCAGUUGCUACGGACAAAUGGAGUUGGGCACCAGCGUACUGAUGACCCCUCAGCCCAAAGUCCCAGAUGACCACUCCCAGCAGCUGAAUAUAUGUGUUAAAUAGCAUAGGGAGCAGGAUGGUAUCCUGUGGACUGAAAAAAUGGAGAGGAAUGCCACUGAGCGAACACAGAGUGCCUUUAUGCCCACCCCUGAGCAACUGCAGCUUGCCUACAUAUAUUUCAGAGUUGUGGAACAGGGUGUCCAAUGCAGGCGGCAAGGUUUUCAGCCACGCUUGACUCUCUUUUGAGGACAGAGCAUUGUUUAUUAAAACAGAGCUGACAGGUUUGUCUGUUUUUGCAGUGGAAGAGGGCAAUACAGUAGGCAAAUUGUUCCGUGGACUGCGUGACCUUGCAGGAAGGGCUGUAGUGAUGGUUUUCACUAAUAAGCAUCUACACGAACACUUAUCCCGAGCUGCAGACCAUGGAGAAUCUUCCUCCACCUCCCAUUUUGCCUCUUGUUUCCCACUCUCUCUCCCCUCCACUACCUGAUCCUAACUCUACUCAUUGUUCUCCCACAGCCUGCCAAUCUCACCAAAAUUUCCUGGCUCCUUCCCACCCUAAUACUCCUGACUCCCCUUUUGCCCGUCUCUCAUCUGUGUGUCUGCUUCUUCCUCUCUCCCUCCCUCCCCUCUGACACACGUGGGGUUCGUGGCAAGACGUCGCCGGCGGACAGCAGUUUUAAGAUGUUUGUCGAAGGAUCAGUUCAAUCUGCUUUUUAAGAAUUUACAGCUGUUGCUUCAUGUUCUGCGCACUUUGUCGCUGGCACACAAACACACCCCGCUUGCUGCACACGGAUAUUCUUGUAACCAUUGGUUCCUGACAUGGGACAACCUUCCUGGGGAAUUCCCAGGUGGAACUCCCGUGCGUGUGAUAAUUCUAGAACCGGUUAAAGUGACUUCGGGUCCUCCACCUGCCAUCACCACCUUUCUUUAUAGGCAGACAUUCUGCAAACCUGGGAUACUUUCAUUCGGUUAAUACCUUCUGAAAGCCUUAAAGGGGAACCUCUUCCAGCCUUUCCUUACCUUGCAAGGUGGCAGUUAGGGGACCUUCCUUAUAUUUGUGUUUUUGUAUUGAAUUUUACGUUGUGAACCGCGUUGAGAUCUGCAGAUGCAGGGUAUACAAAUUUAUUACAGUCGUAUCUUGGAAGCCAAACAGAAUCCGUUCCGCAAGUCCUUUUGACUUCCAAAACCAAAGCGUGGCUUCCGAUUGGCUGCAGGAAGCUCCUGCAGCCAAUCGGAAGCUGCGUCAGACAUUCGGGUUCCGAAGAACGUUCACAAACCGGGACACUCACUUCCAGGUUUGCGGCGUUCAGGAGCCAAGACGUUCGGCUCACAAGGCGUUCAACUUCCGAGGUACGACACUAUAUCAAAUUUAUCAAAACCCAGGCUAGCAUCUUAGAACUGAAAUGGACGCAGGAGGUCGAUUAUAUGUUCUCCCUAUGGUCCCUGAUACACACUUUAAUACAGCUGGGGAGGCACACUGCAAUUGCAAUCGGAGCACCAAUGCUGGGAGAAGGGGUGUUUCUCCAGUCUAAAAUGCCCCCCACCCACGGAAGCAACCUUCGGAGCAACAGUGGAGAAAGGGCAGACAUAAUCCCCUCCCCCAAAAAAUUGUGGGCCUAACAACUGUUUUACAAUAUGAUUUAUCUCAGGGGAGCAGCGCAGCAGAAUGGUCCAUUCUCCACAACCACUGCAGAAGCAUCCCACCCAGUUAGGGGUGAGGGAAUCAGGCGGUCCAAUCACAGACAUAGGGAAGGGCCACGGCUCAGCAGGUAGAGCAUCUGCUUUGCAUGCAGAAGGUCCCAGGUUCAAUCCCCGGUAUCUCCAGAUAGGGUGUCCCCUGUUUGAAAUCCUGGAGAGUCACUUCCAGCCACCGGUGGUGUCUGUUGCCCUUUUGGACUGAUAGGGCAGCAGGCAGGGAGACUGACAGUAGGUGGCGCCAGAGCCGAGGGGCAGAGCCCACCCUCACUGGUAGUGAGACAGCAGGCUGGUGGAUCCAGUUGAGAGCAGACGAAGGUUGAUGGGACAGUGUGCCAUUUCCCUUCGUGGACCAGCCUGCACUGCAGCCCGCCCAGUCGAGAGCUAGAUGGACCAAUGGUUUGAUUCACUAUAAGGCAGGUUCCCAUCUUCCACCGCCUAGUAGUUGCAACACUGGCGGUGCUAUUAAAGUUCAGGCAUCUCUAUCUGACCAAGUGUUACAAGCAGUUAUUAGCCGCGGUUAUGGCCAACGUGAUGCAAGAGGGACAACUUGGAACAAAAGAAAGUCACCAAUAAUUAAUCUGUCAAAGGCCGAGGCUUGCAAACUUCCUGAUUCCAGAAGGGUUAGAAGUUUUACAGGGUUUUGUGUUUUCAGGUAUAAAGAUAGGUGCUUACGGGUAUCUGUGGUAAGACCAGCAAAAGGAGCCCUCUCUACAGCUGCACCGCCCAGGAGAGGACAUUCCCUAUGGCAGCCCCUAAGUCAUGCCAUUCACUAGUGUUUCUUCACUGUACAUCUUCAGGCAAAUUCUGAAGGCACACCUAACUUUGCCCAGUUCUUUGGCACCUGAGAUGCCAAAGGUUGUCCAUGCCCGGCUUGAAUUGUGGUCCCUGGAGCUGGAUAAAAUUGUGUGUCCGCUGCUAGAAGACCCGUCAUCUCCUCCUCAAACUCAAGCAACAGCUACACCACGUUUCUCAGCCUCCUAGAUAGUCGUUGGACUGGGAAUGUCUGAAAUCCUGGAGAGCUACUGCCAGUCUGUGCAGACAGCAUUGAACUAGAUGGACCAAUGAGCUGACUCGCCAUUAGUCCACCUACCCCUGAAUUAUCUACAUAGACAGGCAGCAGUUCUGCUGGGCUUCCCAGCUUGGAGAAUCUGGAGAACCUGGGAACCUUCUUCAUAAGAAGUUGGUGCUCUGCCAUUGAGCCAUAGCCCUUCCUGAGGUGGGGGGGCUCCACAACUGUUCUUCUCAUUUGUUCUAUAAGACAUGCCCCCUAAAACCCUCGAGCAACAGCUACACAACUUUCCUCAGCCUAUCAACCCUCUGCUGAGGACAGUGAGUCAAGCAAGGCCCACAGGAUUCAGAAGUUGAGAUUUGAGGGCAACCAAUGGCCAAGAUGAGGAAGCAGCCGUGGGGGCUUGGAAUGUGACAUCUAAGUGUUUAAGGAAAGCCUCUUUGCAUUCCAACCCUUGUGGAACCAGGAAGUUUGCAAACCUCUGCCCUUUGACAGAUAAGUGAUUAAUUACUGGCGAGUUUCUUUUGUUCAAGGAGUCUCUCUUGCAUCACGUUGGCAUGAGGUUCUCGGUCAGAUGGAGAUGCCUGAACGUUAGUAAUAUCGUCUGUGUUGCAACUACCAUGAGACAAGAGAUAGGAACCUGGCUUUGAGUGAGUCAGACUAUUGAUCCGUGUGAUGGUCCUGGGAGGGGGGGGUUACCGUGUGGCGUGGUCUAAGUCCGGUUCUAGGUUGAGGGUAUGGAGGCUGUCCGUCAGGGGCGAAGCGAGGUCCAAAGCGAGGAGUCGGGCAUGGUCAGGAACUCUGGCAGGAGAGCAGGUCAGGGUGCCAGCAGGAACAGGUUACCAAUGAUGUUGCUCCCGCAACCUGGGACUGGGCUGGCUGGCCUUUAUCUCCUCUGAGGCCUAGGGCAACCCCGGUCCACAGGUGACCCGCCUCUCCUGGCCUUAAGGCGAGCACUCCUCCUGAUAGAACUUAGUUCCCUCCGCAUCUCUGCCCUGAGCCUCUGCAGCUCCGGAGAGGCUGGAGGGUUACUGAACCCAGAGGCAACCUCACCUUCCCCUGACAGGGCUGAGAGAGGCACACCUGCAGGCAAUGGGUCCUCAAUCACCUCUGGAGCCAGAGCGGAUUCAGCUGGAGCCAGAGCGGAUCCAGCACAGGUGAGGGCCCUUCAGGUUCAAGCCCCAGCCCUGGCUCAGCCAGCCCUGGAGGCAGGGACUCCUGUGCAGGCUGGGAUUCCUCAGGUUCAGCCUCUGAAUCCGAUUCCCAGGCCAUCACAAUCCGUCUAGCUCAGAUGGCUACAGUAGAGGCUGGUGCUAAGAGGGAACUGGCUCCCUGUCCCUCCUCAACCUCAGUCUGCUUUCAGUCAGGUCCCACCAGCCUGCCGUCUUGCAUCCAGUCAGGGACUGGGCUUUGGCAUAUCAUUGGCUCUAGCGCCACCUACUGUUGGCCUCCCUGCCUUCUGCCCUACCGGUGUCAAUGGGAAUCAGUCACUGCUGGUGGACUGGAUUUCAGCCAGGGGACAUUCUCAAUCAUACCUGAAGAUGCCAGAGAUUGAUCCUAGGACCUUCUGCAUGCAAAGCAGGUGCUCAACCCUUGAGCAACAGCUCUUCUGCAGUGGCCGGCCAGACUCAAAGCUUCCACUCUGCCCCUAUCAUUUGUAAAUCAGGGUCUGCAAUUUACAGUACUAAAGGGAUGCGAGUGAUUGGCAGUCAACCCCGGUGCCACAUUUAUCCACAUGGUCUGCUUGCAGAGUAAUUUUUCAUUCAUUCAUCAUCCCCAUUUACCUGCUACUUAAUAUGCAAAAUCCAUAAGGGAUUUUAAACAUAAAACACAAUGAGAUCUAGAGGCGGACCUACAUUUUGGAGGCCUUGAAGCUCGAACUGUUAUGGGGGCCCCUUUGAAACUACCACCGAGGUCUAGGUAACCACUGUUAUCUUCUUCCGUGGGGUCGUUUACAAAAACCUUUACAACAUCUGUGCUACAGAGUCUCAAACUUUGGGGAUGUUGAAAUAUAGGUAAAAGGAAGGUAAAGGGACCCCUGACCAUUAGGUCCAGUCGUGACUGACUCUGGGGUUGCGUCACUCAUCUCGCUUUAUUGGUUGAGGGAGCCGGCAUACAGCUUCCGGGUCAUGUGGCCAGCAUGACUAAGCCGCUUCUGGCAAACCAGAGCAGCGCACGGAAACGGCAUUUACCUUCCUGCCGGAGUGGUACCUAUUUAUCUACUUGCACUUUGACAUGCUUUCGAACUGCUAGGUUGGCAGGAGCAGGGACCGAACAACGGGAGCUUACCCCGUCGCAGGGAUUCGAACCGCCGACCUUCUGAUCGGCAAGUCCUAGGCUCUGUGGUUUAACCCACAGCGUGCGACUCAAACGGGGUCUACUACACACAAUUUUUUAAAAGCGAUGUGGGCUGAAGUCACUUCUGGGGCGCCCCUCCAGGAUUAGGGGACCUGAAGUUUAAGCUCCAUUAGUUACAUUGUAGAUCUGCCCCAGAUCAUUAAGAGAGAAAAGAAAGAUGUAUACACAACACCGUAAGCAAACAUAUAAAAGCAGAGAACCCGCUGGUAAAACAUCUGGGUGAAUUUCAACAGGUCAUAAAACAGAGCGUUGGGAUAAAAUCCUACAAACCGGAGAAAGUCCGCUUAAAUAGAUGGGUCUUCCAAGAGGUGUUGAAAGCUUGCCACAGUUUCUGCCUCAGAAAAGGCACAUGGAAGGGUGGAACCCUGGCCGUGGUUUGAAAGAUAAACCCAGCGACAGGCAGCAGGCAUGAGGAGGGCCUAGUUCAAACAAAUUUGCCACAUGCCCUGUUCUCCAGUUUGAACCGCAUCUCCGCCUGCUCCUGGGCACGUAAUUGGGGCAGGCCUGACUCUGCCCGGCGUCACACGCACUUUGGCCCACACAAGGCAACAGCUAAAUAAAUGGCUGGCACUGUGACUCAUCAUUGUUAACUGGUGUUUUGCAUCUUCCUCAGCUAUUAAACCCUUCCUUCCUGUGUCCCCUGCAGGAAUUCACCAAAGAGGAGCCCAAGAGUGACAUCGACGUGCUGAUCCUCCCUAAGCUGGAGCACUGCAGUUCGGAGAGGAUGAACACUUGGCUGGGUGAGCCUCUUCAGCCAUGCUGCUGGGGGGCUGGUUUUGUCCAGCUUCUGCCCAUCCCUUCUUCCCUAUGCCUGUGCCCUCCUUCCUGUCCUCUGGAAUACCUGUUUCCCCAUCCCAGGACUACUAGAGACCCUGCCAGACUGGUGUGUGUGUGUGUGUGUGUGUGUGUGUUCUGCAACAUGUCAUCGGUGCGAUAAUAGUACAUUAGUAAUGGAUCUCUGGGGGUGCAGGUGGCGCUGGGGGUUAAACCACAGAGCCUAGGACUUGCCGAUCACAAGGUCGGCGGUUCGAAUCCCCGCGACGGGGUGAGCUCCCGUUGCUCGGUCCCUGCUCCUGCCAACCUAUCGGUUCAAAAGCACGUCAGAGUGCAAGUAGAUAAAUAGGUACCGCUCCAGCAGGAAGGUAAACGGCAUUUCCGUGCACUGCUCUGGUUCGCCAGAAGUGGCUUAGUCAUGCUGGCCACAUGACCCAGAAGCUGUAUGCCGGCUCCCUCGGCCAAUAAAGCGAAAUGAGCACCACAACCCCAGAGUCGGCCACGACUGGACCUAACGGUCAGGGGUCUCUUUACCUUUAAUGGAUCUCUGCUGCUUUCACAGUGCUACUGCAUUCUUCCCAUCUGGAAGGACACUUUUACAUUACAGCGCACCAUAAAUGGGACACACCAACUGCAGGACAUGCACUGGUUGGAAAUGGAGCAGUAUGACUUCCCAUAAACCUUUGGCAGGCAGAGUGUUGAAAAGCACAUUGGGUAUAACCACCCCAUCAGCACCAUGAGCCCAAAUAAUUAUCCUAGAGCUGGAAGGGACCAUGAACAUCAUCGAGUCCAACCGCCUGCAAUCUUUUGCCUGAUGUAGGGCUCGAACCCACAACCCUAAGAUUAAGAGUCUCAUGCUCAACCGACUGAGCUAUCAGUGAACUGUCUCCAGACUAGGCAAAUUGGUGGUAAGUUUGAACAAGGUUCUUUUAAAGUUAGUUAUAGUAAUGUCCAUGGACCACCCAUUCCUCCAUUCUGAAAACAUGGCUUUCAGAAUUGAUGCUAUAAUACCAGAUUUGAACCCAACUGCUUGCUAUUAAACACCAUAUAUGCUAGGGAGAAAGCAGCACUUUUGGCUUCAGAAAACAGGAAGCUGAUGGUGGCCAAGCUUCACGUACAAAACCAUUCCCUAACCUAUUGUUCCAGCAAAGGGACCAUGUCUAUUUUGAGGAUACACUUAGACUAUCCACAAGAACAGAUUAUGUAUAAUUAAAAAGGAUGUCUGGAGAGGACCCAAAACAACUCAGUUCACCGUCCUACACAUACUGCGAUCCAUCCUUCCUUCUUUCUCCCAGCAACACAAUUCCUGUUUCAUGGCUUGUGCUAUCAGACGUUCCUCUUGCAUGGUUCAAAUCCCCACUCAGCCAUGAAACUCACUGGGUGACUAGCUGUUAGAGUAUAUUGAACUGGCUAGAUUAACAGAGGCAGUUAGAGAUCACACUAGACAAGAGUUUCAAAAAGCAUGGGGGAAAUGCAGAGAAUACUUCACAAAACAGUGCCCUAAAAUACAUACCUGGACUUGUUUUGAUUAAUGUCUGCAGGAGACUUUGUGGAUAUUUAAGUUAUAAUUAGAAAAAUCUUAAUAAUUAUUCAUAAAAGAAACAGUUUAUAAGAAUUAAAUAAGGAUACAGGAUAAAGGAAGUCUUUUAUUUUGUUGUUUGUUUUGUUGUAUGUUAUGCUCACUGUAUGCUAUGGUCACGUUUAAUGAGGGUGGAUUGUGUAUUGGGGGGGUUAUGUUAUGCUGUAAAUAAAAUUCCAAUAAAAAUUUUAUAUAUAUAUGAGAAACUCACUGGGGGGUGACCUUGGGCCAAUCACUCAUUCUAACCCAUCUCGCAAGCCUAACCCACCUCGCAAGGUCGUUGUGAGGAUAAUCAACGGAGAAGGAGCAGAACCGCCUACAAACCACCUUCAGCUUCUUGGAGGAAAAGUGGGGUAUAAGUAAUGGGAACACAUAGAAAUGAAGGGUAUGACUAUCAGUCAGCAAUAAGGCAUGUGCAGAGUCUCCACUGCCCACUGCAGUGGCCUUUCCCCUGGCCUCUUCACCCUUCUCCUCCAGUACCACUUUGAAGGCCCCUGCUGACCCCUUCGUCUCUCUCUCCCUGUCUGCAGGUAUCUUCUAUGGCUUCAAAGGGCUGCUGCUGCUUCUGGGCAUAUUCCUUGCCUAUGAGACAAAGGGAGUCUCCACGGAGAAGAUCAACGACCACCGCGCUGUGGGCAUGGCGAUCUACAAUGUGGCUGUGAGUCGCUUGUCUCUAACGUGUCCAGACCACUGGACUAGCUUGAAAAUCUCAUGCUCUUGUUGAGUGGGCUUUCUGAGAGAGGGAAAUCAAACCUGGACUGCAGUCAAGAGAGAGCGAGAGCAACAAGUCUUCCUGACCCCACAACCUCUGGGGAGAAAGAGCAAAGUUUUGCCGUGUGUUCCUGCAUGCGAAUGCUUGGUUUUGAGCCAUGCUGGUUUACAGUCUGCCCUGGAGAGUUGUGACCAGUCAUUAUAAACCAGGAGUCCUAAACUAGUCCACGUGGCAUGUCUGGAUUUGUGGUUCAAGUCAGGCAUUGGCAUGUGUUGUUGGUGUUUAGUCGUUUAGUCGUGUCCGACUCUUCGUGACCCCAUGGACCAGAGCACGCCAGGCACUCCUGUCUUCCACUGCCUCCCACAGUUUGGUCAAACAUGCUGGUAGCUUUGACAACACUGUCCAACCAUCUCGUCCUCUGUCGUCCUCUUCUCCUUGUGCCCUCAAUCUUUUCCAACAUCAGGGUCUUUUCCAGGGAGUCUUCUCUUCUCAUGAGGUGGCCAAAGUAUUAGAGCCUCAGCUUCACGAUCUGUCCUUCCAGUGAGCACUCAGGGCUGAUUUCCUUCAGAAUAGAUAGGUUUGAUCUUCUUGCAGUCCAUGGGACUCUCAAGAGUCUCCUCCAGCACCGUAAUUCAAAAGCAUCAAUUCCUCGGCGAUCAGCCUUAUUUAUGGCCCAGCUCUCACUUCCAUACAUGACUACUGGGAAAACCAUGGCUUUAACUAUACGGACCUUUGUCGGCAAGGUGAUGUCUCUGCUUUUUAAGAUGCUAUCUAGGUUUGUCAUUGCUUUUCCCCCAAGAAGCAGGCGUCUUUUAAUUUCGUGACUGCUGCCACCAUCUGAAAUGAUCAUGGAGCCCAAAAAAGUAAAAUCUCUCACUGCCUCCAUUUCUUCCCCUUCUGUUUGCCAGAAGGUGAUGGGACCAGUGGCCAUGAUCUUUUUUUGAUGUUGAACUUCAGACUAUAUUUUGUGCUCUCCUCUUUCACCCUCAUUAAAAGGUUCUUUAAUUCCUCCUCACUUUCUGCCAUCAAGGUUGUGUCAUCAGCAUAUCUGAGGUUGUUGAUAUUUCUUCCAGCAAUCUUAAUUCCAGCUUGGGAUAUGCAUUGGCGUAUGCAUCACAUUAAAUAUUUGCCAUGAUUUUUAAUUGUAUUUGUUUCGCCCCUCCUAUUUCUUAUAUAUUGCAUUUUGCUGUGUUACAAUUUGAUUUCUGUGGAAUUUGGAUUGUAGUGAAGCAAAGUGGAUUAUAUAAAACAUAAAAGGGGCAACGGAAAUACAAUGAAAAGUCAAGCAGCAUCCAGCACAGCGCAUUAGAAUUGUUACAAGGAGGCGGCAAAAUCAUUAAGUGAUCUUCCAAGGCCCCCAGCAAUUUCCAAGUGGGAUGAGAGGGGAGAAUGUCUGAAAACCACUGAUGUAGCUAUGACUGAUCUUGAUGGACCAAUGGUCUGACUCUGUAUAAGGCAGCAUACUGCAUCCCUAUGUACCCUGGUGCCAAGCUGUAUUUCCUUUGGGCGUUAGAGGUGAGUUUUGUGCUUCCCCAGACCCAGCCUCCACUUUGCAGGGAAAGAUGUUGAUUCUGUGACUGGGAGGCCCUUGGAACAUCUGGCUUCACUCUAGCCAUGACCCCCACGUGGCCUCAGACAAGUUGCUGUCUCAGUGUAAAGCGCCGCAGUGCCAGCCACCUGCCUUUGUGCAGUCUUGUUGUCACAUUGUGUGAAUUCAGUGCCAUUAUCUGCCCUGAGCUAUGCAGACAAGAUUGGACUGUUGCCAAUUUUGCGAUACAGAAUAAAAUAUCCCUGCAUGCCCUCGUUUCUAAUGACGGCUGCAGUGUGUGUUUUCCGGACUUUCACAGCCCCCCUGACCCUGUCUCUAAUCCUUCCCUCCUGCAGGUGCUGUGUCUCAUCACUGCCCCGGUCACCAUGAUCCUGAGCAGUCAACAGGAUGCGGCCUUCGCUUUCGCCUCCCUCGCCAUUGUCUUCUCCUCUUACAUCACCCUGGUUGUGCUCUUUGUGCCCAAGGUAACAGCCAAGCCGGGAUCGAGCUGCGCAUUGGUAGCGACUGGCUCCUAGCGUGGUAUGCAGCAGAACUUAGCACAUGCUCAAGAAUCUCAGGUUUCACUUACCAAAAAAAGAGCCAAGUUUCUAGUCCCCAUAAUUUAUAGUCCCUGACGUAAAGCACGGAUAACGUGCUGAGAUAAAGUCUGCAAACCUACACAUGUCUAUUGCUUAGUAAGCCCCACUGAAAUUAGUGUGAUUUGCUUCCAAGAAAACAGAUGGAGGAUGUGGUUAUAUUCAUGGAUGACACUGGGGGAUGGUAAGUGCUCCCCCAAAAGGAGCUCCAUCCCACUAACAUACAGGCGGUGACAGUUUUGCAUGGGGGGGUCCAUUCUUCCUCCUUCGGGGUCCAAAAGGACCCAUGUAUUAGCCUAAAAUGGUCACCGCCUCUACAGUCAUACCUCAGGUUACAGACGCUUUGGAUUGUGCGUUUUCAGGUUGCACACUACGCCGAACCCAGAAGUACCGGAACAGGUUACUUCCGGGUUUCGCGCUCCUGCAUGCACAGAAGCGCUAAAUCACGCUUUGCGCAUGCACAGAAGCGCUAAAUCACGCUUUGCGCAUGCGUAGAAGCUCCGAAUCACAACCCACACAUGUGCAGAUGUGACGCUGCGAGUUGCGAACGCUGCAGGUUGCAAACGUGCCUCCCACACAGAUCACGUUCGCAACCUGAGCAUCCACUGUAUACUGUUACUUUUCCCCCCAGAGACUUAGCUUGCCCACCUAGAAAUACGCUUUGUCCUUUCUGUGCCCCUCACCCCUGGUGCCACUGCUGGUUACACUGUGGUGUGGAUAAAGGGAUUUGCAGCAGCAACAGACUAAUUUGCUGUUCACAUUUCCCUGUACUUCCUCAUCAACCCCAGUCCUUAGUUUCACCAUUCCCAACCUUAAUGCCUGUUAGCAUCUCACCGAGUCCUCCCACAGAUCCAGGGACACAGAAACAGAAACAGAAGUAGUUUAACCAGUUUCCACACUGGCAUCUCACUCAGGAGAGCUGGCUGUGUUCUCUCACGGGCAACUUUCUGGGUGGCCGUGGUGGGUGAGGUUCAAUGGCAGCUUGCAGGUGGAGAAACUGGCGUGAAGCUACCUUUUCGUACAGUGGGCUGCAUUCCAGCCACACAGAAGCCAGAGGUUUCCUCUACACACAUCUCUCCACCCAGGCAGGCCUGAGGCAUUAUCACAGGGCACAGCCCAGCCAGGCAAAAGCACUCAAAGGAGGGCGAGGAGCAGGAAAGGCUUGACUCAAAAGGAUGCCCAGGCGUAGAUGGGAAAUCUGCUCCUUCAUCUCAGGAACCCCGACAUGCAGCAUUUGGUUACGAAAUCUUAAGAGGUGGCGAAGGAACAAUUUCCCAAAAUACCGUAUUUUUUGCUCUAUAAGACUCAUUUUUCCCUCCUAAAAAAUAAGGGGAAAUGUGUGUGCGUCUUAUGGAACGAAUGCAGGCUGUGCAGCUAUCUCAGGAGCCAGAACAGCAAGAGGGAUUGCUGCUUUCACUGCACGGCGAUCCCUCUUGCUGUUCUGGCUUCUGAGAUUCAGAAUAUAUUUUUUCUUGUUUUCCUCCUCCAAAAACUAGGUGCAUCUUGUGGUCUGGUAUGUCUUAUAGAGUGAAAAAUACAGUAUAUAGCAGACUUGCCUAGUGUUGCUUGGGAGUUUUACAAAACCAAAACAACAACAACAACCCAGUGAGGGAUGAGGCUUGGGGAGAGUCCCAAGGCCCAGAUAGAGAAGUAUUUGACCCCCACGCGCCCCCCCACUUCCACAUUUUUUAGGAAUCUCUCCAAUCUCCCCCUGAAAAAUUCCUCUGCUUUCAGACCUGAGGUUGGCACUUUUUGCCCAGCACCAGAGUUUCCCCUUCCUGCUGCCAGGCUCGGCCUUCUCCUUCCUUGACGCUGAGGUGCAGUCAUACGGCUGAGACCCAUGUGUUUGUGUGUGGCCUGUCCUUUCAGAUGCGGCGCCUCAUCACUCGGGGAGAGUGGCAGUCGGAGCAGCAGGACACCAUGAAGACGGGCUCGUCCACCAACAACAACGAGGAGGAGAAAUCGCGGAUGCUGGAGAAGGAGAACCGCGAACUGGAGAAGAUCAUCGCAGAGGUGAGGCAGGGUGUGACUUUUUCCGGUGAAGUUGGGUGUGUGUGUCCCCUCCCCCCUUGCCCUGUGCUUCCUGCCAUUGGUGGCUUGUCUCUUCUGGAACAUAAGAAGAACCCUGCUGGAUCUCGCCCAUCCAGUCCGGCCAUCCUGGUCUCACAGUGGCCAGCCAGCCUGUCAGCAGGAUCUGGGCACAACAGCCCUCUCUCCUCCUGGGGUUUUGAAAUAUACUCAGAGUCAAGAGUGGAUUUCAUGCUCUUUAUUCAGCUCAUAGUGGUGAGGAGGAAUGAAAGUCCCCUCAAAGUAUCUGCUUUAUAUACAUUAUUUACACAAUGGGCCCCACGUGAUUGGCUAAUUCCGGGAUUCUCCAGUAGGCCAAUCAGGUUGUGGAUUCACUUCCAUCUGGAGCUGGAUUGGGUGGCUCCUGCAGACCAAUCAUACUGCUGCAUUGUUCUGGGACCAAUCAGACUGCUGCAUUUUGGAUUCUAUUGUUCUAGGACCAAUCAGACUGCUGCAUUUUGGAUCCUAUUCAACUCAGUACAUAACAGGUUUCCAGCAACUGAUAUUCAGAAGUGGCUCUGACAGUGGAGGUAGAACAUAGGCAUCAUGGCUAGUAGCCAUCAGUAAUCCUCUUCUCCAUGCAUUUGCCCAAUCCUCUAUUAAAGCUAUCAAAGUCAGCGGCUGCCACUGCCUCUUGUGGCAGUGAGUUCCGUAGUUUAACUGUGUGGUGCAUGACCGAGCCCUUUCUUUUAUCUGCCUGGAAUCUUCCAACGUUCAGCUGUGUUGAAUAUCCUCAAGUUCUAACGCCAUGAGAGAGGGAGAAAAGCUUUUCCCAAUCUACUUUCUCCAUGGCAUGUAUAAUUUCAUACAUUUCGGUCAUGUCACCCACUGCACGUCAUUCCUCUAAGCUAAAAAGCUGCAAAUGGAACAGUUUCCCUCUGGAGUUGAUGGACGCUCCUUCCCUGGGGUUAUUUAACCAGAGCUUGGAGGGCCAUCUGUCAUGGAUGCUUUGGCUGAGAUUCCUGCAUUGCAAGGGGUUGGACUAGGACAUGUGUAGGCAAACUAAGGCCCGGGGGCCGGAUCUGGCCCAGUCGCCUUCUAAAUCCGGCCCACGCAUGGUCCAGGAAUCAGCAUGUUUUUACAUGAGUAAAAUGUGUCUUUUUAUUUAAAAUGCAUCUCUGGGUUAUUUGUAGGAAUUCAUUUAUUGAUUUAUUUUCAAAAUAUAGUCCGGUCCCCCACAAGGUCUGAGGGACGGUGGACCGGCCUAUGGCUGAAAAAGUUUGCUGGCCCCUGGACUAGGGUGACUCUCUUUUAUAUAUAUUAGUUUUAUAUAUAUUAGUUUUCAAAUACAAAACAAAAUUAUACACUCCAUACAUCUUAAUUACAUCUUACUUCUCUUUUUUGACUUCCCCCAAUUUGUCUGCAAAUCCUUCAUAUUUUUACUUUUUAGGACUAGGAUGACUCUCGGGGUCCCUUCUAACUCUUAAGAUUCUAUGAAAUGUUUUAAUAUUUUCCCAUAGGGCAGCUGCUCCACCCUCUUGGUUGCACUUGAAAUCUUUUACAACUCCACAGUAUCUUUUUUUAAGGAGAGGGGCCCAGAACUGCACACAGCAUUCCGAUUUCCCCCUACAUUUCCAAAUACACAUAUAAGAUGAGGGUGGGAAGAUGUUUUAAAACAAAACAGAAAGAAAACCUCAAACCAAUGAAUUUUUUUCAUUGGCUUUUGUUGAUAAACCCUCUCUGCCGUGAAAAGUCCCAGGAUAUAGUACAUCGACAGUUAAAAUCAGAUUAAAUACAAUAAAACAUAAAGCCACACACCAUGAAGCCAUCAAAUGUACUAUAAGAGGUGAUGACAGCUACUCGGAGUAGACCUGUUAUAACCAGUGGGUCUACUCUUGAGUAUGACUUGGCAUGAUCUCACCCGCAGGGCACGCAAGGCGGUGUUACGAUGUUUACUGUUCCUAUAACUCUUCCUUAAGCGUUCAAAGUACUUGGCGUACGAUCUGAGUAAACCAAAUGUACCAAUAAAUAUGGUACGACUCAGCUAGUCAAGGGAACGAGGCCUGAUUUGGUUGCCAGGCAACCUUAGGGCCUGCUGUUAAUUACUUCCUGGGUCUGUUUGUGAAGGGGAAUCGUACAGGGGUAGACAACCUGCGGCCCUCCAGAUGCUACAGUAUUUUUUAAAAAAAUACCCAACAUCCCUGACUAUUGCCCCUGCUGGCUGGGGCUGACGGCAGUUUUUUUUGUUAUUAAAACAAAAACAACAAAAUGGCCCCCCUCCCUCCCCACAAACACAUUUAAAAGGCUGUAAAAUAUUAAUCAGCCCAAGGCCUAGUUGAAGAGGAACAUUUUCGCCUAGUGCCUAAAGAUAUGUAAUGAAGGCGCCAGACGGACCUCCCUGGGGAGAGUGUUCCACAAACGGGGGAGCCACCACAGAAAAGGCCCCGUUCUCGUCUUGCCACCCUCUGGACCUCACACAGAGGAGGCACACAAAGAACGGCCUUAAAUUAUGAACGCGGAGUCCUGGAGAAAGAGAGGCAGCCCUGGGGGUAUUGAGAUAUACGCCUCUCUCAUGCUUCUAAGUCACUUGCAGCCGCCUGUUUCCCCUCCUUGCCCCUCCCCAACAAUAAGGGACGUGGGUGGCACUGUGGUCUAAACCGCUAAGCCUCUUGGGCUUACUGAUCAGAAGGUCAGAAGUUCAAAUCCCCGCAACAGGGUGAGUUCCCAUUGCUCUGCUACAAGCUCCUGCCAAUCUAGCAGUUUGAAAGCACACUAGUGCAAGUAGACAAAUAAGUACCGUGGUACCUCAGGUUAAGUACUUAAUUCGUUCCGGAGGUCCGUUCUUAACCUGAAACUGUUCUUAACCUGAAGCACCACUUUAGCUAAUGGGGCCUCCCGCUGCUGCCGCGCCGCCGGAACACGAUUUCUGUUCUCAUCCUGAAGCAAAGUUCUUAACCUGAAGCACUAUUUCUGGGUUAGCGGAGUGUGUAACCUGAAGCGUAUGUAACCUGAAGCGUAUGUAACCCGAGUUACCACUGUACUGCUGUGGCAGGAAGGUAAGUGGCGUUUCUGUGCGCUCUGGUUUCCAUCACUGUGUUCCGUUGCGCCAGUAGCGGUUUAGUCCUGCUGGCCGCAUGACCCAGAAAGUUGUCUGUGGACAAACGCUGGCUCCCUCAGCCUGAAAGCGAGAUGAGUGCCGCAACCCCAUACAGUGGUACCUCGGGUUACAUACGCUUCUGGUUACAUACGCUUCAGGUUACAUACGCUUCAGGUUACAGACUCCGCUAACCCAGAAAUAGUACCUCGGGUUAAGAAUUUUGCUUCAGGAUGAGAACAGAAAUUGUGUGGCGGCAGCGGAAGGCCCCAUUAGCUAAAGUGGUGCUUCAGGUUAAGAACAGUUUCAGGUUAAGUACGGACCUCCGGAACAAAUUAAGUACUUAACCCGAGGUACCACUGUAGUCGCCUUUGACUGGACUUAACUGUCCAGGGGUCCUUUACCCUUUUUUUUUUUUUUAACCCAACAGAAGGAAGAACGAGUCUCCGAGCUCCAGCAGCAGUUGAAAGAGCGGCAGCAGCUGCGGUCCCGGCGGCGCUCCUCCAACUGCGCCGCCGACAACCACUUCAACAACUCGGCUUCGGCCUCGGCAGCCACCGCCCCGAACCUCUACCAGCCCAGCCUCCCUCUCGUCCGCUGCCUGGUGGCCGAGCAGGCCGACAAGCUGGGGCGAAACAACUGCGAUGGCAGCCGCGUUCACCUGCUCUACAAGUGACACUUUUUCCUGGGCAAGCGACACGGAGAAGGGGAGGAGGGCGGGUGGCGCCGGCGCAGCCAAAGCAGGUCGGGGCAGAGGCUCACGAAACCAGUGGGAAGGGACUUGUACAGCCGGCUGGGGAGUUUGCUCCGAGUUCUUUUGUUCGUUUUCUAAGGGGGGAGGGAAGAAGAGAAAUCAUAACCUCUGGUUUUUGUAAAAUACCUUUGUGUCCGUCCACCUGCCUGUGCCCCUUGAACCUGGAAUCCAGGUGCCAACUCUAUGGAGACUUGUUUUAGAAGUAGCGGAUUGCAGGGGACACCGCCGUUUUGCCCCUCCCCUCCCCAAAUGCACAUGCACACUUGGUGACUUGACAAAUGUGCCUCUCUGGAAAGAUGGGUGCGCAUCAGGCAGAAAAAAGGGUUCUGUGGCUCUUUGUGGUUGGUGUGUGUGUGUGUGUGUGUGUGUGUGUGUGUGUGUGUGUAAAUCUCUCAAGACUCUGAACAAUUGCAUCCUGCAGUGUCUGUUCCCGUGCAGCUAUUUGGCUAUUUGGCUGCUGCAGCCUACAAAAGCCCCAAUCUGAGUACGGUUCAACUACAGCAUAGCAAUUGACAGUUGUGCUUGCAGUUACCAGUGGAAGCUUUUCCCUCCUUGCUUCCCACAAGCAUAUCGCUUCCGGGCGCAGCUGGUUGUCUGGAAAAGGUAGGCACUGUAGCUCUGAGACAGUCCGCCUGUAUGAACAGUAUUAAAAGGGAUAAUCCGUUUACUUGUGGGCCAAGCCAGCCUGUUGCACAGCUCGGCCAAAGCGUUUUUGUACUGUGCAAACCCCGAACAAUUCCACACAGUUAGACUACAACGGAUUGGUUUCGUAUGUCAUUUGGCAUUGAGAUGGUCAAAUUAGGCCCCCUGCCCAGUCUGAUUGUGGCUGUUUGUGUUGGGAACUAGAAACAAACACACACACACACACACACACACACACACACUCAUUCCUCCUGCACUUCUAAGCCACAUUGCACAAGGCCAUCGAACCUCAUUUUGACCUCCCUUGAUGCUUGCGUAUAUGAGCGCAGGAUUGUGCGCAACUGCAACCUAGUUCCAUCCGCGUGUGUUAAGCCUGAAGGCAUAGGUUAAGGAGGUGGGGAUCAGGUGCAGUUAGCUUGUAGGGCAGUGGAAGUUGCAGCAUUCCUGCACGUUCUCAGUUGAAGAAUGCACUUCUUAAACAGGGAGAAGCUCCUAUCCAGACACCCAGGGGUACGUCCAGAGACUGUGUAAGAAGGCUGAAACCCAACCAGGUUGCUUCCUUUUCAGAGGCAGCUGUCAGCCACUGAAGACACGAACACCUUGCCAGUUCUCUUGUAACAAAGUUCAUAGGGAAGCGUCGCUCUUCGGCGCAUGGGGUGGGCAGAGGCAUCUCCAGUGUGCUUGCUAACUCUGAGCUCUGCCUACAAGAUUGCUUCCUGCAUUGCACUCUCUGCCAGACUCGCCACAAAUGCCUUCAUCUCUCACCCCACCAGGAAUGUAGGAUCUGAAGCCACAGUGAGGGUAAGAGCUGGGCAGGAUGCUGGUGAAUAUUAGGGGAAAGUGGGUCAGCAGCUCCCUUUCGACCAGUAGCUUGUGUGUGUGUGUGCAAGUGUGCAAGCAUGCAUGCGUCAGCACCUGUUUCUCCCCACACUUUUCCAAUCUGAGCACUUUAUUGUCCCAACAGAUGUGGGUGGGAGCAGUGGGUGCUGCCAAGGGGAGCGGGGGAGAGAAGGGGAGUCCAGGUGCCUGCCAGGUGUCCCCAUCCAGCGUGCAGAUGUUCUUCAGU